UCUGUAUUUUCUUCUAUUUUUUGAAACUUUAAUAAAUAUCAUUUAAAAAAAAAAAGAGAGAGAGAGAGAGAGAUAAACCCCUUCCGCCGCUUGGCCCGGCCCCGAAAGCGUCGGGCGCUGUUUCCGCGGGGACGCUGUGCAACUGCCGCACCGGUCCCCCAGCGACGCUGCUCUCCGGCUCUUCCUCCUGUCAGGCCGGCCGGGCCAUGCCGUCGCGGAUGCUCUUCCUCGGCGGCGCCGGCGCCUGCGGGGUGUGCGGGGCUUCGGCGGCGACCAGGCGGGUCCGGCUACUCCUGCGGCAGGUGGCGGCCUCGGGAAGCGGCGGCGCCGGGAGCGCCCGCACCGGCCGGGCCCGGCUUCUGCACUCGACCGGCAAGGCCGAAGGUAACGGCGGGGUCGAGAGGGAGCCUUCCCGGGCCUCCGCCGCCGCCGCCGGCUGGGGCGCCAAGGUCACCCCCGGCCCAGCGGGGACUGGGAGCCGGGUCUUUGCCGGGUCGCCUCAUGGCGGCAGGCCCGGGGAUCCGGAGGACCCCACAGGAUCGGACGCUUCCCCACAAGGUUGAGGCGGAAAGGGCUGCUGGAGCGUCGGCAUCCCCUGGCCCUCCGCUUCUGGUCUUCCUUCCCGUGGCUGAGUGAGCUUAUGGGACUCACCGCCACGAGAAGAGUUCGGUGACUUCUGCUCCCAAAGGGUUUUUGUUUUUUAAAGGCCCUUUUGUGGGGUUGCGCUUCCAAUAGUGCUUCAGCCCUUCCAGUGGACGCCGCUUCUUUCUCAAAAGCCACACACCUCUCUGCACCAGCAUAUUAUUAUUAUUAUUAUUAUUAUUAAUUGAACUUCCCUGGCCCUCCGCUUCUGGUCUUUCUUCCCCGUGGCUGAGUGAGCUUAUGGGACUCACCACCACGAGAAGAGUUCGGUGACUUCUGCUCCCAAAGGGUUUUUGGGUUUUUUAAAGGCCCUUUUGUGGGGUUGCUCUUCCAAGAGUGCUUCAGCCCUUCCAGCGGAACCGCCGCUUUCUCAAAAGCCAUACACCUCUCUGCACCAGCAUAUUAUUAUUAUUAUUAUUAUUAUUAUUAUUAUUAAUUGAACUUCCCUGGCCCUCCGCUUCUGGUCUUUCUUCCCCGUGGCUGAGUGAGCUUAUGGGACUCACCGCCACGAGAAGAGUUCGGUGACUUCUGCUCCCAAAGGGUUUUUGUUUUUUAAAGGCCCUUUUGUGGGGUUGCGCUUCCAAUAGUGCUUCAGCCCUUUCAGUGGAACCGCUUCUUUCUCAAAAGCCACACACCUCUCUGCACCAGCAUAUAUUAUUAUUAUUAUUAUUAUUAUUAUUAUUAAUUGAACUUCCCUGGCCCUCCGCUUCUGGUCUUCCUUCCCCGUGGCUGAGUGAGCUUAUGGGACUCACCGCCACGAGAAGAGUUCGGUGACUUCUGCUCCCAAAGGGUUUUUGUUUUUUAAAGGCCCUUUUGUGGGGUUGCUCUUCCAGGAGUUCUUCAGCCCUUCCAGUGGACACCGCUGCUUUCUCAAAAGCCACACACCUCUCUGCACCAGCAUAUUAUUAUUAUUAUCAUUAAUUGAACUUCCCUGGCCCUCCGCUUCUGGUCUUCCUUCCCCGUGGCUGAGUGGGCUUAUGGGACUCACCGCCACGAGAAGAGUUCGGUGACUUCUGCUCCCAAAGGGUUUUUGGGUUUUUUAAAGGCCCUUUUGUGGGGUUGCUCUUCCAAUAGUGCUUCAGCCCUUCCAGCGGAACCGCCGCUUUCUCAAAAGCCAUACACCUCUCUGCACCAGCAUAUUAUUAUUAUUAUUAUUAUUAUUAUUAAUUGAACUUCCCUGGCCCUCCGCUUCUGGUCUUCCUUCCCGUGGCUGAGUGAGCUUAUGGGACUCACCGCCACGAGAAGAGUUCGGUGACUUCUGCUCCCAAAGGGUUUUUGGGUUUUUUAAAGGCCCUUUUGUGGGGUUGCUCUUCCAGGAGUUCUUCAGCCCUUCCAGUGGACACCGCUGCUUUCUCAAAAGCCACACACCUCUCUGCACCAGCAUAUUAUUAUUAUUAUUAUUAUUAUUAUUAUUAUUAUUACUAUUAUUAUUAAUUGAACUUCCCUGGCCCUCCGCUUCUGGUCUUCCUUUCCCGUGGCUGAGUGGGCUUAUGGGACUCACCGCCACGAGAAGAGUUCGGUGACUUCUGCUCCCAAAGGGUUUUUGUUUUUUAAAGGCCCUUUUGUGGGGUUGCUCUUCCAAUAGUGCUUCAGCCCUUUCAGUGGAACCGCUUCUUUCUCAAAAGCCACACACCUCUCUGCACCAGCAUAUUAUUAUUAUUAUCAUUAAUUGAACUUCCCUGGCCCUCCGCUUCUGGUCUUCCUUCCCCGUGGCUGAGUGGGCUUAUGGGACUCACCGCCACGAGAAGAGUUCGGUGACUUCUGCUCCCAAAGGGUUUUUGUUUUUUAAAGGCCCUUUUGUGGGGUUGCGCUUCCAAGAGUGCUUCAGCCCUUCCAGUGGAACCGCUUCUUUCUCAAAAGCCACACACCUCUCUGCACCAGCAUAUUAUUAUUAUUAUUAUUAUUAUUAUUAUUAUUAUUAAUUGAACUUCCCUGGCCCUCCGCUUCUGGUCUUCCUUCCCCGUGGCUAGUGAGCUUAUGGGACUCACCGCCACGAGAAGAGUUCGGCCUGGGUGACUUCUGCUCCCAAAGGGUUUUUGGGUUUUUUAAAGGGCCUUUUGUGGGGUUGCUCUUCCAAGAGUGCUUCAGCCCUUCCAGUGGAACCACUGCUUUCUCAAAAGCCACACACCUCUCUGCACCAGUAUAUUAUUAUUAUUAUUAUUAUUAUUAUUUAUUGAAUUUAUUGAAUUUAUAUACCAUUCGUGGAUCUCAGGGUGGUUCACAGAAUAAAAUUCUUAGGGGAGGAACAAUCUACCUUCCUAACCUGCUUGCUGGCUUCCUAGCAGCAUCUCUCGAAACACGACAUCCUUUUUUCUAAACCCUGUUUCCCCUUUAAGUCUUCUCUCAUUCCAAUGGGAGCUAUGCUUUACCUUUUUUCUUUACAUCAUCAUCAUCAUCAUCAUCAUAGGAGUUGUUAUUGACAUGACUGGGCUCCUUCCGUUGAAAUAAAGUAAACAAAAGCUACAAAUUCUACAAGGAACUGGAAAAAUAGGAUACAUGGAUAGGGAUAAAUAGGAAAUAGGCCCCUGUCCACCCCACCCCUGAGACUGGCAGUAACAGCCUUUCUCAACUGGUCUUCCUAGCUAGGGAUGAUGGGAGUUGUAGUCCAAUAACAUUGGGGGACCAGAGGUUGAGAAAGGCUGGGCACGAGCCUAUAUCUUCAUCAAUAUCAUUAGUCAUUUCAUUUCUAGGCUGCUUUAUAUUUUUAAGAAAAAAAGCUCAGAUGUGGUUUACAACACAUUUACACUACUUAGUUUAUGCUACUUUUAUUAAACCCUUUAUUGUGGAUCAACUUUGGUGGGAUUUGCUUCUAGCUGUGAUUUUGCAGGUGGUACUAGAGGACCCUUGUUGUCCCUUCCAAUUCUACAAUUCUAUGAGGUACACAGAAUUGCAGCCUCGCUCUUAAUUUCCCAGAAUAAAUUUACUUAGAUGCUCCAUAUUUCAGUAUAAUAUAAAAGCAAAUGAUAGGAUUCUGUACCACUUUUAUUAUUUUGGUUUGCAGAUAAUAUAACUGUUUAACCUGUUACUGAGGUCUAGGUUUAACACUCUAGUAUAUUUUAAAUGUGAUCAGAAGUGACGCUGAUUUUUAGUGGAAGUUACUGCCACAUACAUGUGUUUCGGAUGAUAUCUCAGCUUUGACUUUCCAUCACAUUUAUUUUGAUUAAAGUGUUCCUGUUUCUCUUUUGUCAAUGUUCUAAGCUUCUAUAUGGGAACCUUUUCUACGUGUUUAGCUCAGCUCUGUAUGAAGUCUUUGAUACGUCUCCUUUUCACCGUCUGGCAUGCUUUUCAUUGUGCUUCUGCUGGGGUUGUGAUCAUAACAUCUUGUUUGGAGAGUGGUGUGCCCAUUUUUCACUCUCAGUAUAAAUUUCUUGUUGUCUCCCAGGCGCACUAAGGAUUUCUGAGCUUGUCCUUAUCUCUUGCUUUUUAAAAACCUGAUAAUAAGUACUUCCACAGCAAGAUUUGUGUUUGUCACCCAGUUGCCCAACAGCAUUAGUUUUGAUCAAAGUCCUUUUAGUUAAUUUUUUGCUGGUCAUCCCCCCCACCAGCCCUGAAACUGACUUGCAGAAACUCAGAUUCAUUUCAGUUGCAUUAAAAACAUUAUUAAAGAAAAAUAAUAACAGUUGACUUUAAAGAACAUAUUCAAAAUGAGUAGUUAUCCUGGUGUUAAGAAGUAACUAUUUUUGAAAUGAGAAAUGAGUAUACAACAAUUUACAGCUGGCAGACAGGAAAGAUAAUGAAAUCCUAAAAUUGUUGAAAUGGGAUAUGUUUGCCCCAUGAUCAAACAGAGAUUUGUAUAACAUCCUCCCAUUUAUCACUUGAGAAUCUGAUGAUUGAGCCCUAAAUAUUCCUGCUCUCUUUAGCUUCACUAUGGCCACAUAUGCAUCCCAGAAGUGCUGAAAACAAUAAUAAAACUUGUAUGUCAGUCUUCCAUUACCCCAUGUUGUUUUCGGCUGUAAUGAGCUGUGAUUGCCAUGUGGUAUUUCAGAGCCCCCCUCCUUAAUUUAGUGAAAAAAUUAAUGUUUUUACUCUUACAGCUUUGGGGGUCUAUUCUGCCCCUCUUGGAAUGACUGAGAAAACCACACAGGGGUGCUUGCUGCAAGUCAGUGCUCUUGCAAAAUGUAUUUAAAUGUUUAAUACCUGCCAUAUCUACAGAUGCUUAGCACAGAACUUGCUCUGCUCAUUUAAUAUGAAAAAAAUCAUAUUUGGUCUAUUUUCACAAUAGGUAAUGGGCUGUACUAUACACACACAGUAGUUUGAAGUGGAUAUGAGGUGUGCAUGCUUUUCAUGUUCUCCACGUGGCAUUCUCCUCAUCAAAAUGCCAACCCACAACCCUUCCCCCCCCCCAAUAAAAUACUGAUAUUCUCAUUCUGUGGAUAACCCAAUAAGGAAAAACAAGCCACUUGUCAUCUGUAGCUGCUGCUGGUGUGGAUGCUUUUUAGUGCUUUUUUUUUUUUUGGUGGGCAGUUUGUCAUGUGUGUUUCAUUGAGGAUGCCCUGUUGCCACACACCCUACAGUGGUACCUCGGGUUAAGUACUUAAUUCGUUCCGGAGGUCUGUACUUAACCUGAAACUGUUCUUAACCUGAAGCACCACUUUAGCUAAUGGGGCCUCCCGCUGCCGCCGCGCCGCCGGAGCACGAUUUCUGUUCUCAUCCUGAAGCAAAGUUCUUAACCUGAAGCACUAUUUCUGGGUUAGCGGAGUCUCUGUAACCUGAAGCGUAUGUAACCCAAGGUACCACUGUAUUUCAUUUUUCUCCUUACCUGAUUGCAACUUAGCCAUUGGGUUUUGGGUAGCCUACAUGAUGCCGAAGGCAUCUCACACAGGGCCUCAAACCCUUGGAACUGCCCCCCUCCCCCCGCAUCCUGGAGCGGGCGCAUUGAGUCAACCUUGCCCAGAAAGCAAGGCAGAGAGCUCAAAAGCUGUUUCCAUGCUGGGAAAUUCUUGUGUGCAUUUAAUUACACAAUUUCAGGAUUCAGGUGUAAUAAUGAUUAAAAUAGAUCGGUUUAAACUAGAUUUCAGUAGGUCUGUGCUAAGCAUGACUAAGCCUGGAUCCAACCUCACAUCUUUAAAUAAAAUGUUAAGUAUCACAACUUGAAUGAAUGACCUGUUUUUUUGUAGAAUCUCUGCAAAGUGGCUGAUGGAGCUAUUCAUUUACACGUGUCCUUUUUCUAAAGUUCUUGGGGUUGCAAAGGCCAGGAGUUGAAGUGGAAGCUAGAUUAAGGUUACCAGACGUCCCCUUUUCCUGGGGACAGUCCCCGGAUUUACAAAUCAGUCCCCAUACAAAAUCCAUUGGAGUUGAAAAGUGUACCCGGAUUCAUUGAAAAAAAAUCCGGUAACCUUAAGCUAGAUAUACUAGGUUUGUUACUCUGUACAAAGGUUUACUAUUGCAACUAUUGACACAGAGAGCAAAGGCUAUAACAAAGAUUUUAUGGUUAAAGUGCCAUCUUGGAUCAUGCCCUGCAGGAAGGUUCAGAAAAUAUUAUGUGCCCUGAAUGAGCAAACGUCUUCCUCUUUGUAGGCUGUGUUAGAUUUGUGAUGAUUGUGUAGUUAGCAAUCAGUGACAGUUCUCCCUUUUCUUUUCAGGUGAUACUGUUACUAUUGGAGAUGUGUCAUACAAACUCAAAAUUCCAAGAAAUCCAGAACUUGUCCCAGUGAACUACAGUAAGAAACAAUAUUCUUCUAAUACCCAGCUGGUUAAACAUAUAUGAAUAAUAGUAAUGAUUUUAAAAUUUAUUUUCACCCCACCCUUCUCCCUGACGGACUCAAGGCAGCUUACAGAUAAGAACAACAUUCGCUAAAAAUCAUUAAAAACAACCUGCAAUAGAAUUUUUUUAAGCUUUUUGAUGUUAUACUGUGAAUUUAUGUCAGAAGCCAGCUUGGCAGGAUUUGACUAGAAGGCAGCCUGCAAAUAGUUAAAUAAAUAUUAGAAGAGUUUGAUUACUACAGGAUGGAGAGAAGGUGGAGGAAAGAUAAAAGGAAAUGCAAGAUGGAGAAAGUCUGGGAAGAUAACAUUUUUGUUGUUGUCUUCAUUAGUAAUGGUUAAUUACUUUAUGUUAACCUGAGCACUAGUAAAAUAAAACUAUAAGAUCAACUAAACAUAUCUGCCAAUUCCUACCUACAGGCCUUUCUAUGCUCUUCUUAUUUCAUAUAAAGGAAAUAGUGAAAUUUUGUAGGAGCUGGUUAUAGUAUUGAAAAGUGCAUUUGAGUGCCCUUGUGUCCGUAGGGUCUGUGGCCCUGAGGCUUUGGGGGUAUUCUUGUAUGCAUUUAUGUUCUGUUCCUAUCUGACAGGUUGUUUUGCAUUCUUGAGUUUUCUUUCCAUUUUAGGUGUCUCUUAAAUCUGAUCCAAUUUCUUUUCUUCAAACCGUAACUAAAAAUAGAGCUAGCUAAAUUUGUUAAUGUGAAAUGUACCAGGAGCGUGGAGUUGCAUAGCAAGUAAACUGCUCUUGGGCUUCUAAUGCUGGCUGUGAUCACACAUCAUGUUAAGCCACACUUAAUGGUUCUCUGUGGUUUAAUGUGAACAAGCCUCCAGCCCCCUGCUGAGAAGUCCCGGCUUCUGGCUAUACCAUGCCGAGAACAGGGACGCCACACCAGCGUUUCAAGCUGUUUUCAAAUCCCUGUUCUGCGUUAACCGUGCCUAAGCCUGGCAAAGGAAGCUCACACAUAAGAGAGAAGGAGCCAUGUGGAGAAUAGAAUGAAGGCAGCAUUGGCCUUCUCCAGGGACUACAGCACCUUCCAUAGCCCAGGGGUAGCCAACAUGGUGCCCUUCAGACGUGGCUUAACUCCAGCUCCCAUCAGCCUUAGCCAGCUUGGCCAGCAGUCAGGAAUGAUGGGAGCUGUAGGCCAGCAACCUUGGGAGGGAGGCCACCACGUUGGCUAUUGCUGCAAUAGCUCGAUGGCCAUUCCUGGAGAAGACACUCUCUUGCUAAAGUCUACCCAGCGACUUUCUGCGAUGAGCAGAGAUUACUUAUUUGUUUGUUUAGUUGCCUAACAUAGGCCAGUCUUGAGACGCCUUAAUGUUUAAUCAAAUGUCCAGCCGGAGGAAAAUCUUAACCUGGCUCACCCGCUGCCUCGCCUUUAAACCCAAGACUCUAGAUGGCACUUCCUUUUAUUAAUUUAACUGGACUCGUAUCAGUCCAUUUUAUGCAUCCCAAACCCUGUCAGUUGCAUUGGUUUGAACUUUAAUAGAUUUGAAAUGUUUGUCCUCUGAAAAAAAGGAGCUCUAACAGUGAGGCUAGAAAGAUAAAUUCAGAAAUUGAAGAGCAGUAUCAAAACUAUUAAAGGUGCUUUGUAAUUUAAAAAUAUUGGUUUGUAAAUUCUUAAUUUAGACCAAAGUCCACGCUUUCUUAUUUAGUUUCAGACUCUGUGGCUCAGUCUGUAAUCCAGCAUUUAAGAUGGAUCAUGCAAAAAGACCUUUUGGGCCAAGACGUCUUUCUCAUAGGACCACCUGGGCCUCUUCGGCGAUCGAUUGCCAUGCAGUACUUGGUAAGCUUGGGGAGAGAGACUUAAUUUUCAUUUGGAAACUGGAGUGGACAUUAGUAAUUCUUAGGUUUCAGUGUAGUAAUGUUUAGCAGUCUAAGAGACAUGUAGCCUGGGAGAGUUUCUUUUUGGAUUUCUGGCAGAAGGCCCAGUAAAGUGUCCAUCCCAGUGUGCAGAGAGUAUGUUUGGUAAUCAAGGAUUAUUUAGAGUUACUUCCCAAUUUUGAAGCCUUUGAAUCAAACCAAGAACACACUACAGUUGAGUUUCUAGACUGGUGACUAGGAGUGGCUGCUGGGACCAUAUAACACCAGUACUGAAGGAUCUUCAUUGGCUCCCAGUGCGUUUCUGAGCACAAUUCAAAGUCUUGGUGCUGACCUUUAAUUCCCUAAACUGUCUCGGCCCAAUAUACCCGAAGGAGUGUCUCCACCUCCAUCGCUCAGCCCAGACACUGAGGUCCAGCUCUGAGGGUCUUCUGCUGGUUCCCUCCCUGUGAAAAGCAAAGUUACAAGGAAAGAGGCAGAGGGCCUUCUCGGCAGUGGCACCCGCCCUGUGGAAUGCCCUCCCAUCAGAUGGCAAGGAAAUAAACAACUGUCUGACUUUUAGAAGACACCUGAAUGCAGCCCUGUAUUGAUAAAUUUUUAAUGUCUGAUGUUUUAAAAUUUUUACAUGUGCUGUAAGCUGCCCAGAGUGGCUGGGGAAACCCAGCCAGAUGGGCUGGGUAUAAAACAGCAACAACUAUUCUUAUUAUUCUUAUUCUUCUUAUUAUUAUCUGGUGGUUUUUUCAUUGUUUGUUGCCUCAAACAUUUGGUAUACUUAUUUUAUUGGCAUAGUCAAACUGGUGUUUAGACCCAGUUUUGGCACAGAAACCACUUUAGUCACCCUGUAUGAUGACCUUUGUAAGGAGAGAGACAGGGGAAACAUGUCCUUGUUAAUUCUCCUCGACCUCUCAGUGGCUUUUGAUUCCAUUGACCAUGGUAUCCUACUGGAGCGGCUGUCUGAGUUGGGGAGUGGCAUUGCUUUGCUGUGGUUCAAUCCAGAUAAGACUGAGGCACUGGGUGGUUCCCUAGACCAGAAGGCUGGGAGGUUGCCUGCUCUUGAUGGGCUUACACUCCCUCUGAGGGAGCAGGUAAGCAGCUUGGGAAUAUUCAGGAUCCUUUGCUGUUACUUGAGGCUCCAGUGGCCUCAGUGGCGUGGAGUGCCUUCCAUCAGCAUUGACUGGUAGCCCAGCUGCACCCCUACCUGAACAGGAAUAGCUUAACUUCUGCUGUCUAUGUCUGUUACUGCAAUUACUUGAAGUCUUUGAAGGCUUGAUUCUUUUAAGGGAGCUUUUAGGUUUUCAAGAGCCUUUUUAACAAUCUUUUUAAAGAAUUGUUUUAAUUUAUUUUGUCUGCGGCAGACCAACACGGCUACCUACUUGAAUCUAUUACUGCAGUGCAUUACUUUGCAUUGUGUUCCAACAUUUAUAUUAUAUGAAUGGCACAUAUUCAGGAAAUACACUGUGAUCCUCCAGCUCACAAUACAUUUCAUGAGCAACCAUUAGUGCUAGACAAACACAUUUUCACUAAUAUGUACCCAAAGGAAUACAACACAAGCAAAACAAAGUUUUCAACAAUACUAAUAAUGAUAAAGAAAUAAUAGCAAUGCUGUUUAUAUGUUUAUGAUUACUGCUUUCUGUCAUGCUAUGAGUCACACUGAUGGAACAUAUUGCAAGAUCUUUUUUACCUUGGUGUGUCUCUCUUAUUUCUCCUUUUAGCUGGCCUCCUUACUUUGUUUUGAUCCAUCCAAGUGAUUUAAAGCUGAAUGUUUCAGAAAUGUUCAUAAGGAGGUGGCCUGCAACCAUGCUGAUUGAGGGAGAGCACUAAACUGGGCCUCAAGAGAUGGUGUUGCUCUUUAGUUUUAUUCCAUUUAGUGAUGUGUCGCUGCCUCUGCCUCUGUUGGAUAAUUUGCUGUGACGCUGUGCAGAUUGUAAUCUAUAUGUUUUCAAAUAUUGUGCUGUGUCCUACAGGAGUUGACCAAGCGAGAAGUGGAGUACAUUGCACUCUCCAGGGACACAACAGAAACAGAUCUCAAACAGCGGAGAGAGAUCCGAGCUGGGACUGCUUACUACAUUGAUCAGGUGAGUACUUAUAAUCGCCGCGGGUCUUUAUUGUCAAUUUGAUGAGAACUGAUGAUUUCUGGGCAAGGUUCUUGAGAGCGUGGUUGCCAACCAGAUCCAGGUACUCUUGAGGAGUCAGAUUUCCUAGAUCCAUUUCAGCCAGAAUUCAAGCCUGGUUUUGAUAUGGAAACUUCCUUGGUCGCCAUGGACGAUGACUUGUGUUGAGAGAGAGACAGGAAGAGUGUGACUCCAUGGAUCCUCCUUGAUCUCUUGGUACCUUUUGAUACUGUUGACGAUAGUAACCUUUUGUUUGAGUUUAGGUAUUGGGGGCACUGUGCUGUAGGGGUUUCAUUCCUGCUUGAAUUGAUGGCUCCAAAAUGUGGUUCCUGGAGGAGCAAUACUUGGCUCUGGGGAUUAUCCAGUGUGGGGUCCCACAGGAGUCAACUCUGCCCCUGCUCCAUCUGUGUAACAUCUACAUGAAACUGCUGAGUGGGACCAUACAGAGUUUUGUAGAGCAUUGGCACCACUAUGCUGAUGACACACAGCUGCAUUUCUCCUUUUACAUUUUGAAUUAGCUCUUGGUUGUGAUAAUAGACUAGAUGAGGGCUAAUAAACUGAAGCUUAAUCUAGUCAACACUGAGAUGCUGUGGUGGGUGGUUCCUCUGACUGGCAUAUUUGUGUGGUCCCUACUGUAGAGGGGCCAUUCUCCCUUGGAAGGAGUGAGGGGGGCGGCGAUUCUCCUGGAUCCAUUGCAGUCCCUUCGAGCACAGGUGGCCUCGAUGCCACAAUGUUCCAUCCUUUCAUUUAGGCUGGUGGCCCAACUGCAACUCUAUCUCUAGAGGAAGAACUUGGCUAUAGUAAUAUAUGCUGUAAGUAAAGGUAGGGCCCCCAAUUCUUACAAUUCACAUUCUCCCCUGAAAGUUGACAGAUAUUCCACCCCUGUUUUCACAGGGGAAUAUGGUCCUGCAAAUGUGUGCAGUGGGAAAUAUUCAGCCUAGCUUUCGUUUUGUGAAAACGAAAAUUCAGCUGUUUUUGCUUCUGAAGCUGAUUUUGUUUUGAUGGGCAGUGUGCCGUACGAGCAGCCACCGAAGGCAGAAUCUUGGUUCUGGAAGGCUUAGAGAAGGCCGAGCGGAAUGUCUUACCCGUCUUGAACAAUUUACUGGAGAACCGGGAGAUGCAACUUGAAGAUGGCCGUUUUCUCAUGUCAGCAGAACGUUAUGACAAACUGCUGAAGGUAUUGGGUUGUUCCAUCAAUAUUAGAUCCCAAACAACAUUAAAUCUAAAAUAAAAGUUGCUGGAGAAGCCUUGAUCUCUAGAAGGCUUAUUCUUUAUAUGGUUUGUUUUAUAUUCAGUCCUUCCUUGCUGGAUCUCUCAAGUAACAUUUUACUGCCUGGAACUCUUUCUUUCUUUGUUAUAUUUCUAUGUUUGCCCUUAAAUACCACAAUAUCUAUCUAACACAUGCUUCUCAUAGUGGGGAGGUCGGUACACCAUAGGAAUCCUGUACUACCCCUAUGACCCAACUUCCAGAACUUGCACUCGGAAAACUGGGACUCCCUAAUAGGAAGGUUGGUGAAAACGAAGGACUUCUUAAAAAUCACUGCAACCUCCCUCCCCACCCAAAUGAUCUGGGUUGCUGUGCAUAAGAGAAACCUGGUGGACAAGCAGUGGCAAGAACAGGCGCAGCUACCGUGCCCAGCCAUGUCUCUGUUACACGUGCAGGUCAAUUUCUUGAUCGAGUCAUGGAUGGCUCUGGUCUUAUGAAUCAUUGACCUGGCAUUGCAGGUAAUGAUGGCUCCCUUGCCAUGUACCAACAUUUCCCCCCUCCUCUUUUUAAAGGAAGAUUUAUAAAAUUGUUUUCAGGGUUAUGGCUCACUGUGAAAGCACAGUGAACAUGCAUUCAGAUCACUAAUGUGUGAAGUGACUCUUAAAAUCCUAAAAUCAAUAUACAGUUUUGUUAAUACUGGCAUUUGUAUUGAAGCUGGUGGAGUGAGAGCUCUAUGUCUUCCAGAUCUAUAAGCCAUUUGUUGUCCAGUUCAAACAGCUCUUCAUUAGGUACUCUGAAUAGUUGGUCUUUUUUCUGAAGUGGUUGCAGAAUUCUAAUUAUAGGCUUAAUUUAUUCAGGAGCAUAAUAAAUCAGAGUUGGAUGCAUGGAAGAUUGUUAGAGUCAGUGAAAACUUCAGAGUCAUUGCCCUGGGCCUUCCCGUCCCCCGAUAUUUGGGUAACCCAUUAGACCCACCUCUGCGAUCUAGAUUUCAAGCAAGAGAUGUUUAUUAUCUACCGUUUAAGGUAAGUAAUGUUGCAGGUGUCUGGGGUUGUACACAAAGUACAGUUGAAUGAUGCUUCAAUGUGUGCAUUUACAUGGGAGUCAAAGGUGUUCUAAAGGAGGAAAAUGAAAUGACGGAGAAGCUAAAUGCAUUAUUUGCAUUUGUUUUUCACUGUGGAAGGGCAGAUGCCUAUCUCUUUACUACUUUAUCAGGAAGUGAGUGAGGAACUGAGGCAACUAGUAGUGACAAGAGCUGAUGUUUUAGGCCAUGUUGACAAAUUAAAAAUGAAGGCUUCAACAGCUCUAGAUGGCAUCUACACAGGAGCUCUUUAAGAACUCAAAAUUAGAAUUGCUAAUCAUCUAGCAAAAAACAACAACCCACAGUUGGGGAGUAGGGAUCCUGGAGAUUACAGGACAGUUAGCUUAACAUCUGUUCCAGGAAAACUAGUGGGAAACAUGAUUAAAGAUAAAAUUACUAAGCAUACCGAUGUUGUCUUGCUGAAGAGGAGCUGGCAUAGCUUCUGCAAAGGAAAGUCCAGUCUACUUAACCUUUUAGAAUUCUUUGAGCGCAUCAAUAAGCAUGUAGGGAGGGAUGAUGCAGUAGACUGUGUGUGUUCGACUUUUUGAAAAGCUGUUGCAAAGCCCACCACCAAAGACUUCUGAGCAAGCUUAGCAGUCAUGGAACAAGUUAUCUUAUGGAUAUGCAAGUGGUUAAAGUUCAGGAAGCGCAGAGCAUGAAUAAAUGUCAUAAUGGAAUAAUGUAGGAUCCCCAAAGGAUCUGUAUUGGAACUGGUGCUUUUUAUAUUCUUCACAAAUGAUCUGGCGUUAGUGGUGAGCAGGACAGAGACCAAGUUUCCUGAUGACACAAAAUUGUUCAGAAUAUAAAAACGAAAAGGACGGUGAGGAGCUCCAAAAGGAUCUCUCCAAACUGGGUGAAUAGAUGUUAAAAUGGCAAACACUGCGUAAUGUUAGCAAGUGUAAAGUGGUGUGCAUUGUAACAUAACAUCUGACGUUGACGGACCAGGAACGAGAUCUUGGGUGGAGAGCUUGAUGAAGAUUUCACCUUGCACCCUGGUGGACAGAGUGCUGUUGCUUGAGUAAAUGGCCUGAUAGGUGAUACUGUCUUCUGUUUUAGGACCAUCUUUCACAGUUAUAUUGUAUUGGACCUAACGUUUCAGCUGAGAGGUAAAUAUAUGCAUUACAGCUAUGCAUAAAUGUUCUUAGAAUUUAGUUUUCUUACCUAUUGGCUUCCCUCAUACAAUAUUAGAGUUCUGUAGAGUUUUUGUGAUAUGACCAAAUGAAUUCGGUGAGAUAAUCUAGACAUGAUAUACAAAGGUUCAGAUUUUUAUUAGGCCUUCUAACAGAUUUCAUGGCUAAUCUACUUUAGGUAAUGGUGGUACAAAAUUUCGGUACUUCUAUCUUCCAACCAAACUCACAUCUUUAGGAUGGGGUGAGCAAGAAUCCUCUGUGAAUAAACCUAGAUGAGCUCUUUGAUGAACCUUCAUUUCAUGACAGAGGUCCUGUAGUUUGUUCUAAACUAUAGUUAAUGAGGAAAAAGUCAGAAACAACUGAGCAACUGUGAUUUCAGAUCUCCCUGAAACCAUAGUUUAAACCACAGUUCCCCAAGUUCAGAAAUUAUUGUGGGAAUGUUCAGGGAGGCAGGAGAGGAUAUAUUGUUUAUUAAUAUCCUUCCUAACUUGCGCUAGCAGGUUCGAUAACUUAGCACAGUUUUACAUUCCCAUUUUAAACGCACAGCAGAUAGCUGGUUGCAGGCUUGUUUAAGCCUCUCAACAUUAGACUUCUGGUGAGUUCCCUUAUAUCCCUCUUAAAAGAAUAAACACGCCACAAUCUUGUAUAAAGUAUAUAAAAGUUUACUCACAUCAUCAGUUCACAGUUGGAUCUCUGAAGGCAGACUUAGUUACAAAGUAUAAACAUGUGGAUCUGUCCCAUAUGGAGAUAGUCCCAGUGUCCUAUGUUGGCUGAGAGCCAACAGAGCAAUUCUAGCUGAAAGCUGCUGCUCCAACGACGGAGGAAGUCAAAAAAGAAAGAGUGUGGCGGCAUGCCUUGUCCUUUUGUUACCUGGACAGGUAAGGUCACACCCACCUCUAGUCACAUGCAAAGGAAGGAUGUUCCAGCCAGGAGGAAACAGGAAGCUUUCGACUGGCUGGACCAAACAUUCCCCUGGAAUGCUUCUCUAGGAAAACAAGAAAUGUUGUGUUUGACUGCUCUCAGUGGAUUACAUCCCGCAAUUAUGGGGAAUUGCACUCAGUUUAAAAUUGGAAGUGGGGGCUUCUGAUCUCUUCCUUAGUGUGCAAAACAGGAAAUACUGAGCAUGCACAAGAUGGAGGCCUGCAGCUUGUUCAUGUAAGUGGUCCUGCGAAGUCUGAAUGGGGCCAAUGUGAGAUUAAAGACACUUGUACCUUUUUUGUUUUGAUUGUUUGUUUCCUUUUUAGAAUUUGUGGAUAAAUAAGCUGAAUGGGCCAGGGAUGGGAAAUAGAACAUCUUAAAUUUCAGCAAUGAUCUCUUGCUCUGUUAGAAACGUGCCUUAAAAACAACAACUGUGGCUUUCAGGAUCAAACACUCUGUGCUGGAUCCCAUGUUGUGUGUGAACAUGCCAUGUACACAGGAUGGAUAUAUGCCUUCCUGUUUACACUACUGAUAUUAUGGUUGUACCAACUGUUAGCCUUACUUUAGUUAGCAUUUUGAAUUUAAGAUUAAAAUUUACCUAGAUGGGUUUCCGUCAGUAUAUUCUAAAACUUUAGGGUUGUCAUAUUUUGAAGAGCAGAAAAGAGGAUCCAUUUGCCGUCUUCUACUUUUAACUAUGGAUCACUAUGACGACACUCAUUUUACAUACCCAUGAAAAAGAGGACAUGUCCUGGAAUAAGAGGACAUAUGGCAACCCUAUGAAAGAAGCUAGUACUCUAAUUAAAGCGGAACUAAAGAAAGUGGCCUCUAUUGCAAUAUCAUAUAGAAGAUUGCUCUAUUUAACAAUGAUUUUAAGAUGUUAUCCAUAUUGGCAGCUAGAUUAAGCAAAUUUAUUGCUAAAUAAUUUGAUGCAGAUUAAACUGGAUUUAUCCUGACUUUCAACAUGAGAGUAUAUUAAAAGGUUCAUAAAUAGUAUUAAUGCUAUCUAUAGUCUCAAACAAGGGACUAGCUUGUUUUUAGAUCCCCAUUAUUCUGGUCUGUGACCGUAAUAAAGUUCAUUCAUUCAUCCCCAAAAGGCAUUUGAUAGGCUUGAAUGACCCUAUCUAGCACAGGUUUUACAAACAUUUGGAAGUGGAUAUGUUUCUUAAAGAUGAAUUAAAGCUUCCUGGAUGGGCAGGGUAGCAUCAGUUAAAAUGACGAUUUUACCGUUUUUAAUUCUUUUUGUUUCAAACCCUGCCUAUAAGUAUUUCAGCAAAGGACCUAAGGAAAUGGCAAAAAAUGAUUGUAAGCGUUACUCAUCAGGGCAAGAGACCUAGACUACAGUUAACUGUAAUGUCCUAACCUUCCCAGAGAGGGGCUAUUGGUUUAACAUAUCUGCAAAGAUAUCAUGAUGCGGUCCAUAUACAAAAUGAAAUUACAAGCAGCGGCCACUAUAGGCACAUCCGAUAUGUGUGAACCAUGCACAUGUGCCUUGUGCCGAACCCAGAAGUGACCCGAAAGCAUCACAAAAAUGUCACCAAAAGGGGUAGAACAGGGUGUUUGCAGGCUUUUUCGGUGGUGUUUCAACCCCCGCAUAAGCCUGUAGUAUGAUCAACAAUGUGAAAAGGGAAUAUUUGGAUACAAUCAGAGUUUGAUAAAUUUGAGCACAGAAUACCAGGUAACCCAUUUUUUAUUCAUAACAUAAACUGUCCAAGAAAUUAUAACAAACCCAUUUUGCAAAAGCAGAAUUAAAGAUGGGCGAUCCUGGAUAUCAAAAUGAGCACCUCCGGUAUAUAAGCGAUAUUUCUCUCACAGCAGGGCAAAUCAUGGAAAGAAUGGAAGGGUGUAAUAUGAAUUGGCUAUUGAUCUUUCAGGUAAAACACUUUAUCUCAAACUCAACAGUUAAAUCUCAGGCAAUGAGACCAUUACCACCAUUUGAAAAUCUGAUUUUGAAUCCCCCCCAAUUGUCAAUUUUAAGGUGAAUUAAGGCUAUGUAUAGUGCCCAUAUAACCAAGCUAAUCAAUGAUGGAGCUAUUUCAGAGCCAUUCUUUUUAAACUGGGACACAAGGCACAGACACUCUUUGUCAUCACUGCUGUUUGGAUAUUGAACCAUUUGCUAUUGCAAUUAGAUUAAGUGAAGGAACCAACGGGGUGAAGUUGGUAAAAAGAAAUGAAUCUUUUACGAAAAAUAUUAUUUUUCUUUUAAAAAGUGUUUUAUUUAGAAGUAUUGUUUGUCUAACAUUUUCUGCCUUUGGGUUUUCUUUCUAGAAUUUCUAAACUUUUGUCAUUUGCAACUACUUUUUGCACCCAAGAAUCCUCCGCCCUGGGUCUCCCUGAUUUUCCUCUGGACACGUUAGCAUCUGCUGUGCAGAUUCUGGUAGGUCCUUGCAAAUAAAUAAUGGAUACCGAGAUGGAGAUUCCUUAUCUGGAGUUUAGGGGAAGCAUUCAGGUAUUAAGGAUAAAGAAACUGCUUUUACAGUGUAGCUAGGGGAAAAAAAGAGAAAAUAGCAAAUUGCUGCAGUGAAGGCUUAUUUUCUUUCCUAACAUAGUUGUCAUCUGCAACUGAAAUCAGUUUUGUAUUGUUGAAUAGUUUGUUUAAAUGUUAGGGUUCAUUAUUGUUUCACAGGAUGGUGUAUCACUUUAAAAGCCAGGGUGCAUAUCCUGACCUAGUUUUUACAGCUGUGUAGCAGGUGCUGAUAAGUCACUGUAAUUAGCUGUGUCAGCAAUUGUGAAUGGUAUAUACUGCUGUAUGUACCUUACUCUGUCCCCUGGUGGAUGGAUGGGUGAUGAUUAUAGACACUAAGCAAGGUGUAUGUUAGAGAAGUUUUGUUAUUAAAUCUUGCAAAGAUCUCUUUACGCCUCUUCAGUGAUUCCGUCUGUGUGGUCUACUCUGCACGCACUCUGCGGCAUGUUUCAAAUGCCCAAUAGCACCAUGUCAAAUCUUGGCCAGUGAACUAAUGUUUUUUGGAUCCCCCAGUCAAGGCUCAAAUUUGCCCAGCAGCAAUCCUGCAGAACAGAAUAAAGCUCAACCAGUAAAGCCACAGAUUCAAGACUGUAACUGAAAGGAAUCACUUGGGUUAUUAUUGAACAAAACUGCAGGACCCUUUGAGAGAUUAUAGAAUUUAUAGGAAAUAAAACCUCUUUAAGCUCCCUCUUGUAUUAGGUUAAUCAAAUUCAUAGUUACUAAUUCAAGGCAGAAGGCUAGCCCUUGUGGUCUUCACUUGCGCAAGGCUUGCAAAUGACAAGUCUUGGCUGAAGCAGAGCCAGUUUGGCUUUGCUGUCUUGUCUCACAAAUAUUUUAAAGUUCUUUGAGAAGGUGAACUAGAAUACUGUAUUGAUAGAGCUGAUCCGGUUAACAGAGUGGACUUGGGCUUCCAAAAAGCUUUUGACAAGGUACCUCACUGCAGACUCCUGUGAUCACUUCCCAGGCAUGGAAUCAUAGAAUCAUAGAAUCACAGAGUUGAAAGAGACCACAAGGGCCAUCGAGUCCAACCCCCUGCCAAGCAGGAAACACCAUCAGAGCACUCCUGACAUAUGGUUGUCAAGCCUCUGCUUAAAGACCUCCAAAGAAGGAGACUCCACCACACUCCUUGGCAGCAAAUUCCACUGUCAAACAGCUCUUACUGUCAGGAAGUGCUUCCUAAUGUUUAGGUGGAAUCUUCUUUCUUGUAGUUUGGCUCCAUUGCUCCGUGUCCGCUUCUCUGGAGCAGCAGAAAACAACCUUUCUCCCUCCUCUAUGUGACAUCCUUUUAUAUAUUUGAACAUGGCUAUCAUAUCACCCCUUAACCUCCUCUUCUCUAGGCUAAACAUGCCCAGCUCCCUAGCCGUUCCUCAUAAGGCAUCGUUUCCAGGCCUUUGACCAUUUUGGUUGCCCUCCUCUGGACACGUUCCAGUUUGUCAGUGUCCUUCUUGAACUGUGGUGCCCAGAACUGGACACAGUACUCCAGGUGAGGUCUGACCAGAGCAGAAUGGACCCAGAGGAGAGUUCCUCCUGUGGAUCUGGAGUUGGCUAAGUAGCAGGAAGCAGAGAGUAGCAUCAAUGUUUCUUUCAGGUUUAGCACAAUAGGGAUUCUAUGUUCACUUUUUCUGUUCUCUCUCUCUCUCUCCCCCCCCCCCCCCCCAGAACUGCUUGCCUAUGAUGUCAAUCCAGCAUAUAAUCAAGUGGCUUUAUCCAUAUAAUGUUCUUUUGGGGAGGGAAGGCAAGACGGCCGUAGAAGAUGCCUUAAAGGUAAGCGUUCACUGUUUCCAUACAAAUUAUUCUGGCAUAGGUAGCAGCCACACUUUACAGUUCUCUGGAAUAAAAUAAUAAUAAUAAUGGCUAAAUUAUUGGUUUCAAAGCUAGAGAAAGCCCUAUGGUCUCAAGAACUUUCUCUUCUGCUGCUGUUUUAUGUGUCUCCAAAAGUGUCUUCUAGUUAUUAUGGCUUUCUGUAUUUAUUUCGUGUCAUUUUGGGUGGGGACAGAGAGGACUGAUGAAAACUGUAAGUGAAGGCCUUCCAUGAGAUGUGUUUUCUUUUUGUGGUUCUUUUUUUAAAUACAUAUUUUUAUUAAAAAUUUCUUAAUUUACAAAAAUGCAUGCAUUGUCUCUUUUCUCAAGUUGUGCUUUCUACAGAUAAGUUUCAUUUGUUGUGAGACGUUAGUGUUGCAUACAGUGUUAGGUUAGGAAGAAAAGGGGGGAAAGGGGGAGAGGGGAAUGGUGUGUGGGGUCGGGUGGCAGUGCUUCUAUUCUUCUACUCAGUGUAUGUGUGGGGUUUUGUGUCAGUGUCACUUGUGUGGGUUCUCUUACUAUUCGCUUGUUGUAUUUCCUUGGUGGUGAGAGAGGUUGGGGGUGGCUUAGAGUGUGGUUGGUUGUCUUUGGUUGGCUGUAGUGAGAUUUGCUUUUGUUUGUGAGUGGUGUGUGUGUGUGUGAGUUUUCGGAUCAGGUUAGCCAGAUUGAUUCGUAUGCUGUCGGUGGAUUCUUCUUGUUAUCUUGUUGGGCUGUGUAUGUUUCGUGAUUCUUUUUGACAUGCUGAAGUCUAAUGAUGACUGAAUAGUAAGGAUGUCUUGAGGGACGUAGUCUUCCAUGAUCAUGGUGCCCUGUAGGCUUAUUAAAUAUAAGUUAAUUUAGUGAAACACGGAAGAUCUGCAUUGACAGUGCUCUUGCUUAAGGGGACAUAUGCAACCCAAACCUGUUCAUACUUCUUGAAAGUAAUUCCCAGUGUGUUUAAUAGGGCUUGCUCCUAAGUAAAAGUACAUAGGAUUGUAGCCUUACUUUUUUAAGACCAGUUUUCAAGAAGCUUGCCAUGUUUGCUACAUUCCCUUCAAACUGAUGACAUUUGAUUAAUUAACAUUUGAUUAUGACAAUUAAUUAAACUAGAGCUGAAAUACUGAAAAAUUAAUCAUACAUUGUGGGAUCAUUUUACUUUUCCUAGUUAUGAGGCAUCAUUUUGCUAUUAGAUCUGUUCUUUAACAGAAAACAAAUACUAUUUCCACCUGAGUCUCUUUUGUUGUGUGUGGGGGGGUGUCAUGUCUACAGGAGGUCUGGUUAAAGGAGCAGACAACAUACAGCUAGCCAUUAUGGAAGCUGUCUGAUGUAAUCCUCACCCUUUAUGUGACUGCAGCCAGUGUUGUGAUCUGUCCCAUGAGGCCAUCCCAGGUUUCUCAUGUCCCUUCUUUAUCCCCCAUGAACACUGUCACUGGGCAGGGGCAACUUCUAGACGCUGGGUCUCUCUAUUUGACUGUAAGUCCCUCUGGGUUUCCCUGGGCAAGAGAAAGUGACUAACAAAUUUAAUAAAUAAUAAUAAUAUUUGCCCACGGCUCUUGGUGAUCCUGUAACAUUGGUGCAAGUUCAGCAUGGUGGCCAAGCCCAGACUAAGGACCAAACAAGGUGGAGGAGUUUGGGGCUGAAAAUACUUUCACAAAUAGAAUAAUCUAGACCUUCUAUUCCUUCCUCUUUCUUAGCGAUUUGAGCUCCAGGAUUCAGAAAGACCUGUUGUACCUACAAGAGUUAUAAAUGUGAACAAGAGGGAGGAUGGCAAGAUUUUGCAUGCUGACGUGACAAUUCAAAUAGCCGGGGAAGCUGUGACAUUUCAGGUAACUAUUUAAUUGUUUAACAAGUGGGAGGAUAAGCUUUAUUGCACAUGUAUUGCUAUGUUGCUGCCUUCCUUUCAUUUCUGACUUUCCCAGAAUUUGACAUAAAAAUCAACAAUAUGUUGCAUUCCUGUAAACUGGGAUGCUGACAGACUUGCUUGGGUGUCAUGACAAGUUAUGGUUAUUCUGAAACAGGAGUGAAAACUUCCAAAAUCAUAAUUGUGGCAGUUCCAGGUGCUUAUGUGUGCGUGCAUAAGCAGGAAGCUUGCUGUGGAGCAGCCUUGUAGUGCUAAACCAUAGUUUAUUGUUUGAUGAUACAGCAGUCAGUAAGAAAGACUUAAGCUGAGCUAUGGAUGGAGACGUACAUAUGGUUUGUUCAUUGUUCAGGAAACAAGUUACCUUCAUAUUAUUUGACAGGCAAAUGUCUGAAUUUGUUUUCUGGAGUGAAUGCUUGAGCAAAGAGAGCUAUGUGUUGUUAGCAUAUUACAGAUAUUAAUAUUGCACAGUUUGAAGCAAAGGGAUGCAUGGAAACAGAGUGCUUUUGGAAUGAAGCAUGGUCCAGACCCAUGAAUAUUAUUCAAAAUUUUACUUGCAGAAUGUUCUUUAAAAUAUAACACACAAAAAAGUAAAUGAUACAUCAAAACAGUUUCAUAUCUUGUGCAUAUCCAGCAGAGGCUCAGCAUCUUCUUAGAAAUAAAAUAAGCUUAUAAUGAGAGCUGACAAACGUAGUGCUUGCUCACUCUCUCUCUCACAGACACACACACACACACACACAGAGAGAGAGAGAGAGAGAGAGAGAGAGAGGCAUUGCCUACAUUCCACCUUCCAUUUUCCCUGGAGCUGUUUUCUCUCCCUUCAGGAGAGUCUUUUACACAUCUUUACUCCAUAGAGUCUGAGAGAACAAACGAUUCCAGCCACCACCCUCCAAAGAUGGCAGAUUUGCAGCUCAGUACCUUAAUCACCUGAUCUAAGGUUACUCACUCACAUGUUAGCUACUAGAGAACUACAGUUAAUUAUCAAUUCAGCUAGAGCUCAGAGAUACUUUCUUAGCUUUAAUAUAGCCCCAUGGAAAACCCCCAUGUUAAACCUUUUCACCAAUACACAGGUAUUCACCAUUUCUGUGUGAAUUAAACCAAUUAUACUUAACAUAGUGCUAUCUGUCUUUUAGGUUCCUGCUGGAACUAGGCCACUAAACCUGCAUUCUGGGACAGACAAUUUCAUUAAGACUCCCAGCCAUGAACAGCAAUUGGCAGAAAUGAUAUUGUCCCACAUGGUUAAAGAUAUCUGUUUGAUUGGAGAAAAAGUAAGUGACAUAAUGUAACUGAAAAGGUACCCCUGACCGUUAGGUCCAGUCGUGGCCAACUCUGGGGUUGCAGCGCUCAUCUCGCUUUAUUGGCCGAGGGAGCCGGCGUACAGCUUCCGGGUCAUGUGGCCAGCAUGACUAAGCCACUUCUGGCGAACCAGAGCAGCACACGGAAACGCUGUUUACCUUCCCGCCAGAGCGGUACCUAUUUAUCUACUUGCACUUUGAUAUGAUUUCGAACUGCUAGGUUGGCAGGAGCAGGGACCGAGCAAUGGGAGCUCACCCCGUCACUGGGAUUCGAACCGCCAACCUUCUGAUCAGCAAGCCCUAGGCUCAGUGGUUUAGACCACAGCACCACCCGCAUCCCUAAUGUAACUGUACAUAGCGCUAAAUUUAAUGCAGCAUCGUGAUAGACACAAACUUAUACCAUUUGGUGAGGGUGGGGGAACUGCCCAUACUAAUUUAUCACAGACUGGUUUCUAUUGUGCGCCUCACCUGGAAGUAAUUGUUACUUGCUCAGGUUGAACAUACAGCUGCUUCAAUCAGCUUGUUCUCCUUUCCCCCUCCAGGGUUGUGGAAAAACAGUUCUUGCUAAGGAAUUUGCAGCUACAUUAGGGUAUAACAUAGAACCUGUCAUGCUAUAUCAGGUAAGUUUAUUGAUACCCCAACCCUUGGCCUCCCAGGCUUGUCACACACUGACCAGAGGGUUGCAUUUGGAUUGUCGUUCAUCUCUUAUGGUGUUACCCUAUUCCUUACUAAGGGGGUUGGACCAGGCUAUACCAUUGCAGAUGCCAUGCAGUUGAAGUCCCUUCAAAAGUCAAUGCCCUGAGAAAAUGGAUGCCUGGGGGAAGAAUUGUAGUCUAUUCUCUAUGGUUCCUGUGCUGCAGGGAUGUUUUUAUACAGAAGAAUAAUGUGAGAUCCCACCUGCAGCCCAGGCACCGCAGUGAAAAGUAGGCCAUUGAUUCUGCGAUCUGUUGGCAACUGGAGCUGAUUUCAUUUUCAAAAUAAAUCUGCAUGUUAAUAGUUUAGGUUGCUUUUAUGUUUACUUUAAAACAACAAAGUUGGGUUUGUGUUAAGGUGGUCCGGUGCAGCCUACAUAGCUUGGCACCAUUUUAUCACCAGAACCAUAAAAUAUCUGUAUGAAGGGCUUAGGGACCAAGUUUCAUCAGUGUUCUGAUAGCACUCAGCUCUGCUUUUUGGAUGGCGUCUGAAUCAGGAGAGGCUGUGGGAGCCCUGGACCUGGAUAAGGGAAAAUAAGAUGACAUAGUAACACUAUCGUACACUGAAGUUGCUUAGAAACCAGUUUUUCUUUUCUACUGCUCUGUUCUUGGUAUUGCCUAUUGAAGACAUGGGUUGAUGCCUAGGUAGUAGCGGCAACUAAGUAAGGAUGAUGGAUUACAGAAAAGAGAAGUCAAUCCUUAAACUGCACCAGGACUAAAACAGUAUUUUGCAUUAACUGGCAACAUCAUUUCAUUUGAGGCAAUGCUUGUUGCCUGUUCUGGAGACAAAGCUUUAGCAUGCUUAUAUGUUUAUUGCACAUUUUAUGUGUGCAUAAAUCCACGGCUAAAACAAUCACAAUUCCCUUUUUGAUGUGUCGACUAAAGCAAAAUAUUACAGUGCCAGCAAAAUAAAUGCUUUGUAUUACUGAGACUCACACUAAUAGGAGUUUGCUUCUGCUGUUGUUACUCAUAGGAUAUGACAGCCCGAGAUCUACUGCAGCAAAGGUACACUCUCCCUAAUGGGGACACUUCCUGGAGACCAUCUGCACUUAUAACAGCCGCCCUGGAGGGGAAGCUUGUUAUUCUGGAUGGGAUUCACCGUGUCAACCCAGGAACCCUCGCUGUUCUGCAAAGGUCAGUGUGACAGUCCUAGAGGAAUAGAUCUGUGGGGUGUUAAUGAAGGAUGCAGCGACCGAGGCUUUAAGAAGUAGUAGUAAUAAUAAUAAUAAUAAUAAUAAUAAUUUAUUUAUACCCGCCCAUCUGGCUGAGUUUCCCCAGCCACUCUGGGCGGCUCCCAAUCAAGUGUUAAAAACAGUACAGUGUUAAAUAUUAAAAACUUCCCUGAACAAGGCUCCCUUCAGAUGUCUUUUAAAGAUAGGAUAGCUGCUUAUUUGCUUCACAUCUGAAGGGAGGUUGUUCGACAGGGUGGGCGCCACUACCAAGAAGGCCCUCUGUCUGGUUCCCUGUAACCUUACUUCUCGCAAUGAGGGAACCGCCAGAAGGCCCUCGGCGCUGGAUGUCAGUGGCCGGGCUGAACGAUGGGGGUGGAGACGCUCCUUCAGGAGUCACCGAGUUUCCGGGUCACCUUCAAAGGUAGCCCACGUAGAGUGUGUUGCAGUAGUCCAAGCGGGAGAUAACUAGAGCAUGCACCACUCUGGUGAGACAGUCUGCGGGCAGGUAGGGUCUUAACCUGCAUACCAGGUGGAGCUGGUAGACAGCCACCCUGGACACAGAAUUAACCUGCACCUCCAUGGACAGCUGUGAGUCCAAAAUGACUCCCAGGCUGCGCACCUGGUCCUUCAGGGGCACAGUUACCCCAUUCAGGACCAGGGAAUUCCCCCACACACACCCACCCUGUCCCCCCAAAACAGUACUUCUGUCUUGUCAGGACAGGUCCACACUCACCGGGGCUUCUGCAGGAGUGUUUCUGGAAGAUUCUGACAGUGCUUGUGAAGAGUCACCAAUUUGGUGGACCAGUCACGAAUUAUGGAGUCUGGGCGAUAUUUUUUCAAGUCAUUGGAGCUGUGCAGCCUCGGAUACCAGCCCCACAGAGAGCCCCCAGUUCAGGGAAAUGUUGUUUCUGCACAAACACAGCCUGCUUGCAGUCCCACAUGCUUCCAAGGCACAAGGGGAGCUGCCAGCAAGUGCGAGUUGGCCAUAAAAAGGCAGUUCACUCAAAAUACUAUAAAUAAAUAGGUUGGCAAAAAAAGGACUGAGGAGCACAGCAUAUGUCAUGUCUGCCACAUAGGUUGGCCUUACACGGCUGAUUUGAAAAGCAGAAUUGCCAGUUCUGAAGAAGGGUGAUCUCGAUACAGAAUGUGGAGGGAGGGGGCUUUAACUGUUGCCCUGCCAUAGCCCUUUUAAAUGGCACUACAGGCGGGGCAUAGGAUUUAAGCACCUCCCUCCACACAAAUGUCUUUCCUGUGUAUAUGCUACAUGCCCACAUGAGGAAUAUGAAAACACAGGAAGAUUGUGCUUCAGAAUUAGGGGCGCUUUAAGUUAAAUUAACUGAAAACAGCUUAGGAUUUUAUUUAAGUUAAGUGAUGAAUUAAUAUGUUUAAUUUCACAAUGUGAAGAUCUAAGGAUGUUAAUGUUUAAGUUAUUUUUUUUUUAAGAACUGUGAUUUGGAAAACCAUUAAAAGGACAUGCAAUGAAAUUCAAUCAAGGGGAAGCGAGGAAGUCACUUAACAAUGUUAAUAAGUGUAAUUUUUAAUAAGGCUAUGAUUUAUGUUUGUUUGUUCGUUUAUAAUGUUGUGAAAACCAAUAAAAAAAAUUGGGGGGGGGAAUUGGGGGCGCAGGUGGCGCUGUGGUCUAAACCACUGAGCCUCUUGGGCUCGCCGAUCAGAAGGUCGGCGGUUCGAAUCCCCGCAAUGGGGUGAGCUCCCGUUGCUCGGUCGCAGCUCCUGCCAACCUAGCUGUUCAAAAGCAUGUCCAAGUGCAAGUAGAUAAAUAGGUACCACUCUGGCAGGAAGGUAAACAGCGUUUCCAUGCGCUGCUCUGGUUCGCCAGAAGCGGCUUAGUCAUGCUGGCCACAUGACCUGGAAAAACUGUCUGUGUACAAACGCCGGCUCCCUCGGCCAGUAAAGCAAGAUGAGCGCCACAACCCCAGAGUCAUUCGUGACUGGGCUUAACUGUCGGGGUCCUUUACCUCCACACAAUGGACCUAAUCUAGCUCUACUAAUCCUACCAUGACUGAUUUUGUUUUGCUUUUUUAAACUGCCACACAAGACCAAACCACAUGACAGAUGCCACAUCCAUUUUGGUCCUGAGUUAUCCUUAGGUUGCUUAAGUUGUUAAACAUGAUGGAAAGUGUAUGGCUAGGUUUUGCAUCUGAUGCUCACAUUGAAUGGAAAUAUGUGAAUUACACGUAGGAAUAUUCCACACUGUAACAUUUAAUUAAGAUAAAGGCUGAAUCUAGAAACCAGACUGAGCACAUACAAAGCGAAUUCCAUUAGUUGUGGCAGUCCUGGCAUAUGACUCCCUAUGGUUAUCCUGAAGUACAAUCUUCCUGUGUUUUCAUAUUCCUCAUGUGGGCAUGUAGCAUAUACACAGGAAAGAAUUCUUCCAUGUAAAGUCUAAAGUGGCCCCAGGCCAUAGCAUUAACUCUUUCAGUAUGAAAUGGUUGUUUCAUAACUGGAGCUGUAGUCUUCUGAAUUCGCUGUUGGUUUCUUACUGCCCCUCUAGACGUCGUCAUUCUAAAUUGUUUCAUUAGGGAUUGAAAUGAGAUUUAUCUGUGAUGGUGAUAAUAAAGUGUGAAAAUGUUCGGUGUGUACAUUUAGUUAACACCACUGAUUCUGUGAAUUUGCCUUCAGUUAUAUGUUAAUAUUGCUAUGCUUUCCUUUAAAUCACAUUUUGGAAUUUGUACUGGUUAUGUUGUUGUUAACACCUUGGAAUUUGGGGGGGAACAGGAAGCUGUGUUGUGGGUAGGAUAUUUUUAGCCCUUAUUUUCCCCUAGAGUGCUUGCUCCAGAUUUUCAAAGUGCUUUUCCUGUAUGGAAGCUUUAAAGAGCAAUUUGAAGUUGUCUUUUGAAAGAGAAACCCCUGGGCAAUGGAUGCAUGUGCAGACUGGACAUCUCUGUGUCCUAGCCCAUAUAUUUAAUUUUGUUCAUUUAAAACGUAUUGUUAUACUGUUCAAUACUACAUUCUUUCAAAAGAUAGGAGAGCAAAAUUAUUAGUGACAUUAUACUUCAUGCAUAAUUUAAAAAGCAAGUGUUAAUUCCUUGUCCUAGUUGGAUGUUGUCGAUCAGAGUUUCCUGCUUGGCAGGGGGUUGGACUCGAUGGCCCUUGUGGUCUCUUCCAACUCUAUGAUUCUAUGAUUCUAUGAUUCUAUAACUCUGAUUCUGAACUUUCGCUGUAAAUUGCAUCCUUCAGAAAAUGUGUUCAGAUUGGAAGAUGGCCCUCAACUCAUUCAUGUUCACCUGUAGGUUUGUUUUAUGCGUGGAUAUUUCAACACAUGAAGGAAUUGCUAUGAUGGUCAGUGGCAGAAAGGGCAAGCAUGAAGUGUUUCUCUAAUUAACAAGUACUGAUUAUUAGAACAGAUCCUCUAACUUGCUUAUUGCCCCCUUUUUUGUAAAAUCCUGUGCAGGUUGAUUCAUGACAGAGACAUUACUCUGUAUGAUGGCACUAGAUUGCUCAGGAAUGAGAGAUAUCAGAAGUUGAAAGAAGAUCUACAGCUCUCCGAUGAGGAACUACAACAAAGGUAGCCUGCUGGGUGGUGGUGGUGAUGAUGAUGAUGAAGAUUAAUGUUUGUUUGCCACCCAUCUGACUGUGUUGUCCCGGCCACUCUGGUUGGCUUCCAACAGAUUAAAGCAUCAGACACAGUAAAACAUCAAACAUUAUCAAACUUCCCUAUAUAGGGCUGCCUUCAGAUGUCCUCUAAAAGUCAGGUAGUUGUUUAUUUCCUUGACAUCUGAUGGGAGGGUGUUCCACAGGGCAGACACCCCUGCCAAGAAGGCCCUCUGUCUGGUUCCCUGUAACUUCAUUUCUCGCAGGGAGGAGACUGCCAGAAGACCCUCGGAGCUGGACCUCAGUGUCUGGGCUGAGCAAUGGGGGUGGAGACGCUCCUUCAGGUAUUCAGGGCUGAAGCCAUUUAGGGCUUUAAAGGUCAGCGCCAACACUUUGAAUUGUGCUUGGAAACGUACUGGGAGCCUAUGUAGAUCUUUUAGGUCCAGUGUUAUAUGGCCCCGGUGGCCACUCCCAGUCACCAGUCUGGCAGCCACAUUCUGGAUUAGCUGUAGUUUCUGAGUCACCUUCAAAUGUAGUCUCACGUGUGUUGCAGUAGUCCAAGAGGGAGAUAACCGGGGCAUGUACCCGGGCAAGACAGUGCACAGGCAGGGAGGGUCUCAGCUAUUGUGCCAGAUGGAGCUGAUAGACAGCUGCCCUGGACACAAUCAGUUUAAUCAGUUUAUUAUGGUCAUAGACCAGUAGUUUGCCCUGGACACAGAAGUGACCUGUGCCUCCACGGACAGCUGUGAGUCCAAAAUGACUGCGCACCUGGUCCUUUAGGGGGCACAGUUGCCCCAUUCAGGAACAGGGAAUCCCCUACACCUGCCCCACCUCCUGUCUCCCAGAACCAGUACUUCUUUCUUGUUGGGAUUCAACCUCAAUCUGUUGACUGCCACCCACCCCACAACCAUGAACACCCAGCCCAAACCCUGUGAUGAUACCUCCCAGCAGUUUCCCAGCAGUUUCAUUUGUUAAAAAGCAUGGGGGAGAGGACGGAACCCUGAGGCACCCCAGAAAUGAGACCCCCCACUACUUUCUGGACACUGCCCAGGAGGAAGGAGCGGGACCACUGCAUAACAGUGCCAUGCUUCAUAGAAUGCUCUGUGGCCACAAGAAGCACAAUAAAGGUAAAGGUAAAGGGACCCCUGACCAUUAGGUCCAGUCGUGACUGACUCUGGGGUUGCGGUGCUCAUCUCGCUUUAUUGGCCAAAGGAGCCAGCGUUUGUCUGCAGACAGCUUCCGGGUCAUGUGGCCAGCAUGACUAAGCCGCUUCUGGCGAACCAGAGCAGCACACGGAAACGCCGUUUACCUUCCCGCCGGAGCGGCAACUAUUUAUCUACUUGCACUUUGAGGUGCUUUCAAACUGCUAGGUUGGCAGGAGCAGGGACCGAGCAAUGGGAGCUCACUCUGUCGCGGGGAUUCAAACCGCCGACCUUCUGAUCGGCAAGUCCUAGGCUCUGUGGUUUAACCCACAGCGCCACCCUCGUCCCAAGAAGCACAAUAGCUUGUUUAAAAUCCUGGGUAUUUUCCUUCUCAUAACUUUUCCCCUAUUUUUUUUUAAAUAUUAGCAUCCAGUAUGUGUGUUUGUAGCAUAUUUGCAGUGCAUGAGGAGCCAUGGACUUGCUGUGAUCUGUAGCUAACUGGCAGUGACUCAUGAAUGUGAUGAGGCUGCAUAUCGCUGAAGCUUUGCACCAGUGUCUCACAGAUAUUUUACCACGGGAAUCUUUUUCUUUUUGAAGGCCACUUGCCCUAUUAGUGCAAUGCAGCCUGUAAGGGAACUGACUGCCAGAGUCCCUGCAUUUCCUGACACAAGUCAUCACACAGAGGGAUUGGAAUGAGUUUCAGAAAUGAGCAUGUUAUCCUGUUUACUAGUGAAAAUAGAAGUGUAUAAAAUAGAAAUGUGAAGACAGCUGCCCUACAAAAGUUCUUUCUGUAAUAAGCAUGGUUGCUUUUCUUCGACACUUGCUGGUUUCCUACAUUUUGACAAUUGCAUAUUCAUUAUUCCCGUUUCACAUUAUUUAUUUCAGACGCUUUGUUGUUUGUGUUUUAUCAGUCAGGGAUUAGCUUUGAGGCUUAUGACUUUAAGCUAAAAAUAACUGAUGUCACCACCAGCAUUUUGAUCUGAGUGUUUUCAGCAGGCAGUUCUCAGCUUAGCCUUUGAAAUACUAGAUUUUUUUUGUAACCGCCACUUUCCAAGCAGUGAUGUCUAACGUACCAUUCUUGUUCAGAAUGCUGCCAUACUGUGUUGGUCCGACAAAGUAAAAAACAGAAUAAUGUAGACAUUGCCGCCUCUUGGACCAUGCAGUGAGUGGGAAUGCGAAAGCAAAACGAGCUUUUGAGCUGCGUUCAGGUGUUCUUCAGGCCUGGGCAAGAUGGCACAUCUAAAACUUACCAUUUUCUCGCAGGUCCAUUUUCCCCAUUCAACCUUCCUUUAGAAUAAUUGCCUUAGCAGAGCCACCUGUCAUAGGAAGCUCCACGCAGCAAUGGCUGGGCCCAGAGCUCUUGACGCUUUUCCUUUUCCAUGACAUAAAGCCUCUGAACAAGAGUGAAGAAAUUAAAGUUAUUAAAGGGGUGGUAAGUAUUUGCAAAACUUUGCCUUGCUGCUUGGCUUUGGGUGGCCAUUCAGGGAGUCCUUUGAAUGGCUACCCAAUGCCCUUUCUUUCUUUCUCCCCCCCCUCCCCCCCGUUCUCAGCUUUUUGAGAAGCAGGAGGUGUGCAAGGUGCUGCACAAAGGGGUUUUUUUGAGUUCUGCCCUCUCAUUUAUACUGUGAAAAUGAAUAGAUCAUAUAUAAACAGAAAUACACGCAUGGUGUGUAUGUGUAUUUCAUGUAUACAAGAGGGAUCAGCAACAAAAUGUUGCAGUGUGGUGGACAGUGUGGACAGUCUGCUGUCCAGAGUGCCUAUCGAACAGGCAAGCAGGCCUGUCUCUUUCCAGAUUACUCUCUUCUACUUCCAUGGCCUCCUUCCCCAUUUGUGGUUCCCCCUUCAUGAAACAGACAUUCUCUGUUCUGUGGCUACUGAGCAUGGUUUGUCCUCAGAGAUCUGGGGUUUUUUUUGGGGGGGGUGUCUUUCCUCCUAAGUUUAUCCACCCCCCAUCCCCCACGUUAUAGUUCUGUAAACUUUGGGAUUUUCCAAGGCUGCUGAUGCUACUCUGUGGAUGAUGCCAUUUUGGCAAUGUCAGCACUCAGAUGAUGAAUGAAUUACAGUGGUGCCCCGCAAGACGAAUGCCUCGCAAGACGAAAAACUCGCUAGACGAAAGGGUUUUGCGUUUUUUGAGUCGUUCCGCAAGACGAAUUUCCCUAUGGGCUUGCUUCGCAAGACGAAAUGUCUUGCGAGUUCUUGCGAGUUUGUUUCCUUUUUCUUAAAGCCGCUAAGCCGUUAAUAGCCGCUAAGCCGUUAAUAGCCGCUAAGCCGCUAAUAGCCGUGCUUCGCAAGACGAAAAACCGCAAGACGAAGAGACUCGCGGAACGGAUUAAUUUCGUCUUGCGAGACACAAACUGUAUAUAGUGCUAGCCAUAUUUUAUAUUUAUAUAUUUUUUUCAGGUUCCAAAUGUUCCUAGUGCUGCAGUGGAGCAGCUGUUGAAACUAGCACACAAACUCCGCGAGACAAAUGAUCCCACUGUGAGUCCAACCAUUCGAAUUUCAAUUGUUCCGUGUUGCUUUCCUUCUUCUUUCUCGCGUCCUGUGUUUUGACUAGAAUAACAGCACUACUGCAAGACCAUCAGCAAAUGCCCCACUUACCAGCCUAGCAGCUGUAGCCUUCAGACUGACUUCAAGGAGAGUCCCAUGUUGCAGUAGUCCUGGUGGGAGGUCACCAGAGUAUGGACAACUGAGGCUCUUCUGGUCCAGGAACAACCGUACACUGUAGACAAGCUUACCUAAGGUGGGCAUAAACACCCAGUUCAUUCAAGGGGGAAGUGCAGUCCUUCCCAGAACAGCUAAUUCCUGGACACAGAAGCAGCCCCACCCCCACGCCUCUCUCUUACAGCCUCAGUUUAUUGCUCUCAUUCAGCCCAUCACUGCCUCCCAACACCAGUCACACCUUCACAGCCUCCCCUAAUCACACUUAAUCACAGCCUCCCCUAAUUCAGAUGGAACGGAGAAGUAGAGGACUCCGUGGCCUAGAUCUGCAGAUGACGGCUCCCAAUGGUUUCAUAUGGUUGUUGAAUUGCAUAAGGGAGGGAAUGGUCCCUUGACGGACCCUACAACUCAAAGCCAUGGGACUGAGCCACGGUCUUCAAGGACCACUUUCUGGUGGUGAUCCUUUGAGUAGGAGGAGUGCCUCCCCUGAGUAGUGCCUUUGAGAGAGGAGAGAAUCCACAGGGUUGGUGUUAAAACUAGGUCCGAAACCUGGCUGAAUGAGUGCAGAUAAUCUGCUUUCUCCAGGCAUGCCAAGAGCUGGCCGGCCACAUCCCUCUUGACCGUCUUUCCCAGAAAGAGGAAGUUUUCUAUAAUCUUGAUCCAGGAGGGACCUCUUCAGGAGACUCCACCACUGCCACUUUAUGGAGUGGGCAUCAUCCACUCCUUGGACCCAUCCAGCCAAUCCCCCUCCUGGAUUUUACCAGCCCUAAUGGGCAUGGAUGGAGAGGGCACACAGUCUGCCUCACUGUUGCAAGUGUCCUGUAGACAUCCUGAGGCUACAACCACUUAAGCUGAUGCCACAGGCUGCAACUGUGCUCCAAAGACCUCCACUAAUUGUGGCAUCAUGGAUCUGAAUGAUUUUUCACUCCACGCCCUUUACGCCUCAACAGGAGUCUGUGAGUGGCCCAUUAAUGAUACAGUUCUGGUCUGGACCAGUCAAUUUGCCGCUCCAAACACCCCUACUGGGCAAUUCUCAAGAAGCCAUAGGGACUGAGAGGUUGUUCUCUUUGCUGCCACCACUGACCUAUGACCUGUGUAUUUGUACCUGUAUUCAAUCAGAUUCCCACUGAGACUUGUGCCACCUGCGCUCUAGCCAUUAUCCAGCACCCUUCAUUACCCAGAAUUCCUCAGAAAUCAAAGGAGCCCAUUGGACUGCCCUCGGUCAGAGAGGGCACUUAGAAGUUCAUUGAUGACCCUCUGCAUAUUGACAUUCCCAGUGAAACUAGGACCUAGAAGAAACUGUAUUAUUUGACUACCAUUCAUUCUAUGUCUGCAUUUAAGAGGAAAUGAUUACAUAUUACGUGUCUUGGAUGCUGGUACAGUGGUACCUCGGGUUAAGUACUUAAUUCGUUCUGGAGGUCUGUACUUAACCUGAAACUGUUAUUAACCUGAAGCACCACUUUAGCUAAUGGGGCCUCCUGCUGCUGCUGCGCCGCCAGAGCACAAUUUCUGUUCUUAUCCUGAAGCAAAGUUCUUAACCUGAAGCACUAUUUCUGGGUUAGCGGAGUGUGUAACCUGAAGCGUCUGUAACCUGAAGUGUAUGUGACCCGAGGUACCACUGUAGUUUUGAAGGGCAAAAAAAAAUCAAUGUAUUAUUCAUUUAAUGCCUAAUUAGCACCCAAAUCUGCUAUAUCUAAAAAGAAAAUCUCUGUGGCCCUUCACAUAGAUACAGAUUGCUGACAUACAGUGAGUCUGAAAAGUGGGGCCUCUCCACAGGGAUAACGUUUUGAAAUUUCAAAAUGUCCAGAGGCCUGCACGUCAGAAGUGAGUCACAGUUCGGACCGAGGGGCGAUUCCUACAGAUGAAUAGUGACAGGACAUCUGCAGAAAGAUAUAAAUAGCCCUCUUGUGCUGCGAGUUGAAAUGUACGCCUUAGGUAUACAAUCCUUGAUGGCUCAUGCAGCGUCAGGGAGAGAAUAUAGCUGCUCACCCCCCCCCCAUAGGGUUCCAGAUGCAUGUUUACCCUUGUGUAAGGCGAUAAUGACAGGGCAUGAACUUGCUUGCUAACCUGUUCAAUACACAAAUUACUCUUGCUUUUAAACAUGACCUAUAUCUUGAACUUGAAUGUCCCUGCCAGAUGUUACAUUUUCCAGAGUCUCUUUCUGUUCCAUCUAGAAAAUGCUCAUGUAAAUAGUUGUAAUUUGCUUGCAUCUUGGCCAUUGGAGAAAAGCAAAGUUUGCUGAGAACAAAUGGAUGUGAAUUUGUGAGCAGUUCUGCUCUGCAGUGUUAACUUAUAUAUAUAUAUUUUAAAAGCUAACUAGUGCAAAUUUGCUUUUUGAGGAGAGUGAGAGCCAACUGUAUAAAUGAAUUCAGUGUCUCUUCUAAGCCACAAAUAUAUAGGGUCAGGUUUAAGGUGCUGGUUUUGACCUUUAAAGCCCUAUGCGGCCUAGGACCCUCGUACUUAUGGGACUGCCUCUCCUGGUAUGUCCCACAGAGGACCCUAAGGUCCAUGAAUAAUAAUAGCUUAAAGGUCCCGGGCCCUAAGGAAACCAGACUAUCUUCCUCCAGGGCCAGGGCUUUUUCAGUGACAUCUCCGACCUGGUGGAAUGCUCUGUACAGAGCUAUUCCGCCUGGGCUUCAAUUUGAAUUAGCCCAAUUCUCUCUUCCCUUUUCCCCUUUCCUCUUCUGUGAAGAAACCCUUUUUGGGACCCCACAUUUAAAUUCUUCCCUGUUCCCCUUGCUGGCCCUAGUAGGACCAACUUGGCCAGUUAGCCCUGAUGAUCAUUUGAUGUCUACUGACUGGGGGUUUUUUUUUCCUUUCUCCAAAAUGACCCCUGAAUUUUACUGAUACUGAUGCCGCAUUUUAUGUUGUAUUUUAUGCUGUUUUAUGCUGUUUUUAAGUCACAUUUUAAUCAGUGUUUUAUAUUUGCUGUUAGCCGUCCUGAGCCUGGUUUUUAAAACCAGGAAGGGCGGGGUAUAAAUAUUAAAAAUAUUAUUAUUAUUAUUAUUAUUAUUAUUAUUAUUAUUAUCCCAAACACUAUGGCUUUGGAAAGCACUACAAAUGGUAUUGCUCUGUUAGUGCAGGUAUUUGAGAGAGAAGCUGCAGUAUGUUUGCUGCUAUCUCCUUACUGGUUCCCAUUGUGCUGUACUCACCAUGUAACAUCUGGAGUUGGAUGGAUUGUUCUUAUAGUUUAUCAUGCUGGCAUAACCCCAGGGAUCUGGGGAAACGAUGGAAACGAUGCCUUAUGAGGAACGGCUAAGGGAGCUGGGCAUGUUUAGCCUGGAGAAGAGGAGGUUAAGGGGUGAUAUGAUAGCCAUGUUCAAAUAUAUAAAAGGAUGUCACAUAGAGGAGGGAGAAAGGUUGUUUUCUGCUGCUCCAGAGAAGCGGACACGGAGCAAUGGAUCCAAACUACAAGAAAGAAGAUUCCACCUAAACAUUAGGAAGAACUUCCUGACAGUAAGAGCUGUUUGACAGUGGAAUUUGCUGCCAAGGAGUGUGGUGGAGUCUCCUUCUUUGGAGGUCUUUAAGCAGAGGCUUGACAACCAUAUGUCAGGAGUGCUCUGAUGGUGUUUCCUGCUUGGCAGGGGGUUGGACUCGAUGGCCCUUGUGGUCUCUUCCAACUCUAUGAUUCUAUGAUCUCUUAACCACAGUUAAGGACUCAGAAGCAGGCUAGGGGAUUGCGUACUUGCUCUUCACCAGACCACCCCACUCACUUCACUUGAUGGGAUUGACAUUGGUAGAGCAUUGAACUGGCACUGUUAAGGCCAACCAGAGUUUGCUAUUCAGCUUCGAACUCCGAUUUCAAAUUCCAUUUAGGAGGGAAUUCUGGUUAACCAUAUCUAAUGUUAGCGCUGAUACUCAAGUCUUGAUGCUUGAACUUCCUCAGUUGAGAUCUAGUAAUUGACAUCACUGUGAAUUUAUGGUACAGCGGACGUUCGGGUUGUGAACGUGAUCCAUGCGGGAGGCACGUUCACAACGUGCAGCGUUCACAAAUCGUCUGUGCACGAUUUGGUGCUUCUGCGCAUGUGCAAAGCGCGAUUGCCAAAACCCAGAAGUAACCCAUUCCGGUACUUCUGGGUUAGGCGCAGUGCGCAACCCGAAAACACGCAACCUGAAGCAUCUGUAACCCAAAGUAUGACUGUAUUUUUUAUUUAAAUAGUGGAUUUUUUCAAGUUAUAUAGCACUUAAAGCAGAGACGUGAUUGAAUUGCGCUCUGGUGUCAGUUGCAUAACUGUGGGCAGCUUGGGAUUUAAGCCGUUUUCCUCCUGCGUUACUGAUUAAGAAAUGCUGAAUAAAAUUAAUUUUACUUUGGCUAGGCUCAGUCGUUGGCAUCAUCCUUGUCUACACGGCAGCUAUUGAGAAUUUGUCGGCGUCUAUCUCAGUACCCAAAUGAAAGACUCUAUGAUGCUGUCAAUAAAGCUUGUCUUUCCAGGUAUAUUUUUGCAUUCUUACGGUUGUGAAUUAUUAUUAUUGUGUUUAGUUUAACAACACAAAUACAUUAUUUAUUAACAAUCUGAAAUUUCCAGAUAUUGCUUUUGAUCAUUUUUGUUUAACUGAAUUCCACUUAAUGACGAUAAAAGGGCAAAGACAGAAUUAUUUGUUUAUUUCUUAACUGUAUAUAUCAUGCUUCCUCUCAGUCGAAGGCAGCAAACACAAAAGCGAGAAAACAAUACAAUUAAAAAUAAAAUAAAAGCACAUUUAAAACAUUUGAAAACAUCUAAGAAUGUGUUAUAAUAUUGAAAACAUCUAAAAACAUGUAAUGCAAUCAGAUAAUCUCACAGCUAAUAAUGUCAGGGUUGCCAGAAAGAGUAGCUGAAUAGUAGACCUGGGUGUGGAGAGGGCAGCUGAGUCGGACCCAGCGAGGGGCAGCCUGAGCAAGGACCACCCACCCUGGCCUGCCCAUAGAAAGCAAGUUUCCAGGAAGUCUUCUCUUAGUGUGUAAGCUGAGAGUUUGUUUGGGCCCUGGUGGCUGAGAGGGAGGGUGCACCAGAAGGAAAUGGAAUUGAGAUUGAUUUAGAUAUUAGUAACUUUGUUUCUUGGGACGCAAGUGGCGCUGUGGUCUAAACCACUGAGCCUAGGGCUUGCUGAUCGGAAGGUCGGCAGUUCGAAUCCCUGCGACGGGGUGAGCUCCCAUUGCUCGGUCCCUGCUCCUGCCCACCAAGCAGUUCGAAAGCACGUCAUAGUGCAAGUAGAUAAAUAGGUACCACUCCGGUGGGCGUUUCCGUGUGCUGCUCUGGAUUUGCCAGAAGUGGCUUAGUCAUGCUGGCCACAUGACCCGGAAGCUGUACGCUGGCUCCCUCAGCCAGUAAAGUGAGAUGAGCGCCGCAACCCCAGAGUCGUCCGCGACUGGACCUAAUGGUCAGGGGUCCCUUUACCUUUAACUUUGUUUCUAUAGGUAAUGUGUGUUUUUGCAAUAUUUUGUUCAAGCUCUCUGCUGUUGCUUCUUUUAUAUACACUGCUUGGAGAUGUAUAUAUUGGAGAUGUAUUUAAUAUAUUAAGCGGUAUAGAAAUUAAAUGAUCGAAUCAGUCGGUGAACAGAGGUUCAGUCCAUCUCACUUUGGCUGGGCACACCUGUUCCCUUGCAGGGAACAUGUCUGAGAAGCAGACCCCAACUGGGUUGAACCCCGCCCUCCUGCCCAUCAGCUGAUGCCGCCCAGUGAUGUCACCUGAUGGGCAGGAGGGUGGGGCUUGGGGGGAAAUUGUCUCACUGGCCAAGAUCAGUCUGUACACUGGAGGUUCCCGCCCUGUGCUCUACAGCCCCCCAGUAAAUAGGUUUGUGACCUUUGUCUUGGCUAGUAUUGUUUUAAAUAACUAAUGUAUUCAUUAUAAUCUGGGCGCAUUUCGCUGCAUUAAGGAUUAGACCAAUGAAAAGAAAUCUGAGAGCUUACACUCCCAUGACAUAGUGUCUAAGAUCCAUGCUCAAACACAAACACAUUUCAGUAGACACAUCUGAAGUGGUUGAGGCAAAUAUGUGGGUGGUAUUCCAGGACCACAACACACUAUGGUCUUGUCUCUCCGUACUGGAGAAUUGCAAAUAUUGUUGAUUAUUCCCCCCACCCACCCGAAAGUUAACUUUCUCCCAUUUCUGUCUCAUUAGGUUUUUACCCAACCUUGCAAAAUCUGCUUUACAUAAAAAUCUGCUGGACUCUGGAAUUGAAGCAAGCCCCAUUGAAACUCUGGAAAUGGAGGGGAAAGGCUAUAGCUGUAAGCUGCGGUUCUCUCUCUCUCUCUCUCUCUCUCUCUCUCUCUCUCUCUCCCUCCCUCCCUCCCUCCACCCCCUGCUUCUUCUGUUAAAGUGAACUUUAGGAUAAACAGGUCAUGAUUCGGUGUUUCAAUCUCACUUCCUCCUAGAAUGCCAUUUGCGUACUGGUACCCUUGUACUCUGAGGGUUUGCUAUGGCAGCUAUUUCUCUAAGCAAAGGGAAACCCAAAAGCUAAAUAGAAAGUAUCCAAGUGCAGUCAGGCCAACCAGAAUAGUGGCAAAGCACAGUGAACAGCUCACUGCUGAGAGCAGGCCUCCAAUUCGGAUCUUUAAACACCUCAGAACCUCAGAACCACCUUUUUCUUCUCAGAACCGCAUUUCCUUCCCCCACCCCCCAAAAAACGUAUUGACCAGUGAGCCAUUGCAUGGGGCUGCAUUUUUCCCACUUCGCUAAAACAUGGCCUCUUCCCCUUUCUUGCUACCUGGAAGAUCUGUUGUAAUUCUAAAAGUGGUGUGGUGCAGUGGUUAAGAGCAGUAGACUCGUAAUCUGGUGAACUGGGUUCGCUUCUCCGCUCCUCUACAUGCAGCUGCUGGGUGACCUUGGGCUAGUCACACUUCUUUGAAGUCUCUCAGCCCCACUUACCUCAGAGUGUUUGUUGUCGGGGAGGAAGGGAAAGGAGAAUAUUAGCCGCUUUGAGACUCCUUAAAGGGAGUAAAAGGCGGGUAUCAAAUCCAAACUCUUCUUCUUCUAAAAGUAGUAACAAGCAUGUAAGACAAGUCAUGGCAUCAUAUGUCUACACAGUAUUUAGUUUCUAAAUAGUUUCCAGGUUUUAGAAUGCACAACUCUCCUGAUAAGCAUGUUCUCUAGCUAGAUGCUCCUUUUCAAAAUACCUCAAGCUUUCAUAAUGACAAGUCUCAAUGUAUCUUAUGUUCCCCACCUCCAUGACUUUGCUAAAAUCAAAUAUUUCCAUUGCACUUUGAAUGGAUAUAGUUGUGCAUAUAUGUGGUUUGUAUGAAACCUCCAGGUGAAGUGGACUCGGGAACCCUGAAGAUUGGGGCAGUCACAAUCCCGAUUUAUAACCCCUUGGAAAGGAUGAAAGUGCCCGAUGUUCUCUUCUAUGAAAAUACCCAAGUAAGUGCUGAUCUCUCACUGACCAAUUUCGGCCAAGAUUUUAAUAACAAAUACUUACGAUCAGAUUUCUCCGCCAUCCUUAUCUAAUGUGAUUAAAACACUGCAAACGUUAUUCAAAUGUUCUAGAUAAAUACAUCGCCACCGAAGAAUUUUGUUAACAAGGUUGCUGUGGCUGUUUCCAGCAAGAAGUGGCACUCCUGAUUUCUUCACUUACCUCAAGUCCCAUUUGCCACGUAGGAAGUUUAUUGGGAGGUUCCUUCUUCCAUUCAUUGCUGUGUUAGUUCACCUUCCUAGCAGUGGAUUUUGCAUUUUUCUGCUGUGCGUUAAAGACAGCCUCUGUUAUUAUGCCUCUAUUAUUAUCAGUAUCAGUUUUAGUAUUAUUCAAUAGAUUCAUUACUGAGCUAGACAUACCUGUAGCUGAACCAAUCAACAUCAGUUCUUAAAUUCUUACCAAUAUAGAUUAAUGUGUAAUUAAAGAAAACAUAUAUUAUUGCUUCUCUAAAUGGGUGUGGCAACUGUGCAUCACCAGCACCACAAAAAAUUACACGUGUACAUUCAAGAGCUCUGGAAUACUUCUUCCUGCUGCCUUGCCAUUACUAAGUUGUUUCAAGUUUUAUAAAGCAGAUUUAAUUUCUCUCUAGCAUAUGAUGGUGAUGGAAGAUAUGCUAAAAGACUUUUUGCUUGGCGAACACCUUCUCUUGGUUGGCAACCAGGUGAGAGCAACCCAAUAUUUCUUGCUAGCGUGUGCUUUUGUUUUACUGUAAUUAGUAUUUAUUGAAAGCUCUGACCUGGAUAAUUUGACAGAGGACUGACACUGAAAAGUCCACUGUUACUGUACAUGGGGGGGGGGGGAACCUUGCAUCCAAAGAUGUAAAAUUAUUUUGAAUAUUACCCUCAGAAUGAGCUUUGGGUCUCAGAAUGAGCUUUGGAAAAAUAAGCAAACUAGGGCGGUGUUAAAAAGUGUGUGGCUCCAGGGAAGAGAUAGCCACUACUUUGCAGUGUGGCAGCAAAGCCCCUGUCUGGACGCGGGUGGCGCUGUGGUCUAAACCACAGAGCCUAGGGCUUGCCGAUCAGAAGGUUGGCGGUUCGAAUCCUUGCGACGGGGUGAGCUCCUGUUGUUCGGUCCCUGCUCCUGCCAACCUAGCAGAUCGAAAGCACGUCAAAGUGCAAGUAGAUAAAUGGGUACCGCUCCGGCGGAAAGGUAAACAGCAUUUCCGUGCGCUGCUCUGGUUCUCCAGAAGCAGCUUAGUCAUGCUGGCCACAUGACCUGGAAACUGUCUGCGGACAAACGCCGGCUCCCUCGGCCGAUAGAGCGAGAUGAGCAUGUAACCCCAGAGUCGUUCACGACUCGACCUAAUGGUUAGGGGUACUUUUAUCUUUACCUUUAGUCUACUUAUCUGAACCCAGGCUUAUGGCUGGGCUCUCCUCCUUCAUCAUGAAUGGUAGCUGAGGACAAACCUACAGCUCGUUGUUUGCAAGGGAAGUCCUUAACUACUAUGAGCCCAGCUUCAGCUGACAUGCAAAGCCAAACCUUGAGUUGGCUACUGCAGGCGCUGGGAAGGAUCUCCUCUCCGGAAGUCAGCAUGUUCCCACAGUCCCAGGAAGCCAUUAUUGACUGUGUUGUGCAAACUAGGCCUAAAAAAAAUGUUGUUUCUACAUACAGUACGAGCACUGCUUUUUGUUAAUCAUUUUUCCAUGGUUGGGGUUUGGUUUUCCUUGGUUGUAAAGCAUAUUUAAUCCUGUUGCAUUAAUUUGCCGUUAAGGAAUGGAAUGGUUUUCCUUUCUGCAGGGUGUGGGGAAAAAUAAGGUGGUUGACAGAUUCCUUCACCUGCUUAAUCGACCAAGAGAGUAUUUGCAACUGCACAGGUAAGAGGGGCUGUGUAGUCAUUUUACAUGACUUCACAAUUAGGUAGGCACCUGUUUAACCUGUUUUUAGCUUAUCAUUGAUUUUAAUCAUUUUUAAAUGUUUUAAAUAACUGAUGUUAACUGUUUUUACUGAUCAUUUUACUGUUUUGUUCUUGUAAACAGCUUUGAUGCUUUUUUUGUACACUUGGUAUAUAAUUUUUAUCAUCUCAAUUAUUGGGCUUUGCUAUAAAUUAUACAGCAUUUUUCAGACACAUGGCUGGUGAAAUGUUAUAGAUGCUUCCAGUAAAUAUCCCUUUAGCUGGCCCAACCUACUUCCAAUACUUGAUAGAGUGAUAUAGCAAUUUAGAGUUGGAGUGAAUAGCAAGGUCACAGGAAAUGUGCUGCAUUUAAAGUUCUAACAAGACAACAAAUUAAACCAUUUUUAGAACAUAAUUUUAGGAAAAGGUGAGUUGAAUAGUUUGAGCAGGCACCCGUAAGAAUGAAUAGCUAAUAAACAGAGACGAAUGCACCCAGAUCUAUGUGCUCUGGUAUGUUUCCCUCGGUGAAGCAAUGCUUAUCAACUUGUAUCCCUCAGUUUAGCUUCUGAGUCUGUUCAUGAUCCUCUCCUGUUUCCUUCCUCUUCAAUUCAGCCAUUUCAGCUGAUCAGGUCCAGCAAUUACCUCUUCUCAACUCCUAAACAAUAUUUUCACUCCCCUUUUCAACCUUUUUAGCCAAUCACCAAAGGAGAGUAAGUUUCUGUUUGUUAAGUUUUUCUUUCCCCUAAUUGCCACGUUCCUGAUCUAAACCUUUUAACAUCCUGUGCAGAAUUUCCUCAGCAAAACAUCCCCUUGAACAUUAUUUUGAACUUUUGACCCUUCCGUUCAGGAAAGCUGCAGAAGCAGCCAUUUUGCAGCCCAUGUUGUAAAACCAAAAACCAAAUGCAAAAUGGCUGAAAGUCCUGCUCUUUUGCUCUCUUUAGAGUUAUUCAAUCCAGUGGGUGGGAAGAGGAGGAGUCACGUUCUCCCAUGAAAGAUUCCUGCCUUCCAGGGGGGUUGGACCUUCCAACUCUACAAUUCUCUGAUUCUAUGUUGAACAGGAGGGUGCAUUAGAUGAAUUCCAAGCUGAGACAGGUUGCCUUGGAGGGAUUUGGGGUUUGUCCAGAGUUAAAGCAGGCGUCCCUGAAGCCCUUUGUGUCAUCUUGGCAACCCAGGCAUAAAAAACAUGCAUGGACAAGCAAAAUUGUUUCUCUAGGUUUAUUGUGUAUGGAGAACACCAGGGGAGAGGGGGCAACUUUGCAAAAUUGAAACUUGUUUGUCCUAAAUAAUGCAUUGGAGUGGAAAGAUUCUGACUGGAAAGGGAUUAAAGCUUUCAAAGGUUGUUAAAUAAUGCUGAAUGGCAUGAUCUCUUCUACUCAUUAAAACAAGGGACUGCUAACUGAAAAAUCAUCUCGAGGUGGUGAAACAGAGUAUAACAUCCCUGAUAAGACUAACUUCGGUUCCCUUUUCCACACCAAUUUUGUGAUGAAAGCAUUUUUCCUUAAAGCUCAGUGCGCUUUCUAAGGUGGUUUCUAAGUGUAAAAUGGAGUCUGAUAUUUUGAAAUAAGAAUAAAUUAAUUCCCUUUUUGACUUGUGCAUGUUUUGCUAUCUUAGAGACACGACCGUGCAGAGUCUUACACUUCAGCCUUCAGUUAAAGAUGGUCAUAUUGUCUAUGAGGAUUCUCCACUAGUAAGUCCACAUUUGUGCAUUUGAAUAUAUGAGUUCUUCACUAAAUUUCAUUGAUGGGUCCAAGUCCUUAUCUUGAGAUGAAAUACAUUGUUACAAAUCUAAGAAUGCCCUGUUUCUUUUCAAAGUAAGUUUUCUAGCCCUCAAAACAAGUAAGUUGAAAUGGCCUUUGGUCUGGCAGAAGUUUCUGCCAAGAGAAGUGGAGAAAACAAUCCAUUGAAUGUAUUCUCUUAAAUAUCCAAAAUGUGAUCUCUAUGACAAAUGCACAGGUAGUAAAUUUACAUCUUUAUCAAAGUGCAUCCAGAGUUGUGCAGUUUCUUUUCCAAUGCGCGUGCUGUUUAACAUUUUCCAGGUGAAAGCUGUCAAAAAGGGACACAUUCUGGUUAUUGACGAGGCAGACAAGGCCCCAACAAAUGUCACCUGCAUUUUGAAAACCUUGGUGGAAAGUGGAGAAAUGAUUCUGUCUGAUGGAAGGCGCCUUGUUGCCAGUAAGUAAACCCCUGAACACAGCAUUCCAGCAUUUGCAUCUGUUGCAGAUUAAUGAAUAGCACAUUUCUCCAAUGUUUGGGCCUUCUUUUGGUCAUUAAUUACUAUCUAAAUAUAGUUUACCAAAGAAAAUAAAGCUUUUAGGUUGCAAACACUCAGACGGUACAUUAGGUUCUUGUUCUCUGUCUCUUAUUAUUAAUGUAUAUUUGAGAAUAUCAGAAUAAUUAUAUAAUAAGAAUGCAUUGCCCUAGGAAACAAAGAUUUUUAAUACUACCAGCCAGUGCUGCGGUCUUGGGCUGGAUAGCUUGCAAGUUUAUUUUAAAUAGUUCUGGGGAAAAGACCUUGGCUCUGCAAAUCUUUGGUCCCAGGGGCCAUAAGAGGCAUUGGAUGUGCCACAUCAGAGGCAGAAAGACAGCUCCACCUUCAGAAAAGGAGACCCGGCUACCAUUUCGCUGCCACCACAGCAGCUUCCAUGCCAUUUGCCCUAUUGAGGUCAGAGCUCUGAAGUCAGUAAAUUCAAGAGGGGAUUUUCCAGGGUGAUUUGGAGGGAUUCUAGGGAAUCCAUGGAUCCAAAGGAUCCAGUCCCACAACAUGCCUCUAUUCAAGGAAUAAAUUAAUGCAGCCCAAAUACUGUUGGAGUUCAUUCCAGUUUUUAAAAAAAUAAAUUUAAAAAAAAACAGAGGAGCACAGAUUGUGUUCCCUUUGCCCCUCACUUCCAUUCUGCCAGCAAGAGUCCAGCAGACAUGCCUUCUUAAUUUUCAGCCCCUCAUGCCUUGGGAAUUAAAAUGGAAAUAUAUGAGAUUAGCAAACACUGGCCUCUGUCCCUCUUUCCUUCCCUCCUUCAUCUUUCAUGUCUCUGCCUCCCAAAGGCUUUCACAGCUGUUUGUUGCUGCAGCCCUGGCUAUAAGCUCCGCCAGCUAAUGGUGCUUCUGCGAGGCACCUCUCUUUGGGGUCGGGGUGUCAGCAUUUCACUCCUCCGUUGCUGGAUGUUUGACUGCUAUAUCACAUGUCUGUGUUUACUUUCCAGGCUUGGAAAGUAUGAGAACGGAAGUCAGCCUUAUCUCUUCCGCUGUAUUGUACUUUGUACUUACUUACUUACUUACUUUCUCUCUUGAAGAAGAAGAAGAAGAAGUGAGAGGACACCAUGAUUGCUUUGUCCUGUAUAUGUUGUUGUUGUUGUUUAGUCAUUUAGUCGUGUCCGACUUUUUGUGACCCCAUGGACCAGAGCACACCAGGUACUCCUAUCUUCCACUGCCUCCCGCAGUUUAGUCAAACUCAUGCUGGUAGCUUCGAGAACACUGUUCAACCAUCUCGUCCUCUGUCAUCCCCUUCUCCUUGUGCCCUCCAUCUUUCCCAACAUCUGGGUCUUUUCCAGGGAGUCUUCUCUUCUCAUGAGGUGGCCAACGUAUUGGAGCCUCAGCUUCAGGAUCUGCCCUUCCAGUGAGCACUCAGGGCUGAUUUCCUUCAGAAUGGAGAGGUUUGAUCUUCUUGCAGUCCAUGGGACUCUCAAGAGUCUCCUCCAGCACCAUAAUUCGAAAGCAUCAAUUCUUCGGCGAUCAGCCUUCUUUAUCGUCCAGCUCUCCCUUCCAUAUGUCCUGUAUAUAUUGCUUAAUAAAUACUGAGAAUGCACACACCAAAGCUCCACUUCGUUUCUGCUAUACUCUGCUGAUUGAGCGUGCACAUAUCUUUGGAUAUGUGCGCACCGGGGCUGAAGAUUUAUGGAUGUCCCGGGCUGCGCUUCAUCAGGAAGACGCCCGGAGAGGUUUGUCUCCAUUUGGGGACUGUGUGUGCCCCACAGGCGUGUUCCAAUGGGGGGGUGGUUCAAAAAAGGUUGAGAGGCUGCCAGCUCUGCAGGCAAGGGGUGACAUAACUGGGUUCCUGAGCCCCACAGGGGAACUGUAAAAAGAAUGUAGUUGGUCAAGGGAGCCGCGGACUCAAAAAGGUUGAAAACCUCUGCUAUAUUCAGAGCACUGGCGUAUUGGUUAGCUAAAAAAUUAUAACCAGGUGCGCCUGUCUAACAAAGAAGUGCUUAUAUUGGACUGUAGUGAUCACUGUGCUGCGCUAAUGGAUAUUAGUUUUAUUACAUAAGGUAAAGGUAAAGGGACCCCUGACCGUUAGGUCUAGUCAUGGAUGACUCUGGGGUUGCGGUGUUCAUCUCGCUUUAUUGGCCGAGGGAGCUGGAGUACAGCUUCCGGGUCAUGUGGCCAUCAUGACUAAGCCGCUUCUGGCUAACCAGAGCAGCGCACGGAAACGCCGGUUACCUUCCCGCCGGAGCAGUACCUAAUUAUCUACUUGCACUUCAUGCUUUUGAACUUCUAGGUUGGCAGGAGCAGGGACCGAGCAACGGGAGCUCACCCCAUCGUGGGGAUUUGAACUGCCGACCUUCUGAUCGGCAAGCCUUAGGUUCUGUGGUUUAAUAAAUGUUUCAGAUCAGAGUGUUAAUAGAGAGAGUUAGCUUGUUGUAAGUUUGCUUGGAGUGGGCCUGCAGGAUUGGAAAAGGUGAAAUCCUCUACCUUUUUAUGAAGAAUGAGUUGAACUGUUGAGUUUCUCUAGACUGGAAUUGAAUGGAAUAGUUUGGCAGCAGGAGAGAAGGCUGUAGAAUCAGUAAAAUUUAAAUAAUUGUGAAAUGUAACACAUUGUUCAAGGGAAAUGUAGGGAUAGAUGAAUCAAAAUGCUAAUGGUUCAUAUGAAUUUUUCAUGUGGUCAUUCACUAAUCACCACGUAUUUUUUAAAAAAUCUGUAUGAAAAUCCAUAUUUAAAUAUGUAUAUAAAUGUAUUUAUAACAAAAUGCAUAAUUUUAUACUUUUUGUACUUUUGGGGUAUUCUAUUGCAAAAUUUUAAUGAUAAUGGGUUAUAUUCACUGUAGAGUUAAGCAGAUCAUUUCAUAUAUAUUGAUUAUUUAAAACCUUUCAGUGGGCAUGAAUUUUGUUACUUGAACCGUGCCUUGUAAAGUUGAAAAUAUUAAUUCAAUUAUAUGUAUUUUCUAGACUCUGCUAGUGUGAGUGGAAGAGAAAAUGUGGUGGUAAUUCAUCCAGAUUUCAGAAUGAUCGUUCUAGCAAACAGACCUGGAUUUCCGUUUUUGGGCAAUGACUUUUUUGGAACACUAGGUAAGUGCAGUUCUUAAUAAACCAACAACAACUGUGUUUUCUACAGACUUCAGUAUGGAAAAUAUAACCUUUGCUUUACUCGUCGUCCUGAUAGAAAAGAUACACAGGAAACAGGCUGUUUUUUAAGAAAUCUGUUCAGCCUUUCAGAUAGGAGGCUGUGUCAGUCAUUUUCUCAUCUGAAACUUGGAAGAGAAUUACACAUGGACUCUUUGGGGAAAGUGGCUGCAUAAAAUAAGGGAUCUUGAAUUUUAAAGUAUUUGGCUAAGCACAUAGCAGAACAUACUUUUUCAGAAUGUUAGCAAGAAGAACUAUGUUUCUGGGAUUGUUAUAAGGUAAUUUGGGACGAGAGGAAGGGGCCCAAAUACUGGCAUUCCGUGACUGUUGUGGGUCCAUGUACCCCAACCUUCCUCAGUGUUGGAUGGGCUUGAUGGAAGUUGGCACCUCAUUGGGAGGGCAGCAGGUUGCUGAAAGCUCAUAGUAUCUCCUCUGGUGCUAGCUCUUGGAAAUCUCAUACAAAGGAUCCGUUCCCAGCCUUUCUGCCUGAGCUACUUUCAAGUGGAGGACUGAAUGAUUAUGGUCCCCACUGAGGAGAGCACUCAGCAGCUGGCGAACUUCCAUACGCGAAGAUGCGUUGAAGCUGGGCAAUAGGUAUCUAGAGGGACCGUUUGCCAUAAAGACCCCUUUGAAUAGCACAAGGGGCAACAUGGUUGAAGGUUCAGUGGAGACUUCCGCCUCCAGUCCAGGAAUGCAACCGUGUCAACAACACCUGGCUUUGUGGAGUUUGCAUAGCUACAGGGUUUCCAUUACUGUAUGCUACAACCUUUCCACAACUCUCCAUUCCUUGCUUGUUUAUUCCAGGAGAUAUUUUUAGCUGCCAUGCAAUUGAUAACCCCAAACCGAGCUCUGAGCUUGCAAUGCUUCGACAAUACGGGCCCGCGGUUCCUGAGCCAGUCCUGCAGAAACUGGUGGCUGCUUUUGGAGAGCUCAGAAGCUUGGCCGACCAAGGAAUUAUCAAUUAUCCUUACUCAACGAGAGAAGUAGUGAAUAUAGUCAAGCAUUUACAGGUACAGUACAUACAUUCCUGCUACUGGCGCGAUUUGGAACAGACCCACUGAUAAAUAUUGACAUAGAAUCAUAGAAUCAUAGAAUAGAAUCAUAGAAUCAUAGAGUUGGAAGAGACCACAAGGGCCAUCGAGUCCAACCCCCUGCCAAGCAGGAAACACCAUCAGAGCACUCCUGACAUAUGGUUGUCAAGCCUCUGCUUAAAGACCUCCAAAGAAGGAGACUCCACCACACUCCUUGGCAGCAAAUUCCACUGUCAAACAGCUCUUACUGUCAGGAAGUUCAGGAAGUUCUUCCUAAUGUAACUUGCAAAAACCGUUCGGAAGAGUAGAUUGAAAUUGGUAAAGCCUAAAAUGUUUGUAGGACCAUCUAAGUGGUUUUAAUGGCUGUGGCUGGUUCCAGAGUGAAAGCAGUGAAAUUAGGUUAGUCGUGGAUAAACCAAGUCCAGCAGGGGUCUGAUGGACUCAAGAGAAAAUGUGCCCAGAUGAUUCCUCCUUUCCUGUGUAUAUAAAGGACCAGGGCCCUGCGGGAUUUGACAUCUUUCCGCAGGGCCUGCAAGACGGAGCUGUUCCGCCAGGCCUUUGGGCAGGGUGCAGUUUGACUUUCUUUUGUAUAAAACAAGCCCGAAGGAGGGCCCCAACCCACUCACAGGACCUUGUAUGAUCACUGUAAACAGUUGAUCCUGGCAAGUAUUAACCACGCUCAAUUCCAACCUGAUAAUUGUCACCUGGCCAGAUUUUAACUUGUCUGAAUUAAUUUUAAGAUGCAUUUUAAUUGAUUGAUGUCUGUUUUAUGUUUUUAUGAUGUUAGCCGCUCUGAGCCCGGCCUCGGCUGGGGAGGGUGGGAUACAAAUAAAAAAUUAUUAUUAUAUUAUUCUUAUUCGCUUUGUAGACAUGCCACUUCUGUGUGGAAGCAAGCCCAUAAAAUAGGGGUUGCUAAUCUUAUCAGCCCCAAGCAACUUCUGAUCCCUCCAGAUGCCACAUGCCAGCAAAGCACACACACACAUCUGGGCACACGCAACAUCAAGCUACCCUGCUAUUUUCUUGCAUUUUUCAAGCCCUCUGUGUAAAACUAAGGAACUGUUAGUUACUGAAGCUGGGGAGGAUUUUUUUUGGGGGGGGGGAGAGAUUUUAAGAAGAUAAAACAGUCAUGCAAGAGUGUUUCUCCACUUUUUUUGCCACUGUUUUAUUUCAGGAAGAUAAUGGGCUGCAAGUUAAAGCUGCCAGCUCCCCUGAAUCUUGCUUAGCGAGAAAGAGAGAGAUAAUGCAGGAAGAUAUGGGCAGCAAGUUAAUGAAACAAUGCCCCCGGGGCACCCCUGAACGUUCCUUAAAUCACCCCUGGGUGCCACAGGACACUGGUUGAAAACCAGUGCUUUACAUAUAUACUCAGAAGUCCGGCCAGCUAUGAUCAAUGGGGCUUUUUCCCUGUGAAGUAUGUUAGGGUUGCAACCUAAAAUACUCUUCACAGAAGGUUCAGAAAAAUUAUCCUGUGUUCUUUGUAGCUUGUUCAGAAUGAAAUAAUAUAACCUAUUUACCCAUUUUCGAGGCAAAGGCUUCCAGAGCAGUUUAUGAAUAUUAGAAAUGAGAUAAUCCCAUGUUCUUAGGCUUGACCCCAGAGGAAUAGGGAUUGGGAGGGCUGAGGUAAAAAAGAAGCUUGGGAAGGAGUUCUCUGUUAUUCAGCAUAUCAUUGAGCUUCCACAGCGGAAGGCGGGCCACUUUCUCUCACUAAUACAGAACAACAAACCCCUGUGUUGCAAACCUAACACAACAAACAACACAAGCAACAUGAUGACCAGUAUGCUAGAUAGCACUGCAAUUCUUAUUGCAUAAUAUACAUAAUUUAGUACAACAAAAACAAAAUGUGUACACUUGUAAAUUCUCUAAUAUAUUUGAAAUCAAAUGAACACACCUCUGUCAAUCUUUGAAAGUCCGUAGAAGUAUAAUAAGUCUGUAGUUGAAACAAAGUAAUAGAUGCUAUCCUGUGGGCUAAGAGGUAAAACUUUGUGCAUUUUUCUAAUCUGUGGGUUGUGCUGAAGAAGAUUCCAGCGAAACAGUCAGGUUAUCUGGGAUCACUGUCCUACGUUGUUAUUCACUUACUACUUCGGCACCAUGAACGCCUAAAAAGUUUCACCGCUUGUACUAAAUUAUGUAUAUUAUGCAAUAAGAAUUGCAGUGCUAUCUAGCAUACUGGUCAUUGUGUUGCUUGUGUUGUUUGUUGUUGGUUUGUCGCUUUCUCACACUGGCCGUGGCGAUGUGAUAGUCAGUAGCUGGAGGGAGGGCAGCUUUCAACAGAGCUGUCUUGGUUGCGUGGCGAGUUCCCACCCCCACCCAGGAAGAAAUAAAGACACAGGACACCAGAAUAUAAGGUUAAUGGGCAAAAUAGGCCACAACUUUAUGGAUUACAGGAAUGAGCGGUAUUGGCUUAGGCAUUGGCCCUAUCGACUAGCCGGCUCCAGCCCGAUUGCAUGAAGACCGGCAAGGGUUAACCACCAGUAGGGGGAGCCCUGCUGAGGCACGUCAACUAGGAACUCCCCCGGAGUCACCGCUUGGGGGCGUGCCUUGGGCCCAUACCUCCAUAGGCUUCAGACAGAGCAGCGCCCCCCCAGAGCCCUUUAUCGGACUACCCUUUUCUGUGGGGGAGGCGAUGGCACUUCCCUCCCCCCUCUCAUCCACUUAACCCUCCCUUGCCAAUGCCUAACCGCCAAUACUGAGGAGUUGCUACGAGGUAGGCGAAAAACCAACUGGCUGUAUAUGCCAAUUACCAAUUGGAAAAAAUUCCUACCAGGUCCCGAGGCGACCAACCGAAGUCCAUAGCAAGUCAGGGAGCCUACCUAGAGGGGAUGUGAUAGUCAGUAGCUGGAGGGAGGGCGGCUUUCAACAGAGCUGUCUUGGUAAUGGGAAGGUGCUUGCCGGCUGCUUUCUCCUGUGGCCACGAGUGCCAAACACACUGCUCUGCUUUCUUUUGGACCACAUCAGUGAGGCUGAGAGGGGGGCCUUGUCAUCUGGGCAGCCCAGAACCUCCAUACACACCACCCAGGCCUAUGCCUAGAGAUGUCCCUUCAGUGCUGUUAAUGCAGUUUGACUUCACCCCCAGACGGUCAUUCCCAUUGUCUCUCGAGACGGACAGAUGCCAGCAAUGGGCCUUCACUUCAGCGUAUGAAACAGCCUUGCAAUGUGCAUCCCUAUCAAAGAAUCUUAGUGAGUGGAGAUGUUCCUGCUUACCUAGAACUCCAUUUGUGCAUCUCAGAACCUAUGAAACCUUGCAUCUCGGUCCAUGGGGAGCUCAUUAAUCUUGUGCUCUUCUCCCUCUUUCUCCCCCUCUGUAGAAAUUUCCAACAGAAGGGCUUGCCAACGUUGUCAGAAAUGUAUUUGACUUUGACUCCUACAAUAACGAAAUGCGUGAGAUUUUAAUUCGGACUCUGCAUAAACAUGGCAUCCCCAUUGGAGCAAAACCCACCAAUGUACACCUGGCUAAGGAGUAAGACUAACAUACAUUGUAUAUUUGCUGCUAGUUAAGAUCGACCUGUCUGCCUUGAAUGCUUGAAGCAAAUAUUGCUAAUACCUGAAAACAGAUUGAUAUAUUAUUGAACUAUUAUUAAUUUAUACUAUUUUAACUCUGCACAUUUACAGCAUUAUGUAUAAAUUGUGAAUGUAUUAUAUUAUGAAUAGUGAUGAUUUGUAUGAUUAAAUGGAUCCAAUAAAGGGGAAAAUUCGUUCUUCUCGGUUUCUCGUCAUUGAAUGAUCAUUUUGCAAUUUAUUUCCAUAAUUAGUAGCAAAUCCAAAUUCUUUUUAUCAAUAGUGGGGAAAUAUGUUAGCCCCUAUUCUUGCACAAAUCUUUCAAAAUACUUUGUAGAACAUGUCCAAAGAGUAACUUAUUCUUGAGUGAAGUUAGCAUUUCAAUACUUAUUCCCAUCAUCAGACAUUUGGCAUGUACUUUGCAAAACCGCAACUCCACAAACUGCUUACAGGCCAUCCAGUUUGCUUCAUGAUAUUGGUGGCCUUCCUCUGGUUUCAGACUGUUUUUUUUGAUGAGUAUAAUAAAUGCACAUAAUUUAUGUGUCAUAACUACUAAGGCUGUGGUCCUAUCUUGGCUUACCUGGGAGUAAGCCCUAUUGAUUUCAGUAGUACUUAUUUCUGAGCAGACAUGGAUAAGAUCGCGCUGCAAACCAAUUUCCGAAACCAUUUAUAGAAAAACAAAUAUUCCCCUUUAUACAUACAAACCACUGGUGCUAGGCAAAUUGUUUUUUAUGGAAACUGCCUAGGUGAAGGGCCAGGUAGUUAGUUAGUUAGUAAAUACCAUCUGAAAUGCAUGCCUAAAUUAAAAUUAGGAUUCUAAAGAUUAAAAGGAGCACCUUGCAUUGGGCAUAGAAACAAACAGGUAGUCAAGUGAAGUUGUUUUAAAAUUAGUUCAUGUUGCCUCCUUCCAGUCAAUAGUUUAGGAGUUACAUUUAUAUUUUUUUUUAUCAAUUACAGUUGUUAAUGUAAUCCGAAACAAAACUUUGGAUUUGCUCUCCUUCCUGGCCGUAGACGAUGGGGACUGUUUGUUCUCACUGCACAUAACAUAAUAGCCCGCAUUUGCCAGGCAGUUCUUUGUAUUUUCUUCAUACCUGCAAGGCAGAAGGCAUGUUGGGGCAAGGAUUACUGAGGGCAAAUAAAUAUUAGAAGCAAAAGUGAAUGUUGGCUUACGGUUGAGACCGUUAUCUGGAUCUCUGAGAGACUAUAGGGGUGCAAAAAUCUUGUUAAAGCAUUUGGGAACUACCUCUCUUUCCAUUGUUAGCUUCAUAUGUACAGUUCCGGCACAGAAUAUGGUUAGGGUCAAAGCUGGGGUAUGUUAUGCUGGCCUGAGCCCAGAUCAGCAUGGUUUGGAGCAAUGCCACUACAGUAGCAACUGAAUUCCAGUGGCGGCGCUUCUUCCUGAAGAAAAGGAAAAGGGACUUCCAACUACCCAUUUGCCAGUUAUAUAUACAAGAGUUCUUCAAAACAGUCAAAUAUUUACUCCAGAGUAGUAUCCAGCUGUUCCUCCCUCUGCUAAGUGACUUUUCCCAGCCUUCAGUCUGGACAUCUCAAGUUCAUUCAUUUUUCCUUCCAGAUAAGAAGUCCAAAAGAGGUUCCCUGAUUGUUAUUAUGCUAUUAUAUAUAAAAGUCAGCAGUAGUCUUCCUCCAGUCCGGCAUCACAACUGGAUCUCCAAUAUUAAGAAACAUUCAGUCCUUGUUUUUUAUUCCUCAAGGGUUUAUUCACUCUGGUUAUUUGUUAAGACAAUAAUAGAUAGCUAUUUACUUAUUGUAUAAUCAUUAAUUCACAUCCGAAUCCAUAUCUUCCAGUCCCAUUUCCUGAUGGCCACUGUUUUCAGUCCUUUAAUAUAUAUAUAUACAUAGAGAGAGAGAGUUUCCAUUUCCUCCUUUUCCAUUCUUUUCCCAAACAUGUUACAAGAGUAAGUAGCUUUCCCCUCGAGAUUUAUUCCAAAUUGUACGCAGAAUCCUUUCGUUCUCAGCUCAUCUCUGCCAGCUCAGGAUAUUUCUUAGUCUCUCCAUCUAUGGACCGCUUCCCCUCCUCCAACAUCAUAGCUUGGCUGUUUCAUUCCUCCAGGCACCUGUGUGGAGGUCCUCUCACUUUCAUCAUCCCUUGCCUUCAACUAUAUCAUUCCAUUCUCCUGGUCUGGCAGAUCUCCAGCAGUAUUUUUUCCAAAGGCUAUAUAUAUUAUCCAGCCACAGUGUUGCCCAAUUAACAUUUAACAUUUUAUGCAGCUCCACUCUUAUUUCCUUUAAUUGCUCAUUUAAUAAUUGUUGCACAACUGCAACAGUCAAUGCAGUAUUUUUCAGCAUUUUCACCAGCCUGAGUGCUUUCUCAGAAAUUCACACAGUCCUUGCUUAUCUGGAAAUUGCAGGAAGUUGCAUUUCUAACAUUGCCUUCUCACAGGGAGCAGCCAUGUAGUUUCACAGUACAAAGCAGCACAUUCACCAGUAAAACAGGAUUAAGACUAGAACAAAAUAAGAUGAAAAUUUCUCAAAGUUGCAGAAUCACUUAGCUGUUUGAAAAACUUUCUUUGAUAUGUGGAAUAAGAGCAUUUUUUUUUAUUUAUUUGUUUACAGCCCCUUAAUGGCGUCUCCUCUUAAGCCAGCUAUUGGGUUGUAUUUCAAAUGAACAUUUUAACCAACAGAGAGAUAGUCGUAGUAGUAAUUUAUAGGAGUUUCAGAAAUAAUUGAAGAAAGGAGCUUUUGAUUAUCUUUGCCCUAGGGGCUGACCUCUAGGGCUAUUAAGUGGUGUUUGGGCAAAAUUCACCCGUUUGGGUUCCUUGAAGAUUUCUUGGUCCCAUGGCGGGAGCAAUCCUUCCAGAACAUUUGGAAGAUAAUCCCUGUUAUAUCUGUUCCUCAGAGAUAAUACGAGACAGUAGCUAUCGUUAAUCACCACUUAAUUAUCUUUGAGAAUAGAGCCUCAACAGAGACGGCUAACCAGCUAUGAUGCCUCCCCAGAAGUCCGAGAAUAAUGAAUUUGCAAUGAAAUUGAGCUGGACAAGGUGGUCCCCAGCAUAGUGUUAGAGGAUCCUGGGACAGUUGUCUUGCAUGACUCCAUUGUCCCUGUGGAGGCUGAUAUUGGGCUGGUUUGAAAUUUCAUGUCCUUCAUGACAACCAUGGGAAUGUCUCAAGUGGCUGUUGGGCCAACGGAUUAGGCAGGGCACACCUUUGAGUGAUGUGAGGGAUGGUUUGAAAAUGAGGGAAUAUAGUGCAGUCACUUGUUAUUUUUGGACCAUUACCUGGUCUGGUGAAGUUUGGCUUGGUAGUGGCAAUUCCUGGCAGUAAGGGGAGUGGGCCUAUUUGAAGGGCCUCCCCUCAGAAACCGAUGUGUUCCUGAACGAUUCUGUCAAAGCGCUGACCUCCCUAUGAAAUGACAGUAUGAAAGGGGCAGUUGACAUGAUCGCUCCCAAGCAUCAUCUUCGGCACUGUGCCACCUAAGUGGCAUCUUGGUGAUCUUUGGGCUAUGAAGCAAGCCCACUGUCUCCCUCCCCUUCCUCAGAAAACUUGUUUGAAAAGGAACACUUGCCCUCAGAGUCAAGUUUGUAUUGUUAGAUGUUUUAGUAGUAAAGCAAGAUGAACGCCACAACCCCAGAGUCGUUCGCGACUGGACAUAACUGUCAGGGGUCCUUGACCUUUAACAGUCAUAAUGUUGGAAGUCUGGCAGGUUUAACAAGCAUUAUCUUAACUAAUGUGUUAAGAUAAUGUGUCCCCUCAUCCGCUCCGAUUCUAUGCCCUGACCGCAUUCUGUGACGUGCAGGAAAUGCUGGGAGACCUUCUUCUGAGGGAGACUCAGCCGUUCAAUGGCAAUGCUUCAUCAGUCAUGGCAGUUAAUGAAAAUGGGCUGAGUUGUAUAUGAUAGGGUUGCCAUAUUUCAAUUUUUUGCAAAAUCUCCCCCAAAAAUGGAGUGCUUUUUUUAAACCUUUUUUUUUAAAAAAAGGAAAAUACCAAAAAAAAUCAACACUUCCGAUAUGGGCUGCCAGGUUUUCCUGGACAUUCGUGCUGCUUUUCAAAAAUUCCACCCAGACGCCAUUUUUGACGUACAGAUCCCAACUAUCUCUGGGAAAUUCCGAACGUAUGGCAGCCCUGGCAUAGAGGACUUUUCCUAUUAUUUUUAUCUAGUCUCUCCUUGAUCUUGUCAGCUCCCCAUCUAUCUUUCCCACCCCACAGAAAAAAAGAACCCAACUUGGCCUCCUCUUUAAACUCUUAUUUGGCAGAACUUGUUUGUAUUUUCUAGAAAUGUAUUUCCUUCUUCCUUUGUCAGUUGUUGCAUUCAAACCUGUGGCCUCCGUGCAGCCAAAGUGUUUCUAGAUAUGUUGGGACACAGCUUAUACAGUGGUGCCUCGCAAGACGAAAUUAAUCCGUUCCGCGAGUCUCUUUGUCUUGCGGUUUUUUCGUCUUGCGAAGCACGGCUAUUAGUGGCUUAGCGGCUAUUAGCGGCUUAGCGGCUAUUAAUGGCUUAGCGGCUUUAAGAAAAAGGAAACAAACUCGCAAGAACUCGCAAGAUGUUUCGUCUUGCGAAGCAAGCCCAUAGGGAAAUUCGUCUUGCGGAACGACUCAAAAAACGCAAAACCCUUUCGUCUAGCGAGUUUUUCGUCUUGCGAGGCAUUCGUCUUGCGGGGCACCACUGUACUUGCACAGGCCAUUUGGGUUUCCAAGUCUUUCCCUCACAGAGUAUAAUUUUCAGUGGGAUUCCUCCUGGUAUUGUUUCCUUGAGGUCUUAAGACUGCUGACUCUGUGGCAGGUUAACAAGGAAACUUUUCAGCUCAGAAAUGUAUUUUUAGAUGAGGUGACGUCUAAAAAGAGAAAGUUAUGGGUGGGUUAGCAUUCAUGGCACUUCAGAUGCCAAUAACUUGCAUUUUCCCUCUUACAUUGAUUUUGGUUUUGUUUUGUUCCUCUCUUCUCUUUGUUGUUGUUGUCUGUAAAUGUUUGAAAACUACCAUCUAUCUAUCUAUCAUCUAUCUAUCUAUCUAUCUAUCUACCUACCUACCUAAAAAACAAAAAAAUAAUAAUAGUUUCUUUGUUGGACAGGUUGCCAUUGCCAAGUGCAAAAUUAAUGGGCUACUGGAAAGUCAGCCAGCCACAACAGAAACUUUUGUGCCCAACUGAAACACAUCACAUAGAUAUAAAGGUAAGAUUUUAAAAAAUAAAUCUUAAUGUUGACUGUAAGCAUACCCUAUUUUCCAGGAUUUUAAAGUCAUACAGAAUUUUUUCAUGUAUUCACAAUUUGUAGUCUACCAAUUCCAGGGCUGGAUAAAGACCCUUAGAGGCCCUAAGCAUUUAAAAGAUUUUGGUGCCCGCAUAUGUGUCUAAUUCAAAAUAUAAAUUAUAUUUCUUUUAGGGUCCAAUGUACUUAAAUGUGCAGGCAUUCCCACUGGAAAGACACGAAGCCAGAUCCCUGAGCUUUACAGAAGAACGUGCCUUUUGGUCGCUGCCUUUGAAUGAAGUUAAUUUUGUGUGUGAUGUUGCUGUGGCUCAAGGUAGAGUAUAAAUUUUAUUUUCUGUUUAUUUAGUGAUGAAGAGAAACAGUAUGAAUGUGUAGAUAUCUAGAACAUAAUUAAUAUAAAUUAGUUUGUAUGCUGCCUUAUUUUAUUCCCUCUGAUCUAUAUUAAUUCCCUCCCCUCUGCGGGAAGGUAAACAGCAUUUCCGUGCGCUGCUCUGAUUUGCCAGAAGCAGCUUAGUCAUGCUAGCCACAUGACCUGGAAGCUGUACACCGGCUCCCUCGGCCAAUAAAGCGAGAUGAGCGCCGCAACCCAAGAGUCGUCCACGACUGGACCUAAUUGUCAGGGGUCCCUUUACCUUUACCUUUGUAUAAUAUGUGAAUACAUAUAUAUGCGAAUACAUAUAGGGUUAUUAAUAACCUGCUAUAUUAUGUAUAGACUCAUUCCAUAUAUCAAUAUAUUUAUGCAAACAAUGUCUGUGUCUAUAAGCAAUCUGUUCAUAUGUUUGCUUUCGUGUAAUCUGGAUCUUAUUCCCGCUUUCGGAAGCAGAAGACGCCCUUUAUGUGGCUACAUGCAAUCCUGUGUCCUUAUAUGCCAUGGAUCUGGCCAGUAAGAAUGGAUGCAUUAUAGACUUGUAUGACAUCUUCCCAAGGACCGUUGGUGGAAUAUGGCAACCGUUUGUGACAUUGGCACCUCUGGGUAACCCUCUCAAAGGUCAAGUAAUUCUACACGAAGAGCAGGUAAAAAAAGCCAACAUGAUUUCCAUUUCUGGGGUUAAUCUGUUACCACCAGGAAGAGGGAUCCCUCAUAUUUCUCAAGCUCUAACAUCUGUCUAGUUUUGAGAUCAAAAAUAAUUCUCAUCCAGUUCAUCUUGGUUGGGAUUAUGGAGGACACACGUUCCCCUGGUGUAUGGCACUGCCUUUUGUUCUUUUCACCAAACGUGUCCCCACUGCGUAGGAGCUGGGCUUGUGACACAUCUUGCUUGCUCACUUGCAGUCCUCUGUAAACUUGGCUCCUUGUACCGCAUGAGAGCUGGUGUAGUACGGGGGUUAAGAUACUGCAUUAUGAAUUGGAGACAAGAUUUGCACCGGGGAUUUUCUGUCCAAAAACUAAUUGGGGGUCCUUUAGACACGCUACUUUGCCUCCACAUCUGCAAGAGAGGGAUAAUUCUGUGGCACUACCUUACAGACUUGUUGCAAGCUUUGUUUUCUAUUCCAAUAGCAUAUUACACAUUUUAGACAGUGCUUUUACAUUACAUUCCAACAGAUCUCUCUCCAGUUGUGAUGUUUGUUCCCCAGUCCCUUGUAUUCUAUCUUACUUAAGUACUUCAUUCAAAUGAGGAUAUUGUAUCCAUGUUGUCAAUUUCCCUGAUAAUUCCUUAAAUUAUUCUAAUUUAUACUCAUCACAAUUUUUAAAAUAAAUUUCUAUAAGUUGUCCAACCUUCCAUCAUAUUCUUUUUCUUUACCACUAUGGCUUCCAGUGGUGACAGCCCAAGUGCUGUUUUUGCAUCUAAUAGAUUUUUGUAUUUAUUCCAUUCUCUAUACAAUUUUUCCCCAGUUAUAGGAUUUGUAAAUCCUUUAUGUACUUUCACCUUUUCAUACCAUAAAUAAGCAUGCCAACUGAAAAUAUUAUCAUGACAUUCUAAGUCUAGAAUAUGUGAAUUCUCCAAUGUCAUCCAUUCCUUCAACCAACAAAGACAAGAUGCUUCAUAAUAUAAUCUCAUGUCAGGCAGGGAGAAACCUCCUCUCUCUUUUGCAUCUAUCAAUAUUUUAUAUUUUAUUCUAGGGUUUUUUCCCUUGCCAAAUAUAUUUCGAAAUAUCUUUUUGCCAUGCAUUGAAAUUAUGUUCAUCAGAGAGCAUUCUGUUGGGGGAGCUGAUCUUCUGCCCAAGUGCUACACUUAGGUUUUCGGAAGACAACUGGUCACAUGAAACUGCCUGUGGCAUAUGCAGUUCUGAAGUGAGGCAAAAGUGAAGCAAAAUAAUAAUAAUAAUAAUAAUAAUAAUAAUAAUAAUAAUUAUACCCCGCCCAUCUGGCUGAGUUUCCCCAGCCACUCAGGGCAGCUCCCAAUCGAGUGUUUAAAAACAAUAUAGCAUUAAAUAUUAAAAACCUCCCUAAACAGGGCUGCCUCCAGGUGUCUUUUAAAAAUAGGAUAGCUGCUUGUUUCCUUGACAUCUGAUGGGAGGGCGUUCCACAGGGCGGGCGCCACUACCAAGAAAGCCCUCUCUCUGGUUCCUUGUAACUUCGCUUCUCGCAAUGAGGGAACCGCCAGAAGGCCCUCGGCACUGGAUCUCAGUGUCUGGGCUGAAUGAAACAAUUGUAUGAACACUAACUUUUCUGAGUCGGCAUUACGCAGUACAGCCGGCACAUGGCUAGGCAGUCUCCUUCUGCUCCUUCUGGUUAUUCAUGCAAAGGUAUGGAGCGACAAUGUCGCCAUUUGCAAGUUUCUCUGUUCUCGCUCCACUUAUUAGGCAGAGCAAAAUUUAUGGUGACAUAAUAUCUCCAGUUUUGCAUUGCUAAACACUGAAAAUGAAAAGAGAGGUGUUGCUGCUGCGUUUGAUGGCAACUUCGCACUCGCAUAAUUCCUGAACCAAAUCAUCUGUUUGCUUCCUGCUGCUCUUCCUAUCCUUUACAGUCUGCUCUAACAAGAUAAAUGCAUUCUGGAUAUUUCAUUUAACUGGUGCAUUGGGGGCAAAAUGCCUUUAUUCAUGUUCCAGGACCUUAAUGGCACAGAGAAAUGCAGAUAAUUGUUCUGCAGGCUAAAAGCAGUUUGCCACCACCACCGCCAUUCAGAGUCCAGUUUAAAUCCUAAUUUCCUUUUGCAGACUUUGUACAAGAAAGCAGAUGAAAGCUGGGGCUCAUCAUUAGGCACUAAAAAAAAAAAAAAAGUUGUUUGCUUUUAUUGCUCAUGCAAUGCGCUUGUACUGUCUGAAACAGUCUCCAGAGCUCCAGCAGAAAGUGAAGAGAAAAGGAAAUUAAUGAAUGCCUCCAAAGCUCUUUCAAGCAAAUGUACAGCUACGCACAUGCACAAAACAAAACUACUGAGUACCUUCUUAUUCUUGGGGGGCAUGAAAAGGGGGAACUGGGUAUGGCUUUGGAGGAAAUACUUGCCUGUAGGAAAGGAGGGAUGGAAAAGCAAUAAGGAAAUAAGUCCUGUUCAAAUAUUUUCUUCUCUAUCCUUUCUUCUUCCUCUUCAUUUUUAAACUCCCCUCCUCCCAUCUAGAAGAACUCUUAACAUCAGCUUCCCUUUCCCUUAGUCGCAAUUACACCCUUAUUUGAACUAAGUUCUUCCAAGGGAGGAAAACCCUGGCGAAGGAACAAACUGCAACAAGGAAAGGGAAGCUUUGCAGUAGCUAAAAAUAAAAGAGCGGCGCCUCAAAAUAAUGGCUGUUACAUCUGUUGAGUAUUUGGAAUUCAAGGCACUGGGGACAUGAGGUCACCCAAAGGUUUCUUUUCUCCCAGUAAAGAAUAAACAUAAGCGAAACUGUGCACAAGCACAGCAUAACUUCCCAGCCCACUUGAAGAAUUGCCAAAGCUGUAACUGGAAGUAUUCACCAGUGAUGCAAAUUUCUAUUUUUAUACGCAAACCAAUACACCACCAGUCCCUGUUACAGAUGGGAGCCAUUAACGUCUGCAAGGGUUGGGAAAGGGGCCUUGUUAUGGUGCCAGCCGACCUCCUGAGCCCACCGCUACGUGAAAGAACACAACUGCCUUGUUAAUGCUUGCAAUGGCCAGGAAAUCUUAACCCUUUAUUUAGUUAGAUUGUGCUAAUGCGCAUUCGAGACUCAUCAAGAAGGCAUUUUUAAUCUUCUCCUUCAUGUACUUUUGUAUAUAUAGGGGCUGUGAGCAUUGCAAACACUUUCUUGGAGUUACGUAGGGUAUAAUGCCAAGUGCUUGGCAAUAUCUUACUGGGUUUGAGUUAAAACCUUUCUUUUUUAAGAAGAGAUGUUGAUUUGCUGAAUAUAACUACGAUCCGGAAUGUAUGAGUGGAGAUUUGUUACAUGUAAGGGGUUCUUACAUGUAAAGUAUGGUCUGAAGCUCAACAUCAAAAAAACUAAGAUCAUGACCACUGGUUCCAUCACCUCCUGGCAAAUAGAAGGGCAAGAAAUGGAGGCAGCGAGAGAUUUUACUUUCUUGGACUCCAUGAUCACUGCAGAUGGUGAUAGCAGUCACGAAAUUAAAAGACGCCUGCUUCUUGGGAGAAAAGCAAUGACAAACCUAGACAGCAUCUUAAAAAGCAGAGACAUCACCUUGCCGACAAAGGUCCACAUUGUUAAAGCUAUGGUUUUUCCAGUAGUGAUGUAUGGAAGUGAGAGCUGGACAAUAAAGAAGGCUGAUCGCCGAAGAAUUGAUGCUUUUGAAUUAUGGUACUGGAGGAGACUCUUGAGAGUCCCAUGGACUGCAAGAAGAUCAAACCUCUCCAUUCUGAAGGAAAUCAGCCCUGAGUGCUCACUGGAAGGACAGAUUCUGAAACUGAGGCUCCAGUACUUUGGCCACCUCAUGAGAAGAGAAGACUCCCUGGAAAAGACCCUGAUGUUGGGAAAGAUGGAGGGCACAAGGAGAAGGGGACGACAGAGGACGAGAUGGUUGGACAGUGUUCUCGAAGCUACCAACAUGAGUCUGACCAAGCUGCGGGAGGCAGUGGAAGACAGGAGUGCCUGGCGUUCUCUGGUCCAGGGGGUCACGAAGAGUCGGACACAACUAAACGACUAAACAACAACAACAAGGGGUUCUCGGCUAGAAGCUUUAUCCCUGAUACCAAGUUUUCUGUGUAAGGAAUUCUUUUGCCUGAAGGAACAUUCAGGCAAGUGCGUUCCCUUUUGCUACCUGAAGUGUUAUCGCCCAGAUACAAAUUCACCACCCCAGUAACAACAAGGCAUAAUUCACAUUUACAUAAUUCACAUAAUUUACAUUUCUGCCAAACUGAUGCUUGCCUGUUUUUUAGGGUGAAGUUAUAGCAAUAUGGCAUGGAGACCCCAGUUGUCAUGGUCUUGAAUAGGUAGCUGAAUUUAAAAAAGAAAGAAAUGAAGUGCUUUACCUUAGUGCCAUAUCCUAAAAUAUAAGGGGAGCUGUCUCACCACACUUCUUUCCAAAUAGACAUGCAUGAAUUUUAUGGUCCUAGAUUGUGCCUCCUCUUAUUCCAGGUUGCUUGAACACUUUCACUUGCUCCAGCCUCCUCCAACAAAAUAACCAAAGAAGUGAUCUGUAGCAGAUCGUGGAAUUAAUCUGUGAUUAUUUCUUUGGUGCUCUCCCAUUCGUAUGACAUUACAUGGGUUGGGAUAUUGAGACCAGUUUGACACAACAGACCAACCAUAUAUUUCUCUUCUAAGUCAAGGAUUUCAACCUAACAGUGAACUUUGACAAAAUGCUGUUGAGGGGCCUCUUAAGAAAGAAAGAAAGAAGCUUAGGUAGUGGUUUCCAACAAAAUGAAAUCUACUCAAAAUUCUAAAAUGUCUUCAGUGUCAAUCUUUUCAGUGAAAGGAAUCAAUGAUGCCAUGAAAAUGGCAUAUGCUGGAAAAGAAUGUAAUUUUUUUACUUUCUUUUUGCAGAGCAAUGUUAUUCUAUCAGUGGACAUUAACACUGGAUCCAUACGCCGACUUUUACUGUCACCAGAUGUGAAAGAGGGUCCUAAAAGGUCAUCCUGGUGGGGCAACAAGGAAGAGCAGGUAAGGCAGGGGUCAGCAACCUUUUUCAGCCAUGGGCCGGUCCACCGUCCCUCAGACCAUGUGGGGGGCCGGAUUAUAUUUUUGAAGAAAAAAAAAUGAACGAAUUCCUAUGCCCCGCAAAUAACCCAGAGAUGCAUUUUAAAUAAAAGCACACAUUCUACUCACGUAAAAACACCAGGCAGGCCCCACAAAUAACCCAGAAAUGCAUUUUAAAUAAGAGGACACAUUCUACUCAUGUAAAAACACACUGAUUCCCGGACCGUCCGCUGGCUGGAUUGAGAAGGCAAUUGGGCCGCAUCCAGCCCCCGGGCCUUAGGUUGCCUACCCCUGAGGUAAGGCAUCCCAGUAGCCAACUAUGUUUUGUGCGAAAUGAGAAGCUUCGGUCUCCUCCAAGCCUAGUUAUCAGAGUUUUUUCUGUCUAGCCUUUAUGAACAGCAACACAUAAAGGAAGCUCUUCCCUUUGAAACCUCAUGCCAGGGUGCAUUUCUUUAGAACAACUGUUUUUGUUUGCAGGCACUGACAUAGCUACCCUUCAGAAAUUUGUAUGCAUGUAUUUUUAAUUAAAUUUCCCUUACAGUCAGAUAUAGGAAAUGCGCUUUGGAGGAGCUAUGUAGUCGUGAUGCAAUAUAAUUUGCAUGUGAAAGGGCCUCUUGUUCAGUACCCAGGAUCUCAAUUCAAAAGAACUAGAAAUAUCUCGGGCUAAAUUCUUCAAGAGUAGGGUAAAGUCUUCUGUCCUAGAUGGACCCAGUGGUCUGACAGCUUCGCAUGAUAAAUCUCUUUUGUUCCAGUCUCAAUCCAGUUUACGUCAAAUAAACCAGGGAAUCUGUGGUUACAAGCAUUUAUAUAUCAGAAGAGUGCACCCUGCUGGCUUUUGGAAUAUAGUACUAUAUUUUUUGCCAAACAAGGUCUCUAUGGAAGUAAAAGCCUGAUCUGAAGCACUUUUCAUUCAUAUAGAUAGAGGCCAAAUAUUCAUUUGCUGUUUGUUUGUUUUUCCUCCUGUAAGCAGGCAGACAACUCUUUUACAACUGAAGUUAUGAUGAAUUUGGUAACUUUGUGAGUUUGAAUUGGGUAAUUUUGUAAUUUGUUUAUUUCUUAGAAGAGUCACAAAAUGUGCAAGGAGUUUUCACACAAAAACUGGCUGGUGUUCUAUAAAGAAGAAGGGUGAGAAAGAACUCCUGUUUCCUAUUCCCUCCCCUCACGGCAAAAAAAAAGAGGUCCCUCUCCUGUGUUUGUCCUCAGCCUAAUUUUGUCUUUCUUACCCCUUUAUUUUCCAGGAGUCACCUUACCGUUUUAGAUGUCCUGGAAGGCCAUGCUCACACCAUCACGCUGCCUAUCAAACUCUCCUCUGUCUUUUUGGUGGCUGAAGACCACUGGCUCCUGGUCGAGAGCAAAACAAACCAGUAAGAUACUAGAUAUGCCUGCAUGUUCCACCCAGAAACUUAGACAUAUCCAUGCCCUCUCCAUGCCUAAAUAUUUGCAUGAAAAUAUUUCUCCGUAACUUGGGAAUUUCCAUUUUUUGUAACCCCUGCUGCUGCUUUAGCAAGUUUUUUGGCGUGGUCCAGCCAAAAAUGCUGGUGUGGUUUUUAUGUGACGCUAAGCCAAACUUUGGCUUAGUAAGAGCUGGUAAUCCUGGGGUAUCUGGGGUGAAAAUUGCUGCCACUUGACUCCUCCCUUGGCCAUGCUGCUGCUGUCCGUGGCUUGGCCUAGUGCUUGGCUUACAGCCUGGACUUGUGGUUUGUCUCUCUCCCUAUAAAGUAUAUAACAAAGUUUUGUUCUUGAUUUACCAUUUGUGGUUUGCUUGGGGGAGACAAACCACAAACCUGGUUUCACACAUGACAGUCAACCAAACUAUGGCUUAGCUUUGGGUUGCAUGGCGGCAGCAGGUUCAGGGAAGGAGCAAAGCAGCUGUGAUUUUCACUCCAGGGACCUGCUUUUUCUUGCUAAGCCAUGGUUUGGUUUAGUGUUCAUGCUAAUGAGUUAAAAACUUGCUUUGCUCCAACCCAUUGAAAUCCACGAGGUUUUCAAGCACUUAACGUGGGGUAUGAAUCUUAAGAGGGACGCGGGUGGUGCUGUGGGUUAAACCACAGGGCCUAGGACUUGCCAAUCAGAAGGUCGGCGGUUCGAAUCCCCGCGACUGGGUGAGUUCCCGUUGCUCAGUCCCUGCUCCUGCCAACCUAGCAGUUCAAAAGCACGUCAAAGUGCAAGUAGAUAAAUAGGUACCGUUCCGGCGGGAAGGUAAACGGCAUUUCCGUGCGCUGCUCUGGUUCGCCAGAAGCGGCUUAGUCAUGCUGGCCACAUGACCUGGAAGCUGUACGCUGGCUCCCACGGGCAAUAAAGCGAGAUGAGCGCUGCAACCCCAGAGUCGGUCACGACUGGACCUAAUGGUCAGGCCCUUUACCUUUACCUAUGAAUCUUAAGAUUGGUAAAGCAAAUGGAAUAUUAUUUGUAAUGGUGUCUACAAGGAUCAAGACUAUCUGCAGUCAUCACAAAAAGAUUACCUCCGUGAUCUCCUACCCUAAAUUUAAGAGUGGGGAACAUUCUUACUGUGCCCAGGGAGGUGGGGCUGCCCCUUUCCUGCAUCACAGCCAUGGCACCUCAUGGACAUCGGCAACGUAUGUGGGAAGAAGAAGUCAUGUCAUCAGCCUGUCUCCCAUAAUCCCCUGCUUAAAGAUGUUGCUGGUAUUAUACUGGAAGGAAGGAGUCAUUUUGAAGGUUGUUUUCUGCUGCUCCAGAGAAGCAGACACGGAGCAAUGGAUCCAAACUACAAGAAAGAAGAUUCCACCUAAACAUUAGGAAGAACUUCCUGACAGUAAGAGCUGUUCGACAGUGGAAUUUGCUGCCAAGGAGUGUGGUGGAGUCUCCUUCUUUGGAGGUCUUUAAGCAGAGGCUUGACAACCAUAUGUCAGGAGUGCUCUGAUGGUGUUUCCUGCUUGGCAGGGGGUUGGACUCGAUGGCCCUUGUGGUCUAUUCCAACUCUAUGAUUCUAUGAUUCUACCAGUGGUAGCUACGUCACUGUUAACCUGAGAAUAAGUCCUAAGGAUAAUUUGAGGGUGGGAGAGAGAGAUUGGGGGCUCAGGAACCUAACAAUUGUGACGGUGUUGAUCAGUGCAAUGGACAAGAGAUAAAUAUGGCCGUGUUAAAUAACCACUGGGCAAUUCCACCUGAUUUGCAGGAAAUAUCUUUUAACUAAGCCUACGCAUAUGGAAUCUGAAAUGAAUGGAAUUUGCCAGUUACAUGCACUGAAUGAAGAGCCAACGGAGACCGAAUCUGGGAUAAAAACAGGUAGGGAAUUUAAAAUCAAUUUGGCACUACAUGAGUCAGGUUUCCACCUGGUCACACGUAUUAUGUGAAUUAAAAGCUUUAAAGGGACAAUUCCCAGUCUUACUACAGUACUGCUAACAAGAUUGUGGCCUCUUCUACAAUUGUGUCCCUUCCAAAUGCCAAAGUAGGAGAGUUAAAACUUCAGAUGACAAGAUGUAGUGACUCACAUCCAAAGAAAGUUUAUAUUCAGUCUAAUUGAAAUCAACAGGAAAAGUUACUUGCAACUCAUUUAUGUCUUCCUGUUUUAACUGGGAGCCUCAGUACAGGGGGCAAGCAUUUGAGGCGUGUCCAAUAGCCACACAACUGCCAAAAUUAGGGUCCUUUUGGGCCUGGAAGAGGGUGGGGCAGGGCGUAACCGGGCAGAGGGUGUGCUCCCCCGAUGCACAUGGGGGCCGAGAACAGAACCCCCGUGUGAAAUGGUCACUGCCCGUACUUACUUCUCACAGUUCUCCCCAUGUCAGGACUAGCAUGUCAGGAAGAAAGAUUUUAGUCUAGCCUCCUACUGUCUCAGUGAGAACCUCACGUAGUUUCCAAUAGUGCGAAUGGAAGCUGGCAGAGCCACCAUACAGGUGAAACUCGGAAAAUCAGAAUAUCGUGGAAAAGUUAAUUUAUUUCAGUAAUUCAACUUAAAAGGUGAAACUAAUAUAUGAGAUAGACUCAUGACAUGCAAAGCGAGAUAUGUCAAGCCUUUAUUUGUUAUAAUUGUGAUGAUCAUAGCGUACAGCUGAUGAAAACCCCAAAUUAACAAUCUCAGAAAAUUAGAAUAUUAAAUGAAAUCAGCAAAACAAGGACUGCAAAUAGAGCAAUAUUGGACCUCUGAGAAGUAGAAGCAUGCAUAUGUACUCAGUACUUGGUUUGGGCCCCUUUUGCAUCAAUUACUGCCCGAAUGCGGUCUGGAAUGGAUGCUAUCAGCCUGUGGCACUGCUGAGGUGUUAUGGAAGACCAGGAAGCUUCAAUAGCAGCCUUCAGCUCUUCUGCAUUGCUCGGUCUCAUGUCUCUCAUCUUUCUCUUGGCAAUGCCCCAUAGAUUCUCUAUAGGGUUCAGGUCAGGCGAGUUUGCUGGCCAAUCAAGCACAGUAAUCCCAUGGGCAUUGAACCAGGUUUUGGUACUUUUGGCAGUGUGGGCAGGUGACAAAGUCCUGCUGGAAAAUGAAGUCAGCACCCCCAUAAAGCUUGUCUGCGGAAGGAAGCAUGAAGUGCUCCAAAAUCUCCUGGUGGAUGGCUGUGUUGACCCUGGACUUAAUGAAGCACAGUGGACCAACACCAGCUGAUGACAUGGCUCUUUUCUGAUGAGAGCAGCUUUUGCAUCUCAUUUGGAAACCAAGGACCCAGAGUCUGGAGGAAGAAUGGGGAGGCACACAAUGCCAGAUGCUUGAAAUCCAGUGUGAAGUUUCCACAGUCUGUGUUGAUUUGGGGAGCCAUGUCAUCAGAUGGUGUUGGUGUUUAAAACAACAACUGUGGUAUAAGACCAGAAAUUCCCUGUUGUCCUGUUUAGGCUCACUGUUGGUUCCACAGAAUGCUGUGCAAUAGGCAGCUGUAGGUGUUCAGUUCAGACACAUUUGGUAGGAACUUGUGGUGGCCAAUGUCAACUACUGUCCUGCAUGUCUGCUACAAGAAAGUUGCCUAAAUAUGGUUUGUGACUGCAUAAUAAAAAGCACAAAACUUAUGCCUGGAGGUGUAAUGUGAUUCCCGUACUUUUCUAUGCCUCCUGCCAAUCACCAGAUGAAAACUGCAUCUCAUCACCUCUUAGGGAAUAGCCGCUGAACCAUGAGAAUCCUGCUCAGCCUACAAACUAUCAGUGGGCAAUAUCUAAUUUAAAUCUGUUGGUUUUUUCCAGUGAGUUUAUCUCAGGAUGACUUAGGGAGCAAUCUUGUGCAAAAGAAGCUGCCUUAAAGCGAGCUGGAGUAAAUUAAACUGGUGUAAAAUCAUACGAGAUCUAAGCCCCCAUUCAGCAGUGGGGGAUCUCCUGUUGCUCUGCCCAAGGGUGGCAGAGGGAAAACAAGCCUUUAAAAGAGUGGGGUGUGUUGGAUUGCCAGCUGAAUGGAUUGAGUCCCUCGGCCUCAAAUCUCCCCUUGCACCAGACUCAGCCACUUUCAGUUCAGCUCGCUGUUCCGUUGCUGAGCCAGGAAGAGCAAGUUUACACUGGCAUAUCUUUGGCUGAGUUGGGGUUGGCAACUUAAUGUCAGCUGAGCCCAGGUGAGCUGGAGAUCUGCGGCAUCCUCAGCUGCUCUCCCUGACGUAUCUUGCCAUAGGAUUGGCUCCUUAGCUGGAUACAAGCUUUUAUAUGUUUCUGUAUACCUGAAGGAGCGUCUCUGUCCCCAUCGUUCUGCCCGGACUCUGAGGUCCAGUGUCGAGGGCCUUCUGGCGGUUCCCUCGCUGCGAGAAGCCAAGCUACAGGGAACCAGGCAGAGGGCCUUCUCAGUGGUGGCAUCCGCCCUGUGGAACGCCCUCCCACCAGAUGUCAAAGAGAAAAACAACUACCAGACUUUUAGAAGACAUCUGAAGGCAGCCAUGUUUAGGGAAGCUUUUAUUGUUUGACACACUAUUGUAUUUUAAUAUUUUGUUGGAAGCUGCCCAGAGUGGCUAGGGAAAUAAAUUAUUAUUAUUAUUAUUACUAUUACUAUUAUUAUUAUUAUUACUACUAUUAUUAUUACUAUUAUUAUUAUUAUUAUUAUUUGUUUGCUUCACUUUUGCCUCACUUCAGAACUGCAUAUGCCACAGGCAGUUUCAUGUGACCAAUUGUCUUCCGAAAACCUAAGUGUAGCACUUGGGCAGAAGAUCAGCUCCCCCAACAGAAUGCUUUCCGAUGAACAUAAUUAUGCUUCUCUUGUUGUUGGAUUUCCACACCUCAUGGUAGGCAUCGCUUUUACUUAGUUUAAAUAAAUGAAAUGCCAGCAUCAAGGAUGCCACACUAGGUAGAUAAUUAGCUCUGGACAAGCUUGAUAAAAUUCUGAUCCUACAUGGUAGCAGUUGAUGCCCUUCAUAUAAUGGAGGCAUUUAUGGUGCCACCAUAAAAACCACAGAGCCUCUUGGGUGUGCUGAUAGGAAGGUCGGUGGUUCAAAUCCCUGUGACAGAGUGAGCUCCCAUUGCUCUGUCCCAUCUUCUGCCAACCUAGCAAUUCAAAAGCACGCCAGUGCAAGUAGAUAAAUAGGUACCACUGCAGUGGGAAGGCAAACGGCGUUUCCGUGCUCUCUGAUUUCUGUCACAUUGUCCUGUUGCACCAGAAGCGGUUUAGUCAUGCUGGCCACAUGACCCGGAAAGCUGUGGACAAACGCCGGCUCCCUCGGCCUGAAAGCAAAAUGAGCGUCGCAACCCCAUAGUCGCCUUUAACUGGACUUAACCGUCCAGCGGUCCUUUACCUUACCUUAUUUUACCAUCGUCUGUUGCCCAGAAUUGGAGAGGAGAUGCCACCACCUCUUAAUUAUUGGAUCAUGCAGCGGGAUUUAACUGAAAUAUACCUAAGAAAUUAGACAACGCAUUGUAGAUAAAAUUAAAUAUAACAUUUCAGUAAAAGUAAUAUACAUUUUUCAUUUAAAUAUCUGCUUAGUUAACAACAGCAUUCCAAACAAGAUCCAGGAGGUGUUCCUGUUAACACACCUUGAAAGAUGUUUUGCAGGUAGAUUUCACCACACCACGGGUCCCUGUGGCUAGGAGGAGCCUCAGUUGCUGAACUUUUAAUUGCAGAAGCCUGUUGAGCCUUCAUUAGUCCCUGUUCAAGGAAGUGAAUGUUUAAGUUGAUAUUUCCCUUUUCCUCAUUGUUCGUCCUUAACACAUUUUAUGGACCAGGAUUGUAUACUCUGUUGUGCAGUGCAGUCCUAUCGUCCAGCUUCUCUUGUGAUUUUCUUGCAGUCUCCCAAUGAGGUUUACAGCUGGAAGAGGGACUCUGUCCUGGGCCAGAGGCAGCCUUUGGCUUCUGAUCCGCUGUAUUAUGGAAAGCGCAGCAAAGGUGGAGCAGCAAAGCGACCAAAUUGUGUGACUCUUGCAGCUGCCAAUCAGGUGGUCAGGGUUCUGGCUCCUGGAGAUGUGCCUUUGAAAGAACUUUAUCCCAAAGGUAACACGAGUGGGAUUACUAAAUUACAUUUCACUUAGCUUGCUGCAGUUCUUAGAAGUAAAUAGUGUGAUUUACUUUUAGUAAAUAUACAUAAAAUUGGGCUGUGAGAUUCUUUGAGAAGCAGCAAGCUCUACAACAGAAUUCUGAAUUGGCAAAUAUAGAAUUUUGUAGUCUUUUGCGUAGUGUAGUCAGGACUCUGUGCUUCAUGAUUCUGUGUAAAUGCACAGAAUGUGAUGCUGGCCGCAUAACAAGAACCUCACUUUGUAAUUUAUUAAUUAAUUAAGUAAGUAUCUAUACCACUCUUUAUCACAGCCGGUUUACAACAUAAAAAUGAAAACACAAAAUACAUAACAUAACAGCAAGAACAAAAAAUGACUCCCUCCCACAAACGCAUUUAAAAGGCCAUAGAUUGUUUAAUUAGCCAAAGGCCUGGUUGGGGAAAAAAGGUCUUUUAUUUUAUUUUGAAAGCAAGUUUUUUGCCCUUAUGCUUGUGAAACUAUUCUGUAGUGGCGGCAGAAGCCUUCCAGAGAGAUUUCCAGUGUGCUUUGUGGUAAGACUUGCUAAUGCUUACUAAUCAGUUCUUUCCAGUUGUCUGCAGCAGAUGUCUAUAGGGGCUUGAGCGACUGAGUAGAGCUGCCAAUAUGGUCAGUAUAGAAGUUAUGUUUAACCCACCUGGGUCUAAAUGGUUCAAGUGCAAGUUAAGUCUUUUGCUUGUAUGUACAUGCAUUAACAGUUUUAAUGCUGCUAGAUAACUAUUAUACCAACUGAAAUAUCAUGUUUGCAGCUUCUAAAAUCUGCUAGUCUCUAAAAAUCUGGAAGAGGAAAUCCAUUGGGGCAUCCUUGUCUCAGUCUGUAUCUCUGGCAUUCAGCUUUUCCAAAGCGUUCUGUGUUGAAAUGCUCUUCAAGUGUACAUUUUAGUGUUUGUUACGAGAUGAUAGAUUAAGUUGGGGUCAGUCAUGCCCGAUCAGGUUUUGUUCAUGUUUGCUUAUAGUUCAACAUUCAUGGCAUAAGCAUUUGUCUUUGCUUUCAUUUCUUUUUCUGAAAUUAAGCUUUAUAAAGUGUUUUUGAGAGAUGUUGAAACACGAUUUAUUGAAAGAGUUUCCUGUUAACUAUAAAAUAUCCCUCCAAUACUUCUGUUUGCAGAUGUUACUCCUCCCCAAGCUGCUGGUUACCUGGAAAUUACGGAUCUGACAACAAAGAAACUUAAAUAUAUUCCUGUUCCCAGGUAUUUCAUGUUUAAAUCUGUCUCAGCCGCAAACAACAAACAGAAACCAUUGCAGUAAUAUUUUAAUCCAUAGGGCUUCCCUAACUUUGUUCAAAGCUCAGCACCGUUUUCAAUUCUCCAUAGUUUUAAAAUACCCUUUCGGUAAACCAGCUUCCCUUGGUUUUCAGACCAAUGAACCUGACUCCCUAUACAUCGUGGCUCUCGGCGAUUUCAGACACGGACGUCUUGCUGGCCGCACUCGGCGAAGCAGGUGUGGUCACUGUUGACAUGGGUGGCAAUGUCAGGCUCUGGGAAACCAGCUUGGAAAGUCUUCAGAGAUCACUCCAGGAAUGGAGAACCAUGAUUGGAGAAGAGAAUGGCAGGCCUGUGCAGGUAAGACAGAGAAGCACAUUCCACAUCGGGGGCUCCAGGGGUUAAAUUUUGUGCUUUUAGGCUGAAACACAGCCUUUUGAGUUACCUGGGCCUGGGGGUGCUCAGUCCUAAAAAUGCUCUCCUGGUAUGCCCCGCAAGGGGCCUUAAGGUCCACAAAUGACAACAUUUUGGAGGUCCCAAGUCGCAAGGUGGUUAGAAUGGUCUCAACUAGGGUCAGGGCCUUUUCAGUGCUGGCCCCGACUUGCUGGAACGCUCUGUUACAAGAGAUUAGGGACCUGCGGGACUGGACAUCUUUCCUCAGGGCCUGCAAGACAGAGCUGUUCUGCCUGGCCUUUGGUUUGGACUCGGUCUGACCCUUAUGUUCUCCUCCCCUUAUGGUUUUGAUCUAUGGGCUACUAUUAAAAUGAGGCUGCAUUUUAAAUUGCAUUUUAACCUGUAUUUUAAAUUGGGUCCCCCCCCAUUAUGCUUUUACUGUAAUUUUAUUGAGCCCUGCUCUAGCCGGGGUAUAAAUAAAAUUUAUUAUUGUUGUUGUUGUUGUUAUUAUUAUUAUUAUUAUUAUUAUUAUUAUUAAAGGACAAAACGGAAAAGCAGCCCCUGCAAACAGCAUUCAGUAUGAUGGCUCUGAAUUGGUUUGACAGUUAAAAUUGUGUUUUAUUUGCAUUUUGUGGGGGUUUUAUUAAUAGUUUAGGGUUCUUACUGUUUUAUGCUGUGUUUUAAUUUUUGGCCUUUUAUUUUGUGAGCCUCGCAGACAGCUUCUCUUAUGGGGCAGCUAUAACAAUCUAGGAAGGAAGCUUACAGUCAGUACUAGGAGCCCUGAUUUCUGCCCUGAACUUAGCAGAAGGCCAUUAUUAUCUUUGCCUGCUACCCUGCAGGCUCCAGUCCCAACCUCCGUUAUGGCUCCAGAUUCCCUCAAAGCCUGGAUUGAAGACAGCGUAUUUCAGGUUUGGAUGUGGGUAUAGUACCGGACUGGUCUGAAAGUACAAAAAGGCAAAAUGCUUCUCAUCUGAAGAAAAAGCUCCCCACAGAGGUCUGCAGGAGAUGGCAAGGUUAACAAGCAGAAGAAUGUAGUAAAGAAUCCAGACACGGAGCCACAGAUUGCUGCACACAGCCCAUAAUACCAACAAUAUCCAGGCAACCACUUUUAGCCUCCAUCUUCUGCAUUUUCUAAAAUGAUAAUUGUUUCUCAUCUUGAACAAUAUGUCUUAAACCUCAGCAGCACCUGGUAGGCUGGUUAUGGAACCAGGAUGCAGGAAGCAAAGUUCCUUUCACUGGGCGGUCUUUUCUGUCCCAUAUUCCCUUUUUGCAAGAUGCUCUCUGUUUACAGAACCUUGUGUGACUGCUGACGUGCUCCUGCUAUUGGAGUCAUCAAAUGCUUUUCGCAGGUCAUGAGAAAAAAAGGCUUCUGGCGGCCUGUUCCUGGUGUUAUUGCUCUGCCAGGGCUAUCUGCUCUCAUCAUCACUGGAGGAACCACAGCACCAUCCAUUGGUCAAAUAUAAAUAUACAGUACAGUUCACAGAGUGACAUUUCCCUUAGAGUCGUUCUCUGUAAAGGCUGUGGUGAAUGGCUGCUUACAGGUAUCUAUAAUCCCUUGAUGGACAUGGAUGGAGCACAUGGUGAUAAAUGUAUCCAAUGUGUUCAGCAUCAGAUUUCUAAUGAAGAUUGGAAAUGAAUAUAGAAAUUAUCCUCAAGCAUUUAUUCAGUACUGAUCUAAAAGAUAACUUUAAAAUAUAUAUAAUAAACUAUUUUGGAAGAAACAGAGAAGGCAUUCCUGUUAGACCAUCAAAGGAAGUGGUGCGGUUCAAGGUCAUGCAAUUGAGUUGCCCAGGAGAGAGGAGCACGUUGAUCUUUAGGGCAAGGUCCCUGGACUUGACGGGAAGUUUCAUGUUUUUAGCACCUUUGAUGGUGGAAGAAGUUAAGAUCCAGACUCAGAAGCAAGUUCAGACACUUCCGCAUUUUGUGCCCUAACUUCUCGGGAGCAAGGGAACAUAAAGAGCAUUUUGACAAAAUUCAAAUUAACUCCUUUCGUUCUCUCCGCCCCCUUGUUGAUUUUUCUAAGGAGCCCUGAUCAUUUGAACAGGCAUCCUUCUGUGAUGCUUUAUAUGUUUUGACUUGCUCACACUCUUUCGGUGCCCCAGAUAUAGCCCUGAUCUUCUUUCCUUCCCAGGAAACCUUUUAUUUGAUGCAUUACAUCAGCCGUCCUUUGGGCAAAGGAAUACUAAUAUGGUCAAGUUGGUUCUAUGCCUAGAUCUUAUAAAGAGCGCAUGGCGGAGUAUCCUAUAACCGUCAUUUUUCUGCAAACUUUGUUUUUGCUUCAACAGAUAACUAUCGAGAGAGAAAGCGGUUUGGAUGUCAGCGCUCCUAAGCAUGGGAAGAUAGAUCCAGAUAACACUCCUCAUGUUGGUGGAAACAUGUGGGCUGGUGGAACAGGUACAAAACCAUUGUUUGCGCCUGAUAUUCAGGAGCCAUCCCUGAAACGUGCUGAAGUGGUUAGGGUGUCCCAGGCUCUGUUGCCUAUGUAGUUCUAAACAAUUCGCUUGAAAUGACAGUGUGCUGAUCUGCUCAUUCUCUAGGGCAGAGCUUUCCAAACUGUGUCGCGACACGUUAGUGUGUCUGCUGCACUGUGUAGGUGCAUCGCACAAACGCUCCUCCCUGGGCUGGAAAGGAACCUCCGGUUUCCUAGUAAAACUAUAUGACUGUAUGACCUCCGGUUUCCUAGUAAAACUGUAUGACUGUGUCGCGAAAUGUGUCACGAAAUGAUGCACAAUGUCUAAAAAGUGUGUCACCAACAUGAGACGUUUGAAAAGCCGUUGGAUUCUCCUCCAUCCAAAAUCAAGAGCGCCGUUUCUGCUUCUUUUCUAGGUGGAAGAGACACGGCUGGGCUGGGCGGCAAAGGCGGUCCGUACCGACUGGAUGCUGGCCACAAGGUCUACCAGGUGUCUCAAGCGGAGAAAGAUGCUGUGCCUGAAGAGGUGAAGAAAGCCGCCAGGGAGAUGGGAGAAAAGGCUUUUAAACAGAGGUUAAUAUUCACUUUGUAAUGGAUUUCUCUUCAUGCAGUGGACACUUUGAAAGAAGCAUUGGGUUUAUGAAGUGAAAUCCCUUGUGCCUACUAGACACAUGAUCCAUCAAGGGCCCCAGCAGAUAAUGCAUGUGUGUGCAUUUAACAUGCCUGAUCUUUGUCAUUUAAGCAGCAACAAGAGGAGCACCGAUCAGGACUCUACCAUGUAGGGACCAGGGGUAGUUCACUCUCCCCCCCUUCCCCAGGCUGCAGUCCUAAUAAAAAGGAUCCUAGUACAUGGGAGGGAUUCAUUCAGCUCUUGUAAAAACAUGAGUAUGCAUAAGAAGGCACAUGCAGCUGCUCAGUAAAUUAUUUGCGCCUUUGCCUUCCUUCUCCAAUUGAUUUGUUUCUUAAUUCCCCCAGGAAGUUGUUUGCAGUUAUGUAUAAUUUACACCAAUUGUCUUGACUGCUCCGUUACUUGAAAGAUAUUGUGCUAUUUAGUUUGAAACCUGCUCGUCACUCACGUGAUCGCAUUGGGAGCAUGCGGGCGCAUUGUUCUUGAAGUGCUCAGGUCCGUUGUCGCUUUGUACAUGCCAAGGAACUCUGUGAUUCCUUUAGCUUCACUUAACAGGUGGCGGUGCAAGGAGUACGCCUUUGGCACAGACUGGCUGCCCUCCUUUGCAAAGGCGUUGAUAGUCCUCAUGGGACUGAGAGGUGGAAGAAGGAGGGAUCUGUGCUAACACCUCAUUUUGCUCCUGAUGCUUUUCCAUCUGCCAACCCAAGCAGGAGCCUCAGGUUCCACUGUCCCUGGUCAGAGCAAAAGCCUCCUUUGGGCAGGCAGCGCCCCAUUGCAAACUUACUUAAGAGCUAAUUGCAUCGCCUGAAGCUAAGCUCUUUCCCCUCCAUUUCCCACAUGGGGCACAUUUGUGGCUCAAUUCCAAAUACGACGUGGUUGCGGGACCCUUUGUCCCAAGUUGCUCCUGUCUUUAACCCCAUUCCCUUGCCUGUUUUCGGUGGUUAGCCAGAAGCCUUAAGCUGACACAAACUUUGUGGUCUCCCUUGGGGAAAUGGCUGUUGCUUUUUGGAACUUGUGGAAGUUCCUACUCUUGCACCAUGAUAUUUGUGUUGGUGAAAUGCUAGACAAGACACAACCUGCACAUGUUGAGAGGUAGACUGUGACAUGUAUCUACAUGCUUAGCCGCUUGGAGACCUCUCUGUUAGAGUUGUCACCCCACACCCGUGGGGAAUCCUGCUUCUUCCUUUCUUUUUCUCCCUUUCCAAGGGAAAACCCUCCUCUUUAGCCUUAAAUGAGGGCAAAUGUCAUUCCUGAGGAAACCCAAUUGACGUUUGCUCUGCUAGAGAGUUAAAGAUUGGGUUUCCUUGGGAGAAAGUGGCAGGGUGAGCAGAAAUCUGGAUGAGCCGUGAGCCAGAGUCAUAGAACUGUAUAGAGUUGAAAGGGACCCUGCUAGGGUUGCCAUAUGUCCUCUUUUUCCAGGACACGUCCUCUUUUUCAUUGGUAGAUUCAUCAUAGUGAUUCAUAGUUAAAAGUAGAAGUCAGCAAAUUUGCCCUCUAUUUUGCUUUUCAGAAUAUGGCAGCUUAAUUCUAGUCCAACUCCCUGCAAGGCAGGAAUCACAAAAGCUCUGUUUAAAAACGUCCAGUAUAUGUGAAGGAAAUCAAAGUGGCUACCUGAAUGCUUCAGUUUUCUUGAUUUCACUUCUAUAUCUUCUUGAAACAGUAUAAGACAAGCCAGAUUUCAGGAUGUGAGAGUUCAGUAUAAAAAUAGUCUAGCUGAGAUUCAAAUUCUGUUGAUAUUUGGACCAUCCCAGUUAAUGGCGGAAUGUCUGUUUUCGAACUUAAGCUAUGAAGGCCUGUUUUAUUCUGUACUUGUAUGUCCUGUUUUAAGAAAGUUGACCAACUCUUUUAUAGCUGUGCAAAAUGCCUCUUACUCAUUUCAUUCUUUAUUCAUCUCAUUUCUUCAGACUAAAAGAAAUCCAGAUGAGUGAAUAUGAUGCAUCUACAUAUGAGAGGUUCUCUGGAGCUGUUCGACGGCAAGUUCAUUUACUCCGAAUCAUCCUGGAUAAUUUACAGGUAAUAAUUGACUUUUAAAAACUGAUAAACUCCCUUUUCUGCACUUUACCUGACAGGAAAUUAUUUAUUUUCAACUUACUGGCAAGGAAAAAAUAUAUAAAAAGAUGGGAGGGGUCUCUCUGGUAUGAGGGUUUAAUGGAUGACUUGUGGGAGCUGUUUUACGGAUCCCACUCAAAAUUCUCUAGCGGUAGAAAACUAAUCAGCUAGCAAAGAGUUGUGAUAUUUGAAUUCAUUACUUGCUGACCCAACCAACUGGACAUAAGUUGCAUAUCUGAGUAGACUGUCACAAUAGGGAUUUUCUGCCAUGGCUGCUGUAUCUCUUCACAUUUCAGCAGAGGUAACUCACACGUCCAGCUGCUGCCCAUCAAGUCUAUAGCUGUGAACAGUAGAUCCAUGUGAAAUAAGAGGUGCUUCCUGCUUUGAAUUUAAAUCUUCAUUUUGGAGUCCCAAAGCAUCUCAGCCUUUUUUCUGAAGCUGCACCAAUGCACCAUCAAUUACCUGUUUUCCUAUUUUUUAUUUCCAAGUUUUGCUUAGGCCUCUGUGCAGUUUGCCACAGUUUUCAGUUCACAUCCCUUCCUGGCAGGAUACAUACAGCACAAAAAAGGAUCACGAUGUGAUCACACAACAUACAUAUUUGCGCACAAAUUAAAUCGCAGCUCACAAAGGAGUUGUAAACCAAAAGGAAGAGCAGAAUGCAGGGAACCCAUGGAAUGGAAAGGAAUGGAAAACCUUCUCUUCCCUCAUGUGUGCAUGUAUGAACCAGGGCUAAGCUUAUUUGUGGCCAGGGGUUAGAAUAUUGGAAUGACAGCUGUAAAUAUAUAGAAGAAGAAGAAGAAGAAGAAGAAGAAGAAGAGGAAGAAGAGGAAGAAGAAGAAGAAGAAGAAGAGUAGUAGUAGUAGUAGUAGUAGUAGUAGUUUGGACUUGAUAUCCCGCCUUUCACUCCCCUUAAGGAGUCUCAAAGCGGCUAACAUUCUCCUUUCCCUUCCUCCCCCACAAUAAACACUCUGUGAGGUGAGUGGGGCUGAGAGACUUCAGAGAAAUGUGACUGGCCCAAGGUCACCCAGCAGCUGCAUGUGGAGGAGCGGGGAAGCGAACCCGGCUCACCAGAUUACGAGUCCACUGCUCUUGACCACUACACCACGCUGACACGGAGAUGGACUCUGAGCUCCUCCAACACCCUUGACAGGUCCAUUUUGAUAGGUGGGUAGGGCUCCCCAUCCGUCACUCACUUGAUUUUGCCAUGAGGUCAGGUGAGUUGCGUUUUUUCCUGCUCCACACCUGACCUUACAGCUAAUGUCAGAUGUCGAGAAGGUGGAUGGAGCUUGUGGGAAAUGGCCUUGUGACCUCGUUUGGGCCAUUGUUCAUCCAUCUCCCACUGCUGCUUUAGGAGGUGCUGCAUCUAGUUUUGAAAGAGAGGGUGAUUCGUGUCAUAGUUCACUGAUCCUUGAAACUCAUGCCAUUGUGCUCAGAUAAUGCUUUCAGCUGGGUGAGCCUUUACAUCUGCUCCAGGAGUGUUUCAGCUAUUUGUCCAUGGCGUGAUCUUUCUUGACAUCUGUGUUUUGCUGCCUGAAAGCCAGGGAGAGAAGGAGAAAUGCAGAGAGAGAAUCAAGAUGAGCUUCCAUUUGCAAAGUGUGCAGUGAAAUAUUUUUUCUCAAAAUCUGAGGAGCUCAUACUUUGUAGAGAUUAAAAGAGCCUGUUUGUGUCCUCAAAUUGUUAAGACAGUGUGCUUUUCCCCCAGCUUCUCUUUUUGUGUAAAAAAACCCAAAUAGUUAUUCCAGGUCAUAAGUGAAGAAACCUUCAAAAUUCUGUUUGUAGUGGUAGUACAGUGGUACCUCGGGUUAAGUACUUAAUUCGUUCUGGAGGUCUGUUCUUAACCUGAAACUGUUCUUAACCUGAAGCACCACUUUAGCUAAUGGGGCCUCCUGCUGCCGCCACGCCGCCAGAGCACGAUUUCUGUUCUUAUCCUGAAGCAAAUUUCUUAACCUGAAGCACUAUUUCUGGGUUAGCGGUGUCUGUAACCUGAAGCGUAUGUAACCUGAAGCAUAUGUAACCUGAGGUACCACUGUAGUAAGUAAUAAUAAUAUGAUCAAAAUCUUCUUUUUGAAGACACUUUACUGUUGUUACAUGUUAUAUAUUGCAUUUUAGGCUUUGGGCUCCAGAAUUCAGGACUGCUGAGGAAGAAGGGGGAGGGAGGAAGCAGCCGCUAGCCCUGUGCCCCCUCCCUCAGGGCCAGGGUCUCAGGAGUUGGUCCCUGGGGCCUAGAGACACAGAGCAGCACUUGCCACAACGUCAGGGAAGGAAGCGCAUCCGUUUUCCUUUAGACUAACAAAAGGUUGUUUUAAGUUCAUGGGGAAAGCGCCGUAUGCUCUGUUUCCUGAGGCUGCAUUGUCUUCCUGGGAAAUGUGUAGCAAAACUAUCUGACCAAGAAACCAGACAUUCUUUGUCGCCUGUAAAAAAAAAAAAGGAGGAGGAAAAGACUCAUAUAACUGUGAAACUUAACAACCUGCUCAUUUGGUGUAUGAUCCCGUUAUUUGGGACUAGUUCUCACUGAGGCGAUAAACCUGUGCCCGUGUGGUGCUGCUUUAAGCUGGAGGUUCGUGUGGCUGAAUGGACAAUGGAUGCCACUGGACUUAUCUUCUUAACAUGCACACAAUAGUGCCUCCUGCUCAGAGUCACAAAGCAUCCUUAGACCAGUGAAACAGGGCAAGUCACGACAUUGUACAGUGGUACCUUGGGUUAAGAACUUAAUUCGUUCCGGAGGUCCGUUCUUAACCUGAAACCGUUCUUAACCUGAGGUACCACUUUAGCUAACGGGGCCUGCUGCUGCGCCACUGCCACACAAUUUCUGUUCUUAUCCUGAUGCAAAGUUCUUAACCUGAGGUACUAUUUCUGGGUUAGCGGAGUCUGUAACCUGAAGCGUCUGUAAAUUGAAGCGUCUGUAACCCAAGGUACUACUGUACUACAUGUGGCUUAAGUGAUGGCCGGCUAUUAACACGUCUCUCAAAGUCCAGUUACUUAUGUCAGUAACUGAAAGCUAACUGUAUUUUGAGGAUUGUAUUUGCUAACUAUAUUUGCUGUGUCAUCUGCCCAUCAUCACUUAAGCCAUACAACUUGAACUAUUAACAGUUUGUUUGAUAGGAAGGAUCGAUUAUCAAUGGAAAAGGGCUGUCGCUCAUUGGCAAAAGGUCCCAGCUGGAAUCCCUGGCAUCUCUAGGUAGGAAAUGUCCGGGUCCAGUAUAAGGCAGAGCCCUGUGUUCUUAAAUACUUGCCUAUUCGUGUUUUGGUUUGAAUAUUUCUGCCAAACCUCAUUGUAGAAUUUGCAGCAGAAGUCCCAUUAGUACUUCCAAAGACUUUUCAGAAAGAAAAUAAUCUUAAAGACAAGUGUUUCCUUUUUUUUCACAGGCGAAAGGAAAGGAAAGACAGUGGCUCAGGAACCAGGCCGUUGGAGAACUAGAUGAUGCCAAGAUAAUUGACAGUCUGACAGGAGAAAAAACCAUCUAUAAGCGACGGGGAGAUCUUGACCCACAAGUAAGUUAACUGAGACACAGUUAAAGUGCAUGCACACCAACUGUUCUCCUGGCAUACAUGCUUUUCUCAGUCCGUUUAACAUUUUGCUGGGUAAUUUGGUGUAAUUUACAAAAAUCUGCCUGCCCGUCCCAUUAUUCACACAUUUUAUUCAUGUGUAAGGCAGAGCUUGCACAGAGCCUGCACGGCAACUUAAAUGUAGCCCAGCCAACAUGCCCCCCUGGAGUCUGGCACAGUGACUUUCCACAGAAUUAUUGCCUGUUCUGGGAGGCCACUGUGGCUGUCCUGCCGCUCCAUGCAGGUUCCAGAAUCACAUUAUGUGCAUUAUGUUUGGGAUGCAGUCAGUUCUCCUGCGGAGUCCAUUGACAUCGUUUGUUUGUGCUCGUUUCAUUUUGUGCUGCAGCUCUGUGUGACGUAACUCUGUCUCCAAACAUGCCUUUGAGAGCAACUUUUCUCAGUCUUGCUUUUAUGAUAUUGAGUCAGCUGUUUUUACCUUUUCUGGAUCCAGGGGGCAACCAGACAUGACAGCCGGAGGUCUGGGAUUAGAGCAGCUUCCCUUUGUUAUUUACUAAGUAGCUGCUGGAGGUGGUGAGGAGGAAUCUGAUAAGGAUUGCGGUGCUGCUGGAAGAAGUUGAUCCUUUCUCCCCUCCCUCCAUUUUCCUCAUAAAACUGCCCUCUUCAAAGCUGCUACAGUGGUGCCCCGCAAGACGAAUGCCUCGCAAGAUGAAAAACGCGCUAGACGAAAGGGUUUUGCGUUUUUUGAGUCGUUCCACAAGACGAAUUUCCCUAUGGGCUUGCUUCACAAGACGAAACGUCUUGCGAGUUCUUGCGAGUUUGUUUCCUUUUUCUUAAAGCCGCUAAGCCGGUAAUAGCCGCUAAGCCGCUAAUAGCCGUGCUUCGCAAGACGAAAAAACCGCAAGACGAAGAGACUCGCGGAACGGAUUAAUUCCGUCUUGCGAGGCACCACUGUAUUUUCUCUGCAGGUAGCACACUUUUAAAGAAUAGCAGGAGACCCAGUUACAGAUUUCCCACGGUCUUCUGCCAUUUGUUUUUUCCUUCUUCAAAAUUUUGUAUUGAUUUUCACAGUAUUAUAAACAAACAAACACAUAAGACAAACAAACAUAAAUCAUAACCUUAUUGAAAAUUACACUUAUUAACUUUGUUAAGUGACUGCCCCGCUUCCCCUUGGUUGAAUUUCAUUGCUUAUCCUUUUAACGGUUUUCCAAGUCACAAUUCUUAUAAAAUUUAACUUAAACAUUAACAUCCUUAAAUCUUAUGAAAUUAAACAUAUUAAUUCGUCACUUAUCAUAAAUAAAAUCCCAAGCCAAUUAAGUAUCUGCAAGCUGCUUUCAGUUAGUUUAACUUAACAUAUGUAACUAAAUAAUCAUUAAAUUUAAUCCACUCUUCCUGAUACUCCUCCUCCUUCUGGUUGCGGACUCUUCCAGUUAGGUCAGCUAGCUCUUCUGCCAUUUGGCCCUCAGAAUAUGGAGAUAAUUGCUAUAUGAACCUCGUAAUGGGCAACUUGAAUCAGCAGCCACAUUCUGGGCUCUCUUUGAUGGCUGUGUGCCCUUCUGGGGAAUUUCCUUGCCAUGGCUGACCAUGAAGGCCUCCGCUUGGAUGUGUAAUAUAUGCAGGCCUCUGGUCCCAGGCCUGCAACUGUUGGAACUCCAGAGAGCUUAGUGUUCGCAAUUCCAACCUCUUCUUAUAAUGUCUGCUCUGGGUCUUCUGGAUUGAAGUAAAUCAUAAAUAAUGGGGACAAAGAACCGAAUUAUGAGAAGCAUCUCUAUUUCAGUGGAGAAGAAGAGAAUUCAAAACAAAAUGCUUGAAUGGUGAUUCAGUGAAAGAAUGACAUUGGAAGCUAGUAGAACAAAACAAAUAUUUUAAGCGUUUUUAUCUGUUUGCCAAACUCUCCAUAAGCAGCUUGGUAUUUGUAUUCCGGCUUGCCUUGUUUCAUGUGUCAUGAAAUACCUUUUCAGAUCCAGCAGCAAUGCCAGAAAGUGUUAAAACAGGCGCUUCACUUUUAAAAUGAUCUACUUUAUAGUCUGAGUGCAGUGUCGCCCAGAAUCCCAUUUUAAAGGCUGUAAUGUCCGCAGACAAGCUUUGCAACACAAAGCCGAGUUAUCCCCACAGUGCAUGUUUUUUAAAAAAUCCCUAUUUGCUUUUAGAAUGAAUUCUGAAUCUGAGAUUUUAGUGUUUGUUCAUUUUUAAAAAAGACUUUUACCUGCAGAACCUUAUGUGAGAUGUUUCUUGGAUUUUGUUUCCAGUAUAGGCAACUUAAAUCCAGAAAUCUAUUCAGUAGAUUUUUCUCAAUACAGUGGUACCUUGGUUCUCAAACUCAUUCUGUUCCGGAUGUCCAUUCCAAAACCAAAGCAUUCCGAAACCAAGACACGCUUUCCCUUAGAAAGUAAUGCGAAAUGGAUUAAUCCGUUCCAGACUUUUAAAAACAACCCCUAAAACAGCAAUUUAACAUGAAUUUUACUAUCUAACAAGACCACUGAUCCAUAAAAUGAAAGCAAUAAACAAUGUGCUACAGUCACACAAUCAAUCAGUCAGUAGCUGAACUGGGUUCCACACAGUCACAAAAACAAAACAAAAAAGCCGCAAAAACAAAAAGGAAAAAUAAAUAGUAAAAACAGACAGACCUCAACACUCAAAACGGAAGUGUGACACUCAAAACGGAAGUGUGGCACUCAAAAUGGAAGCGUAACACUCAAAACAGAGCACGUUCAGCUUCCGAAAAAUGUUAGCAAACUUCUGGGUUUGCUGUCUUUGGGUUCCAAGUUGUCUGAGUACCAAGGCGUUUGAGAACCAAGGUAGCACUGUAUCUCAAAAGAAGUGUUUUCCGUAAUAUUUUAACAGGAUCACAAUACCUUUAUGAGGUAAAAAAGGUAAAGGUAAAGGACCCCUGACAGUUAAGCCCAGUCGCGAAUAACUCUGGAGUUGUGGCGCUCACCUUGCUUUACUGGCCGAGGGAGCAGACGUUUGUCCGCAGGCAGCUUUUCCGGGUCAUGUGGCCAGCAUGACUAAGCCGCUUCUUGUGAAACCAGAGCAGCGCAUGGAAAUGCCGUUUACCUUCCCGCCGGAGCAGUACCUAUUUAUCUACUUGCACUUUGAACUGCUAGGUUGGCAGGAGCUGGGGCCGAACAACGGGAGCUCACCCCGUUGCGGGGAUUCAAACCACCGGCCUUCCGAUCGGCAAGCCCUAGGCUCAGUGGUUUACACCACAGCGCCACCCGCGACCUUUAUGAGGACCAUGUGCAAUUCACAAAACAGUGAGCUAACCCUUGCUUUUCAGAGAAUUGUUCCUUCGGGUCUGUCUUAAAUGCACAAAUAAGGAAGCAGAGGUAGCAGAGAAGGAGCUCACCUGCUCUUAGAACAGUGAUUCAGAAAGGUACCUGAAAAAGUAAUUAGAAGGAUUUGUGCCCAGUUCAUCUAGGUACUUUUGUACCAAUUUUGCCUUAGAACAUUUCUUUAAAUCUGCCCUUUAAGCUAGCACGUAACUGUUUGUCCCUUUUGACUGAAGUUCACCCACCCCCUCCACCAACGUGACUUGCUGUUGCUUUCUUUAAGCUGGGAAGCCCUCAACAAAAGCCCAAACGCCUCCGCCUGGUCGUGGAUGUCUCUGGCAGCAUGUACCGCUUCAACGGGGUGGACGGGCGGCUGGAGCGCUCCAUGGAAGCUGUUUGCAUGGUUAUGGAAGCCUUUGAGAAUUACGAGCAGAAAUUUAAGGUGAUUUGCACAUGAACCUAUUAACUUUUCGGCAUUAGCUUUUCCAGUAGACCAUUUCCAGUAGAAAUAUGUAGACUGCACUUCUGCUCGCAAAAGGAACAGACAUUUCUUUCUCUUACGAAACCAAAAAGCAGUCUUACCACCAUUGUUUGGGAGCAUUGCAGAGUACAAAAAUCAAUUGCGUUUUGCCUCUAGCUUUAGAGUCUAAAAUGCUCUUGUUAAAUGUUGGUGGUAGUAGUGAGGCUUCAGCAUAUUGCAUCAGUAUAGCUUUAACUUUAGCUUUAUUUACCAUAUUUUUCGCUCUAUGGGACGCACUUUUCCCCCUCCAAAAAUGAAGGGGAAAUGUGUGUGCAUCCUAUGGAGCGAAUGCAGGCUCCUUGGCUUCAGCGAUAGCAACGCGAAGCCUCCAAAGCGCAGAGGGAGCGCUCCCCCCGUGCUCCGGAGGCUUCACGUUGCUUUCGCUGAAGCCUGAAGCCCCCGGAGCACAGUGGGAAUGCCCGCUGCGCUCCGGGGGCUUCAGGCAGCUAUCCGCAAGCCUUUGGAGCGCAGCAGGAGUUCCCACCGCGCUCCAAAGGCUUGCAGAUGGCCGUAGGAAGCCUGGAGAGCGAGAGCGGUCGGUGCACACCGAUCCCUCUUGCUCUCCAGGCUUUGCUUCGCUGGAGAGGCGCUGCAUAGUUUUCCCUCUCUGUGCAGCUCCCCUUCAGCAGAGCGGGAGGAGAAAUGGAAGGGGCCCCGUUUCUCCUGCCGCUUCGCUGAAGGGGCGCUGAACAGAGAGGGGGAGAUUUUUUUUUCCUGUUCUCCCCCUCCUAUGGUCCGGUGCGUCCUAUAGAGCGAAAAAUACGGUAUCUCAUGUGCCUUCCUUUCCCCCGGACCUUUUCAUACAUCAACAGAGCAUGAGACGCUCAGGGUCGUGGGUUCAAGUCUCACACUGGGCAAAAAGAUUCCUGCAUUGCAGGGGGUUGGACUAGAUGACCCUGAGGGUCCCUUCCAACUCUCUGGUUCUCUGAUUCUAGUCCACAAAAGCUAAUGGUGCAAAAGAUUUGUGAGUCUUUAUGGUGCAAUUGGACUCCCUUCUGUCUUUGUAAGAGAGGUUUCAACAUCCCUCUCUUACCCAGAAACAUUUUGAAUGUCUGUUGGCCAGAGCAUGCUUUUACUACAUGUCUAGUACAAUGUUUAUGCAUUUUUUGCCCGUUUGGUUUUAACGUUAAUGUUAUCAGAAUUUUUAAAUGAAUGUUUUAUAUUUUUUAUGUAAGCUGCUUAGUUUUUGUUGAUUAAGUGGCAUAUAAGUCUUGUAAAAUAAAAUUAAUAUUCAUAGAAAUAUAGGCAAUCAGACAUUGGACAGCUUAAAAGAUAACCCUUCCCCUGGUAUUCCGGUAUGAAUUUGUCUGAUCUGUCCAUGCAAGCUGAUGCUGAAAAGCACAUGCUGUUGUGGUUUGCUUAAAAGGGCUGAACAAUCAAUAUUAAGAAUUUGAAUGUGUAACUAAAGGCAUAAAAUAUGCCUCUUCCAGCCUUAAUUUGUACUUUGGCCUGUGAGCACAAGGGUAUUUUUAAAAAAAAAAAAUAACACAGAAAUUGGUGGGUGGCAAAUGGUGGUUCAAGGCUCCAAACUGUGAUCGGUGCCUUAUGAUAAAACAUACAUUUUAUUAUGGGGAUGAUGCUUAAAAAUGAUGUUUAAAUCUUUUCCAUGCAGUAUGACAUCACUGGGCAUUCGGGAGAUGGUUUUAACAUUGCCGUGGUCCAGAAUGACAAUGUUCCGAAGAACAAUAAACAAAGACUGGAAAUUUUGAAGGUAAACCUAUCUGACUGAAAUUCUUAGACAUUUGUGUAGUGCCUGGUAUCCCAGAAAGAGAACCAAGCGAGACAGGGAGUGUGAAAGUAUAAACAUGCUGUAAAAAACCCCACCUUUGGCACUUAGGAAUCUGAAUAUAAGAACGUAAGGAGAAGCUGCUGGAUCCGGCCACUUGCCCUUCUAGUCGGGGAUCCUGUUCUCACAGUGGCUGCCAAUAUAUUAUUUGUUUUUGUGGAGUGACUUUCUAGAAUGGCAUACGCAUUAACAUACGGAUUUCCUUCCCUGUCCAGAUGGUGUUCUCACCAGUUGCUACUGUUGUGAGUAGUUAUAGUUCUCUUCUAUGCAUUUGAGCGUUGCAGAGGGUUCACAGACCACCUGGACCUCUCGCAUUUAAUGGGCUUUCUCCAAAAAUGGUGUGCGCAUGGAGAUAGAUACAAAUAAUGAAUCUCGUCAACUGAAGAUAACACUUCACAAAUCCUUUUGUAUCUAAGGAACCACAAAACAUUUUAUUUUUCUGUAAAUUCUCAUCUCUUGUUGUUAAGGCGUCAUAUCCCAUAUUUUACUAUUGAAAUAAACGCUAGGCACUGGUUGUUCUGCAUGCACUUUGAGCCUUCCAGCAAAGGCCGGUUAUGGAUGGCGUUCAUUUUUUCCUGCUCUGCUCUGGAGCGAUGCUGUCAGAAAUGAAGGGCUGUUCUCUUUAAUUCCAAUUUGGUCAACAUGGUACAUUUACCCAGCCACCCCCUUCUCAGUCCACUGGGGAUUUGCCUAAGAAAGCCAGUGUGACAUUAACAUAUGAGAGUGCUGGAGGUGAAAUAGUUAAACAAGAUACCCAAUCAGAACCCAGGGGGGUGGAGUCAGAGGGACUAUAAAACCAGCUCUGGGAGGGGCAAAGGGAGAAGUUUGUUGGGAGCUGGGUGGUUGGUUGGAGUGGGAGUGAAUUGGGGUAGAGUUUGUGGGUAGGUUGAGUUAGUAUAGCGAAAUAAGCUGAGUCAGGAACAGUUAGGAACUAGGAAGACAAGUAAAUAUCUGAGAGGCAGUUUAGUGAGUGAGAGCAGGAAGCGGAAGUUAUAGGACUGGAUAGGCACCCCAUGAUUGUAAUUGACUGAUACCAUUUAGGGAACCAUUUAUUUUCCAUAUUUCUGUCCCAGGGGCGUCCCAUCUCAUUUUGCUGCCUGAGGUGAAAUGGGAAGGUUUCCCUUUUUUUUUCAAUCAAAAAGUUGCUUUAUUGUCUGAACUAAAAUUUGGACACGAAUUCACAUGCAAUAGGCUUUUCCAUUUAGCGGGUGCUGAAAGGUUUGCUUCCUUGUUUUUCAUUUCCAUGCCUCUUUUCGUUGAUGUUUUCACCCCCUCCGCAGAUAAUGCAUGCCCACGCGCAGUUCUGUAUGAGUGGCGACCACACUCUGGAAGGCACAGAGCACGCCAUUCGGGAGAUUGCGAAAGAAGAGGCGGACGAGUACUUCGUCAUAGUCUUAAGCGAUGCCAACCUUGAGCGGUACGGCAUCCCCGCAGCCCGGUUUGCUCAAGCCUUGACCAUCAACCCCAAAGUGAACGCAUUUGCCAUAUUCAUAGGCUCCUUAGGAGAUCAGGCAGACAGGUAGGUCAAUGAGUUCAUGGCAUGCAUACAUAUGGCAUAAGUUUUCUUUAAAAAUGUGUUCUGCACAGUUCUCCACAAAUCUGCUCAGGUCUGGCAUUCUGGCCAGGCUGGUUGCCUGGCAUCUCACAGAGUUUCUUGUGCUGUGAGCGGCAGAGAACUCAUCCCAAGCUGAGCUUUGCAGAAAGCAAAAACUUCUGCCCAUGCCAGAGUUCGGUGUGACAAAUGAGAGACUCAGCCUUUCUUCUGCUGUGUGUUUAACUCAGUAUUGGUUUAAGUAAAAUGCUACCUUACCAAAGGGCUGCUUGUAUUCUGUGCCUCCAAAGACUACCUCUCGCAAUUAAGAAAUGUAAUAAUAAUAAUAAUAAUAAUAAUAACAAUAAUAAUAAAUCUACUUUAAAUCAGUCAUUGGUUUUGUGCUCUGGGGAACACAAAACACGUUUCCUCAUGGAUUUGCUGUAUAUCCCACAUCUUAGGCGACACCCUAUCGCAGUCCCAUUGGACAAGCCCCAUAAUAUCCGGAGUAUUAAUGCUGUACUUUCCUUUGUGCUGACUGCCACGCAUGUGCAUAGCACAUAGCAAACACAAAAAGAAAGGAGUCUUGCUGCAGAAAGACUUGCAGAGGCAAAGCUUUUUCCGCUUGCUCCCACCAAAGUUUCCAAGUCUUUCAGGUUGCAGUUACAGUACAAGAGAUUCAGAAGGAAAUUUUUACUUUCUUCUUAAGAGCAUUUAAACGUUAUUUGAUGUAUUUAGUGUAAAGGUAAAGGUAAAGGGACCCCUGACCAUGAGGUCCAAUCGCGGACGACUCUGGGGUUGUGGCGCUCAUCUGGCUUUACUGGCCGAGGGAGCUGGCGUUUGUCCGCAGACAGCUUUCCGCGUCAUGUGGCCAGCAUGACUAAGCCGCUUCUUGCAAACCAGAGCAGCGCACGGCAAUGGUGUUUACCUUCCCGCCGGAGUGGUACCUAUUUAUCUACUUGCACUUUGAACUGCUUUUGAACUGCUAGGUUGGCAGGAGCAGGGACCGAGCAACGGGAGCUCAUCCUGUUCGAACCGCCGACCAUCUGAUCAGCAAACCCUAAGCUCUGUUGUUUAGACCACAGCGCCACAUGCGUCCACGUAUUUAUUGUAGUGGGACACAAUUUGCAAUCAUGUAUUUUUCUCUUUCCUGAUCUGCAGGUUGCAAAGGACGCUGCCAGCCGGCCGUUCCUUUAUUGCCAUGGACACCAAAGACAUCCCACAGAUUCUACAGCAGAUCUUCACCUCCACCAUGCUGUCAAACGCCUAGGAAGGGGCCUGCUUUUAAUCUGUAACUGGUCAGUUGUAUAUGGGAAGCACCUCGGUGGAGUUUAAGAGGGUGAUCUAAUUCUAGUAACAUUGGGUGGAAUCUAGCGUUGUACCGGUGGACUUUGUGCUUCCGUAAAGGGACUUCGCCUCCCUCCCCAAGCCCACACGCCUCAAUGUUUUCUGUGGAGGGAGGAGCCCUCAGCAUGAUUAGAGGAGAGAGGAUAGGAAGAAGUUGCCUUCUACCCGUGUAAGUGCUGCUCAUGGAUGGCACAGAAUACAACCCGUAGGCCUCCAAUUGGAAUAAGUACUAUACUUUACAUUGGAGUAUAUAUUGUACUUAAAUGGGCAUAUCUACCUAUUACUGCUACAUUUGAGUAAAAACCUUAGUGGUGUUUUUUAAAAAGAAACCCCACCCACAUUAAAAGCUUUCAGCGAUUUAAACUUUCCAUCUACAGUUUCCUUAGACACUGAUUUGCACUGAAUAUCUUGUCUACCGCAGGCAUGACCAAAGUCCAUUUUGGGGGCCUAAUCCAGCCAGCCGGUCGGUUUAAUCCGGCCCCUGUGGCAGUUUAUUUCCUGGGUAAAAUCCUAAAAAAAACCUCAGCAACUUCAACCCUAAAUAAAGCUCAACAACUUUGGUUGGCCCUCACAGCCCUUCACUUCAUCAAAUCUGGCCCUCUUUGAAAAAAGUUUGGACACCACUGGUCUACUGCAAAAAGCAGGAUGUUUUGCCAUUUCCCAUUGAUCCUUUUUUGGAGCUGGUAAAACUCAUAACAAUUUUCUUUCUGUUAAUAAGAAUGAAUGUGGUAAUGUGCACAUCAGACAAAUCUAAUAAACUUCCUUUGCGUUUUCUGCCUUGAGUGUUAAGGUGUGGAGGCUAAUGUGCUGGGAUGAUUUGCAGUUGUCUCACAGGCAUCUGAAAACUUCCAAGAAUUUCAAAUGAAAAACCAAUUUGUUUAAUUCUAGAUCGUUAAUCUACUCUUGAAUUGGCUGCAGUGUGAGCAGUGAUUUGCUCGCCCAUCAAAGGUACUGCACACAUGGGACAAGUAGCGUUUUUUAAAAAAAUAAUAUAAUUUCAGCUAUUUAUAUAUCACUUAAUCAUGAAUGUUUCCAAGUGGUGUACAUAGAAAUUGCAAAAGCAUAUUAACGAAUAAAAUAAAAUAAAAUAUCAUUAAAAACUCCAAAGCUUCAUUUAAAUGGCUGCUGGACUAGAAUGGCCGUCACUGUUUUUCAGAAGCUUAGGAUUUUCUGCUGCUCUGUGUAGAUAUCUAACUGUGAUUAUAAGCAACAGUGCAUCUGCAAACACUGAAAGAAAAUGCCCAGAGGCAUUAUAUUUGGUUGCAGCUGACUUUCUGAGGCUGUGUUAAGUGAAAAUAUUUGACCAGGCUAAGAACCAAAUCAGAUUUUCCCAAUCUAAAUGUUUCUCUUGAAGCUGCUGUUUGUCUCGUAGGAAGGAAAACACUGCAUAGCACGAUGCUGACUGUCCAAUUAUGAAGAGACGGCAAAAAGUCUCGAGAGAGAGAGCGAGCUCUGCCAUCCACAGUGAAGAGGUACUUGAGAGCCAUUCCCUGUCCACUGAAUGAGCCAGAAAAAUGUGGAGUCGUUCUGAAAGCCAGAGCAGUACAAUAUUAGAGCAAACUCCUUAGAUCAUUUUCCAUCAUCCAAGGCAGUGAGAUGUUGCUGUACAUGGCCAUGACAAUGUUCCUGAUGAUGGAAAGGCAACAGAUAAUAGCAUAAAACUGGUAAAGGCCAUGAGCUUCCUCUAAAUGCGAAACUUUUUUUAAAAAAAACCAGCUUAGGGGCAAUGCGAGGAAUCAAGAGACACAAACGGUAAUAUUUUAUUGCAUUCGUAAGCAGACUGGCGUGAAAGCACCACCAUCCACGUAUGGCAUGCUCUGAAAUUCCGUUUUAGUUUAGUAAGUUGCAAGAGUGAAUAAUGGUUAUGUAUUAAGAUGCCUCACAAUUCAUGCGUCACUUGGCUCUGGACCACAUGUUACUACCAGUUUGUUAAAUCUGCUAAAUUCAAACCAGGGGGAAGAGAGGAAUAAUAUUGUGGAUUUCAUUCCUCCCCAACAAAUCCUCAAGGCGGUUCACAAUGUAUUUCAAAACGUAAACGUCUCAAUUCAAAAUUCUGGAUUAAGAGAGAGAGGCAAGGCAGGUAAUACAUCAGAAAAUGAAGCGGGUCAGCAGAAUAUCUUCAGCUAGAAAAUGUUUUAAGAUUUCAAACCAUUAAUUAACAUUGUUUCCCGGGAAAAUAACAAUGCAAGGUGGUUGUUUGCUGAAACAGUCACCUCCCCAUGUGAGACUGUAUGUGUUGUGAUACACAAGAGAAUGAGCUGCAGAAACAACAAAGCAGUGUGUGAACCAGGCUUUUUAAGAAUUGGAUGUAAAAUGCAAAAUACACUUCCUACAAAUUUCUUACAACCUUUUUCCUAUGUGCAACUCAAUGACAAAUAGAAAACCUGAGAGGAAGGUUGAUUUCUUAAGGACAAUGAUAGCAUUUCUACUUCUGUGCCCUAAGACCCUGAAGGGCUGUACAAAGCACUCUUAUUUUUUAAGAUUUCUUCAUAAUUUGGCGUUUGGACUCAUUCCUUGUUUUCUAGACUUUGCAUUACACUCACAAUGUCAGUCAGUUUUCGGACCUCUUCCCAGCUCAGCCACAUUGGCAAGCAAGCAAAUGUUUCUUUAAAUAGCCCAUCUGCUGCAUCCAAAAACGUGUGAACAAUAAUAACCCGUUUUCCCCAUUCUGACAUUUAAAAGAAUAAAUAAGGGUCUCUUUGUAUCUAGAGAACACAGUGUGUAGGUCUUUAUUUUCUAUUCUUACUCAUAACAGAAUGCAACUCACCCCGAUGUGAACAAUUUCCUACGAGUGUUCUUUUUGAAAAUAUGCUUCAGUGCCUCUCUGGAAGUUAAUGUACUACAGCCAUAAAGAAAUUUGCACUUGGAGAAGGGAGGAAUUCAGUUCAGGGAAAGCAGCUGCAAGAUUUGAUAAAAGGUUUUGGGGGGAGAGUCAACUAACCUUUACUGCUGUCCGAGUGAUUUAUUUAAAGGUGGCUUCUAAAACAGUACAAACGCAGGAGGAGAGUAUGAUACGAGUCCCCUCAGUGCAACCCUCAAAUAAUCUUCACAUUCAAAAUAGCCCUGUGGUACAACCCUCCUUCAGAACAGGACGACUGAAUUCCUCUCUUCCCAACAAAAAUGAAUAUAUCAGGAAUAUAGUUAGGCUCAGCAUUCUUGCCCUCAAAGUUCAUCACGAGUAACCAAAUAUUGAAAGACUGUGCAACACGCAAUGUUGCUUUUACUGAAAUGAAUGUCUACAUUAAUUAAAAUGGGGUCAGGAAACAUGCCGGGAGGGGGAGGUAUUCCUUAUGAAACCAGACCGAAUGCAAGAGAUCUGGCUUCACAGACUACCGUACGUACGCCAGCCGAGCGUUCCCAUUGUUUUGAUGCUCAAUAGAAGCUCGGUUGCUACAGCUCUGUCGCUCCCAUCCAUGUCUGUCAUAUCAGAUGAGUACGCCUCUCGUCACUGUAAAUGGGCACUGAGAAAGAGAGGCAGAAUUGUGCCAGCCAGCCGGCCAGCGUGCUAUCUAAUGCAAGAUGGAAUCCUUGCAAGCCAAUGGGCACAGGGUGAACUAGAACCACACUGAUCUGUGUCAGAAGGAUGGUGGCUUCCCAAGUUAACCGCUGUAAGCUUCUGAAAGAAUGGGAUGAAAGUGUCAAAUAGCAGACAGCCCCCUUUUUCAAAACAAAAACAAAAAAUCCAGUUCGUAUUUUAUUUGCAUACAAAAAUAUAUUUAACCAAAAAAGAAAGCAUUUACAUUAGCUAUAUAAAAUUACAAACCUUUUCGUCAGCUCUUUUAAAUUAAUGUUAAGCUAUAUCUUAUGAAAAAGUACGGCAUCAGCAAAUUUGUUAUUUGAAGAGAAAGUUACAAGAGUCGUCACGGUUAAAAGUGGAAGAGCAGAUGGCAGGUUGCACGCUUGGGAGAUGAGGGUCUCCGUCUGUG